CCCAGCCUCGCCUCGGGUGGAGGGAUUGCGAGGAGGGAAAGCAAAACUACACGGCCUCUCACUGUGUAGUUUUGUUUUUUUUUCAAGGGGGGGGAAUAUUUCGAGGCUCGACCGUUCUCACCUUGGAUUUUUUCUGGAAAAACCUUUCUGGAUAAGGAGACCGGUGCUUGUCAGAGUCAGCGGGGCUCCGUCCCAUCAAUCCGAGGCACUCUUGUGGAUACAAGGUGCCGACCAACAUGUCAACACAGGCGCCAACAUUCACACAGCCGCUACAGAGCGUCGUGGCACUGGAGGGUAGUGCUGCGACGUUCGAGGCUCAAAUUAGUGGUUCUCCAGUUCCUGAGGUGAGCUGGUUCCGUGAUGGCCAGGUUCUUUCCGCCGCCGCUCUGCCCGGCGUUCAGAUCUCGUUCAGCGACGGCCGCGCUGUUCUGAGGAUCCCCGCUGUGACCGCCGCACACAGCGGAAGAUUUUCCGUCAGAGCCACCAACGGCGCUGGACAAGCCACAAGCACCGCUGAACUCCUCGUUACAGCGGAGACGGCGCCUCCCAGCUUCCUUCAGAGACUGCAGAGCUCCUCAGUGCGACAGGGCAGCCAGGUGAGGCUGGAUGUCCGAGUCACAGGUAUCCCCACACCCGUGGUGAAGUUUUACAGAGAGGGAGCCGAGAUCCAGAGCUCAGCCGACUUCAGGAUCCUCCAGGAGGGAGACCUGUACAGUCUGCUGAUCGCUGAGGCCUUCCCAGAGGAUUCUGGGACAUAUUCUGUGACUGCCACCAACAGCAGCGGACGGGCCACUUCCACUGCUGAACUGCUGGUUCAGGGUGAAGAAGCCGUUCCAGCAAAGAAAACUAAGACAGUGAUUUCAACCUCUCAGAUUUCACAGACUCGUCAGACCAGAGUGGAAAAGAGGAUGGAGGCCAGUUUCCAGGCCACCGCCAUGAUGGAAAUGCAGGUGGAGGGUGCUGAGCUGACUCAGCAGCUGGCUCACAAGACUCCACCCAGAGUCCCUCCCAAACCCACGUCCAAGUCCCCAACACAGCCCUCGCUGGUCGCCAAGGUGACCGGAGGACGCCAACAGUCGCCGUCACCUGUCAGACACGUGAAAGCACCCACGCCCACACCUGUCAGGCCUGCCUCUCCCACUUCAAGACUCUCAGUCUCCCCCAUCAGGCCGGUCAAGUCCCCCAUCACCGCGCGCAAACAGGUUGCCGUUGGUGCCGACGUCCUGCCGCCCUGGAAGCAGGGAGACUACAGGGCUGAGGCCAGCUACACCACCAUGACUACCGUGACUGGCAUAAGCACCGUCACCCAGCUGGGCCAGGAGCAGCGCUGGGAGCAGCAGGUCACUGGGGUCAAAGAGGCUGAGGGAGGGAAAAGAGCCGGGGCGGUGGCCAAAGUGGUGGCCGCCGUUGACCUGGCUCGUGUCCGUCAGCCCGUGCAUGUCGAGGGCGGUCGAGCUGAAGAGGAGGAGGCUGUAGAGGCAGAGUUAAGGCAGCAGGCCGCUGCGGCUGCAGCUGCAGCUGCGGCUGCUUCCACUGCUGCCAUUGCUGCUGAUCAACAGUAUCGAGCCGGCUGGACAACAACAAGAGUGCAGGCUGGCCAAAUGCUUACUACUGCUCAGGAGUUUACACCUGAACCAACCCAGCCGCUGCCUCAGAUUCAGAGAGUGACAGAAAUCUCCUCCCGUGUGGACACUGGUCUCGUCCCGUCCCCAGUUCCACAUUUCACAGUUUCUAAAGUUUCUGUCCCAAAACCUGAGUCUAGCUCUGAGGUUUCCAUCGCUGGCACAGCUAUCGCCACUCUGCAGAAAGAGUUAUCUUCCUCCACUGCUAGAAAGAUCAUCAAGCCCGUCAAGUCUCCCAGUCCAUCUCGUAGAGUGGCAGAGACCAGAGUGACACCAGAGCCCAUCCCUCCGCCUUUCAAAGACUUCUCUGAGAAAUAUCAGAGUCGUUUUGGCACUGAGUUACAGAGGGGGGUGGUGGUCUCAGGGGGCAUGGAGAGAAUAUAUGAGGACUGGGGCGCCCAGGUGGUGGAGGCAGCAGCCGUACCUUCUGCAGGUGCCGGCGUGAUCCCACCAUCACUGGUGUCUGGCUUGAAAAACACAAAUGUGACAGAGGGUGAGUCGGUGACCCUGGAGUGCCAGAUCAGUGGUCAUCCCACACCAGUCAUCAUGUGGUUCAGAGAGGACUACAAAAUCGAGAGCUCCAUUGAUUUCCAGAUAAGCUAUGAGAACGGAUUUGCCCGCCUGGUAAUCCGUGAGGCGUUCGCUGAAGACAGUGGACGCUUUACCUGCACUGCCACUAAUGAGGCGGGAACCGUCAGCACCUCCUGCUACCUGCUCGUCCAGGUGUCUGAGGACAUCGAGAGCAGAGAGGAGAUUGCUGUCGUCACUGAACAUGUUGAAACUGCUCAAGCGAAACUAGUAACUGAAGAGGAAACCAUGUCUCAGGUGAGCAUGGCUGAGUCAGAUACUGCCGCUGCCGCUCCCUUCUUCAUCAAGAAACCCAGCAUCCAGAAGCUGGUGGAGGGAGGAAGUGUGAUAUUUGAAUGCCAGGUUGGCGGAAGCCCCAAACCACACAUCAUCUGGAAGAAGGGUGGUGUACCACUCACUACCGGAUACAGAUAUAAAGUUGCCUACAAGAAGGAAACUGGAGAGUGCAGAUUGGAGAUCUCCAUGACCUUCGCAGAUGACGCCGGAGAAUACUCUGUGUUUGCCAAGAACCAGCUUGGAGAAGUCUCAGCCUCUGCCAGUCUGCUGGAGGAAGAGGAAUAUGAAGCCUACAUGAAGAAACAGGAAGCAGCCUUUAAGACUGAAGUGAUAGCCAUGGUGCAGGAGCCCAAAGUGGGAGAUGUUCCCCCUGUCGUUGUUAAGACAAUGGAGCAGGUGACUACCACCAUUAUCUCAGGACAGGAAUUCCAUCUUUCUGCUAUCGAGCUGAGGAUCAUCCAGGAGAUCGAGCUCCGUAUCAUGAGGAUUACCUACAGAGAGCUGGUGACAGACGACGGAGAGCUGAUGGUGACUGCAGCAGAAGAGGAGGCCGUGCAGCCGGCCUUUGACACACCGGUCAAAAACUACAGGAUCAUGGACGGAAUGGGCGUCACUUUCCACUGCAAGAUGGCUGGAAUGCCGCUCCCCAAGAUUGCUUGGUUCAAAGAUGGCCAGCGUAUCAAGGCUGGUGACCGUUACCAGAUGGAAGUUCUUCAAGAUGGACGAGCUAGCCUUCGCCUGCCUGUUGUGCUACCAGAGGAUGAGGGUGUAUAUACCGCCUUUGCCACCAACAUGAAGGGAAAUGCUGUCAGCUCUGGAAAGCUCUAUGUAGAGCCAUCUGGAGCUGGAGCACCUCAGAGAUACACACCACAGCCAGCAGUGCAGAGGAUCAGGUCCACAUCUCCUCGUUCUCUGAGCCGCUCACCUGGUCGUUCUCCCAGCCGUUCUCCUGGACGUUCUCCUGCCCGUCGGCUUGAUGAGACAGAUGAGGCUCAGCUGGAAAGACUCUACAAACCUGUGUUUGUCAUGAAGCCUUCCUCAUGUAAAUGCUCUGAGGGGCAAACUGCCAGGUUCGACCUGAAGGUUGUCGGCAGACCGAUGCCUGACACAUACUGGUUCCACAAUGGACAACAAGUGGUUAGCGACUACACCCACAAGAUAGUGGUUAAAGAGGAUGGUACUCAAUCCCUGAUCAUUGUCCCAGCCAUGCCAGAGGAUUCUGGAGAAUGGACAGUUGUUGCUCAGAACAGAGCCGGACGCUCAUCCCUUUCCGUCACUCUCACUGUUGAUGCUAAAGAAACCUUGGUGCGACCCCAGUUCACUGACAAGCUGAGGAAUAUCAGUGUAAAGCAGGGCACUCUGGUUGAACUGGCUGUUAAAGCCAUUGGAAACCCCCUGCCUGAUAUCGUCUGGCUGAAAAACAGCGACAUUGUCACACCACACAAGCACCCAAACAUCAGGAUUGAAGGAACCAGAGGAGAGGCCAAAUUCCAGAUUCCCUCAGCAGUUGGCUCAGACAGUGCCUGGUACACAGCUACAGCCAUUAACAAGGCUGGUAGAGACACCACUCGCUGCAGAGUCAACGUUGAGGUGGAUUAUGCUGAACCUGAACCAGAGAGAAAACUCAUUAUUCCCAAAGGAACCUACAAAGCCAAAGAAAUCACUCCUCCAGAGGUGGAGCCCCUUCAUCUGCGAUAUGGUCAAGAGCAGUGGGAGGAGGGCGAUCUUUACGACAAAGAGAAGCAGCAGAAACCACAGUUCAAGAAGAAGCUGACCUCUGUUCGCAUGAAGCGUUUCGGCCCAGCUCAUUUUGAGUGCAGACUGACCCCUAUUGGUGACCCCACCAUGGUAGUGGAGUGGCUGCAUGAUGGCAAGCCUCUGGCAGCUGCUAACAGGUUGCGCAUGGUCAAUGAAUUUGGCUACUGCAGCCUUGACUAUGAAGUUGCCUAUGCUAGAGACAGUGGCGUCAUCACCUGCAGAGCCACAAACAAAUACGGAGUCGACCAGACCUCAGCUACACUGAUUGUCAAGGAUGAGAAGGGUCUUGUUGAGGAAACACAGCUUCCCGAAGGCAGGAAGGGAGCCAGAAUCGAUGAGAUCGAGCGCAUGGCUCACGAGGGAGGACCUGCAGGAGUCACUGCUGAAGAAGAAACUGAGAAAAUGAAACCUGAAAUUGUCCUGCUUCCUGAACCAGUCAGAGUGCUGGAAGGCGACACAGCCAGAUUCCGCUGCAGAGUGACUGGUUAUCCAGCACCUAAGGUCAACUGGUACCUUAACGGACAACUCAUCCGCAAAAGCAAGAGAUACAGACUUCGUUAUGAUGGUAUUUACUAUCUGGAGAUCACUGAAAUUAAAUCCUAUGAUUCAGGAGAGGUCAAAGUGGUGGCAGACAACAACCUAGGCUCAGCCGAACACACUGUGAAGCUGGAAAUUCAGCAGAAAGAAGACUUCAGAACUCAUCUGCGCCGCGCUCCUGAGGCUAAGGCACCUGAGGCUGCACCAGAACCAGGAAAAACAUCAUUUGAGGUGGUGAAGGCUGAGAAACCUGCAGAGGACUCUCAGCUGAAAGAGGUGGUCAAGCUCAAGAAAGCCCAGAGAAUUGUCCACGAGAAAGCCACGGAGGAGUCUGAGGAGCUGAGGAGCAAGUUCAAGCGCAGGACAGAGGAAGGCUAUUACGAGUCCAUCACUGCGGUGGAGCUCAAGUCACGUAAGAGGGAUGAGUCCUAUGAAGAUCUACUGAGGAAAACAAAGGAGGAGCUGCUUCACCAUGCCAAGGAAAAGGAGGAGGCUGAGAAGAAGAAGGAGGAGGAGCGCCGCAAAGUUACAGCUAAACCUCUCAAACCUGAGAGGGUCAAGCUGUCAGCCAGUAUGGAGGCUCCUAAGAUCCUGGAACGUAUUACAAGCCAGACAGUUGCUCAGGGUGAUGAAGUAAAGUUCAGAGUCAGAGUUGUUGGCAGACCAGAACCUGAGUGCCAGUGGUUCAAGAACGGUGUGCAACUGGAGAAGACUGAUCGUAUUUACUGGUACUGGCCUGAGGAUCACGUGUGUGAACUGGUGAUCAGAGAUGUCAGAGCGGAGGAUUCUGCCAGUAUCAUGGUUAAAGCCAUGAACAAAGCUGGAGAGACCUCAAGCCAUGCUUUCCUGCUGGUGCAAGCAAAGCAAGUCAUCACCUUCACACAGAAGCUGGAGGACAUCAAUGCCAAGGAGAAGGACACCAUGGCUACCUUUGAGUGUGAGACCAAUGAGCCUUUUGUCAAGGUCAAAUGGCUGAAGAACAACAUGGAGAUUUUCUCCGGAGACAAAUACAGGAUGCACUCUGACAGAAAAGUCCACUUCCUGUCUGUGCUGAUGAUUGACAUGAAGGAUGAUGCAGAAUACGCCUGUGUGGUUGUAGACGAUGACGUCAGGACGACUGCCAAGCUUAAUGUUGAAGGAGCUCCACUGGAGAUCCUGAAGCAGCUGGAGAGCACAGAGGUGCCGGAGACAUACUCUGGAGAGUUUGAAUGUCUUGUGUCUCGUGAGGACGCUGAAGGCAGCUGGUUCUUUGGAGAAAAGAUGCUCUCUCCCAGCAGUAAAUACAUCAUGACCUCCCGUCGUGGAAGACACACCCUGUCUGUCAAAGAUGUCAAGAAGGAGGACCAGGGAAAAUACACCUUCAAAGUGGGCGAGUUCAAGACAAGUGCUUCACUGAAGAUGAAAUUGCGUCCAGUAACCCUGAUGCAGCCUUUGACUGAUCUGACGGUCUGUGAGGGUGACAUUGCUCAGUUGGAGGUCAAGUUCUCCCAGGAGAACGUUGAAGGAUCCUGGAUGAAGAACGGGCAGCCCGUCACAGCCUCAAACCGUGUCCACAUUGUUAUCGACAAACAGAUCCACAAACUCCUCAUUGAAGACACCACCAAGGACGACUUUGGAAUGUACUCCUUUGUUGUUCCUGCUCAGGAUAUCUCAACUUCUGCCAAGCUGGUCAUUCAGACUAUUGGUGUGCUGAUCCCACUGAAGGACACAAGUGCCAUUGAGGGCACCAAGGCUGUUCUGGAGGCCAAGAUCUCCGCUCAGGACAUCAGCUCGGUCAAAUGGUACCACAAUGACCAACUGCUGACACCCAGCGACCGAAUCCAGAUGGUGGCAAAGGGAGCCAAGCAGCGUCUGGUCUUCAACAGGACCUAUGCCUCAGAUGAGGGACAGUACAAACUGAUUGUUGGCCGAGCUGAUACCAGCUGCAGAUUUACUGUUCAGCCUGUCCAGAUCGUGACCCCAAUGAAGGAUAAGGAGUGCUCUGAGUCUGAGAAUGUCACCUUCGAGGUCGAGGUUUCUCACACUGGCAUCGAUGCUUUCUGGACCUUCAAAAGGCAGCCGCUCAAAGCUGGUGCCAAAUACAAGAUGGAGUCCAAGAACAAGCGCCAUACCCUGACAGUCAUGAAUGCAAUGAAGGAUGAGGAGGGCGAGUACUUGUUCGCAGCUGGUGAGAAGAUGUGCAGUGCUUCUCUCACCGUAACAGGUGGUGCUAUCAAGAAGCCUCUGCGUGAUUUGGUGGUGGCUGACUCUCAGACCGCCGUGCUGGAAUGUGAAGUAGCCAACCCAUCUGCAGAGGGCAAAUGGCUGAAAGACGGCCAGUCUGUCGACUUUAACGAGAACGUGGUGAGCGAGGUGGACGGCACUGUCAGACGCCUUGUCAUCAUUAUCACCAAAGCCACAGACAUCGGAGAGUACACCUAUCAGGUCGCCACCUCCAAGACAUCAGCUACCCUGAAAGUUGAGGCUGUGAAGGUGAAGAAGACCCUGAAGAACCUGAAUGUGGUCCAGACUCAGAAGGCUGUGUUCAGCCUGGAGCUGACCCAUGAAAAUGUGAGGGGAGCACAGUGGAUCAAGAAUGGUGUUGAGAUCCAGCCAAGCGAUAAAUACGAGAUCAGUAUCGAAGGCACAGUCCACAGCUUAACAAUCAAGAACUGCACCACACAGGACGAGUCUGUUUACUCUUUCAAACUGGGAAAACUGUCUGCAAAUGCCAGACUUAACGUUGAAACUAUCAAGAUCCUGAAGAAACCAAAGGACGUGACAUCACUUUUGGGCGCAACAGCUGUGUUUGAGGUGGGCAUCUCCGAGGACGACAUUCCCGUGAAAUGGAUGUUCAACAACACUGAGCUGAGGCCAAACGAGCACUACAGGAUGCUCUCUGAGAAGAAGACCCACAAACUGAUUGUCCAGGAUGUGGACAACAGCAAAGAAGGAGAGUACACUGCUGUGGUGGGCCACCUGCAGUGCAGCGCUCGCCUCAUUGUUGAGUCUCUGCGAGUCACCAGGCCCUUGAAGAAUGUGGAGGUCCCAGAGACUCAGGUGGCCACGUUUGAGUGUGAAGUCUCUCAUUUCAACGUACCAUCCACCUGGCUGAAGGACGGUGUUGAGAUUGAGAUGAGUGAGAAGUUCAGAAUCGUGGUUCAAGGAAAACUCCACCAGCUGAAGAUCAUGAACACCAGCAGGGACGAUUCUGCAGAGUACACCUUCAUCUGCGGGAACGACCAAGUCUCUGCAACGCUAACCGUUAACCCUAUUCUGAUCACAACAAUGCUGCAGGACCUGAACGCUCAGGAGAAAGACACAGUCACAUUUGAAGUGAACAUUAACUAUGAGGGAAUCACAUACAAAUGGCUGAAGAAUGGCGUAGAGAUCCGGUCGACGGACAGAUGCCAGGCUCGCUGCAAACAACUCACGCACACUCUGAGCAUCAGGAACGUUCACUUUGGAGACAGCGCAGAGUACACCUUCAUGGCUGGCUCUGCGGUUACUACAGCCAAACUUUAUGUUGAGGCUCGUGUGGUUGAAUUCACCAAACACCUGAAGGACUUGAAGAUCACAGAGAAGAAGAGGGCAACUUUUGAGUGUGAGGUGUCUGAACCAAACAUCCAGGUGAUGUGGAUGAAGGACGGUCAGGAGCUUGAGAUGUCCGACAGAUAUAAGAUGACCUCGGAUAAAUUUGUGCACCGUCUGGUUCUCCCGUCAGUCCGCCUGUCUGAUGCUGGAGAAUACACUGCUGUUGCCGGAUCCAGCAUGUCCAAGGGACACCUUGGAGUGGAGGGACGGGAUGUCAGAAUCUCAGAGCCCUCCAGCAGGGAUAUCACUGUCGUUGAGAAGCAAAGAGCAACCUUUGAGUUUGAGGUGAAUGAGGAUGAUGUGGAGGGUCGCUGGAUGAGGAACGGGGUGGAGGUCCAGUUCUCAGUCGACGAAAGGUUCAACUAUGUCACCAUCAGGAAGCUCCACCGCCUCACUAUCUCUGAGACCUACAGGAGCGACGCCGGAGAGUACACUUUCUUAGCCGGCAAAAACAGGAGCACCAUGAACCUUCAUGUCAGAUUGCCUGAGCCUCCUGAGAUUGUCCGCCACAUGCAGCCCCAGACAGCGAUAUCAGGUAGAUCAGUCCGCUUCUCGGUGCAGGUGAGUGGCCUCCCUCAGCCUCAGGUGUCCUGGUACAAGGACUCCCAGGCUCUGUCCACCAGCUACAAGUGCAAGUUCCUCCAUGACGGAGAUGAGCACACCCUGCUGCUGCUGGAAGUCUUCCCCGAGGACGCCACCGUCUACAGCUGUGAGGCCAAGAACGACUAUGGAGAGGCAACAAGCUCCGCCCCUCUCACUGUCGAAGUUCCUGAGGUGGUCGAAACUGUGGCUCAGGUCUCUCCUCCAGCCCUCAUCGCUCCCAUCCAGGACGUCCUGGUCACAGAGGGACACCCUGCCCAGUUCCAGUGCACCGUCUCUGGGGAAGAUCUGCAGAUUUCGUGGUUCUGUAAUGACAGAGAGAUCAGACAGUCAGACAUCUUCAGGAUGUCUCAUUAUGGUGACACCUGCCAGUUGGAGAUUUCCAGAGCUCUCCCUAACCACGAAGGAGAGUACUCAUGUGUUGCCACUAAUUCGGCAGGAAUGGUCACAUGUGCUGCCACUUUGAAUAUCGAUGUAACUGCAGAGGAGAAGGAACCUGUGAUUCAGGUCCAGGAGGAAGUGAAAGCCUUCUCUAGCUCAACCAUCACAGUGGAAGAGGAAACGCAGGAGUCGUUCUACACUGGCCUAAAGUUACCAGACAAAACCAGAACACUUGAACUCAAGCCAGAGUCUAAGCGCUACUCCAGCACUUUGGAGAAGAAAAAAGAAAAACCGGUUUUCCUCAGCGAACUUUCUCCUGCAGCCGUGACUGUUGGAGAAACUGCCGUGUUUACUGUCAAAGUGUCCGGUUUCCCUAAGCCCACUGUUCAGUGGUUUCACAACGGGCAGACUAUAACAAGUUCGUCUGUGUAUACUUUCAUUCAUGAGCGUGAUGAGUAUAGCUUGGUCAUCAAUAAAGUCAAAAGGGAGUUUGAAGGAGAGUACUCUUGUACUGUCAGUAAUAGAUUUGGCCAAUCGACUUGCACUUCUUAUCUGAAUGUUCAGCUGAAGGAGCCAGAGAGAGAGGAAAAAGCUGAGAGGACCAAAUUUUUACCAACUGGGAAACCCCCAGAAUUCACUAAAACUAUAGAGUCUGUUCAGUUGUCCGAGGGAAGUCAGGCUUUCUUCAGGUACGUUGUGACCGGAGAUCCUCUCCCUGAGGUUCAGUGGCUCAAAGCUGGCUUCCACAUUCAGCCUAGUGGGUUCUGUGUCAUUGUGAACAACCCAGAUGGAUCUGGUUUUAUUAACAUUAAGAGUGUCAAACAGGAACACAGCGGCAUCUACACCUGUAAGGCCUCCAACCAAUACGGGGAGGCGUCUUGUACUGCCGAGCUGCUGGUGUUCAGGGAAGAAAUUCAGGAGGAGCACACGCUUGUUAAGGAAACUAAAGGUUUGAAGAUAUCCAUGACUGAACAAACCACACAGCUGAUGUCACAGCAGGAAAGAACCCGAUCUGAUCAGAUGAUUUAUACCAUUAGCACUGAAGACCGUCAGAUCAUUCCCAGCGAGGAGGUGGGAACCCUCAGAGAGCUCGAUAUCUCUGCUGCCACCCUUCAUCGAGAGCAGCUUACCCGCCAGGCAGCAGUGCUGCAGUCUCAUGAAAUACAAGAGAGGGUUUCUUUGGCUCCCACCCAUCCACCUCAGGUCUCAGCUGUUCCUAUGAAACAGCUUCACAUGGCAACUUUCUUAUCUUCAGUCCAGGAGAGACAAAAGAUCACAGAGCAGCACUCUGAACGGAUUCUAAGCCCUGAGGUGGUCGAACUCGAGUUGGCCAAAGAGCAGCCGUCCAAGCUCAUGUCAGCUACAUCUGAAGAGGUCCUCCCACUCACCACAGUCAGAGCUGAGGCCUUGCUGGACCAAACUCCAGAGCACAUGAAGACCUUGACUGAGCCCAGGCAGCUUGUUAGUGGCCACCAAAUAGAGUCCACUCUGCCCAUCCUUGGUGAAACUUCAGGCAUAAUCCACAGACCAGAGGAGGAGAGGAGUUUCAGAGUCACAGAGGGGGUUAAGAUUUUAUACUCGGCUCAGUCUACGGGGCAACUACCAGUCACAGAGAGGCAUUCUGAGCCUUUACCAGCUUUAGAUGCAGCUACCAAACCCCUCAUUGAGAAAGAGCAGUCUAAACCAGUGGUAGCACCAGUGAGCGAAACUAGAGUGGCUUUAUCAAAGGAGCAGAAAUUUGACAUGCACAGACCAGAGCAGGAGAGCAUCUCCCCAUGCAAAGACAUAGUAUAUAAGUCAGCCAUAGCUGCUGAAGAGAAAUAUGAACUCCAGGCUGAACAGAUAGGGAAAGUGCCAGGUAUAGCAUCAUCUGUGUAUGUGCAGCCUCAGCGAGAGCGAGACAGACUCAUAAAUCUGCAGGUUAUCAGCGAUCAGGAUGUUUUACUCUCUGAGGGAAGGUUCAGCAGUGAAAAACCCUCUGCAGAGCAGGCAGAGGCGAGGAAGAGUCCAACUGUGUUGCAUUCAGUGACUCAAGAAGAGCAGAGAACUGUGGUUUGUGAGGCAACUUCGGAGUUCACUGCAAAGACUGACACCACAUCAGUUGAGCCAAAAAAAGAAUUACCACCAACAAAAUACCUUCAGUCAAUUCAUUCUUUAUUCGUUUUACCCAAGGAAGGCAUACUUACCAUCACUGAGCCUGACCAGCAGGUGGCAGCACAGAAACAGGAAAAGGCUAGAAGGCAUGCGGCUACCUCAGAAGACAGAAGAGAGAUGACAGCAGAUUAUCAUAAAGAUCUUGAUUUGACGGUGAGUGGGGUUCAGUCGCAGCUUCGAAUUGAGCCUAGACCUCCGAACAUCCUCACAGUCUCCUCCCAGCCUAUGCAGCUGCCGAAGGAGACUCCUUUUAUUGCUGACGUGAAGCAGCAGCGAGCGCUAGUCCAGAAGGAGGAUUACUGGAAUAUUAUGCACUCUUUGAAUGUUACUGACACUCAGACACUUGAGGAGGGUCACACUGUUGGUCUCGAAACUGAUGAGAAAUUCAGGCCUGAGAUGAAAAUUGAGCCUAAGAUCCCCAAAAAGCCUGUUUUCAUAGAAGAGAAGGCAGUUGCCACUGAAAGCUGUACCAUCUUAGAAGCCGCUGAGCAGGACUUUGCAGUCCAGAUCCAAGAGGGCCAGUCAGUCCGACAGUCAGUAUUACUGGAAGAAAAGCAGGUCAUUAUUGGAGAGCACUCAAGUGAGAUACAUAAAUAUAAGGGCUCAUCUGUCAGUGUUAUGACACAGCCCAAAGGUGUUCUGUUUGUCCAUGAGUCUCAGGACACUCAGACUCUACCUAAAGAACUCAACUUUGUCAUUCAGGUCCCUAAACUGUCCAGUCUGAAUGUACGGCUUCAGCUCAGAGAUGCCCUUCAGUCUGCUGUGGCCAGUGACCAGCCAGUGUUACUGGCUGAUGUUGUAGGAAAGUUAGAGGCUGUGGAGGUACAGGAGGUGAAGGUUCAGCGAGAGCCCAAACGGGCCACAUGUACAUAUCUUAUCACAACACCAGGUGCUCCCAUGGAGAUCACACUGACUUUUGAGGGUGAAUACCCUCAGACAGCUGACCUCAGGUCUGAACUCCAGGUAGCUCUGCAUGCUAUGGUCUUCCAGGAGCAACAGAGUCUUACAUCAGAGCAACCAGGCACCAUGCAGAUUGACAAACCUCAGAAAGCACACAUCAGCUCAGCACCCUCUAAACAGGUAUUGUCAUCUGUGGUGGACACUGUCGUGGUGGCAGAGAGUGCAGUUGGGUUUCCUCCUGCUGUGUCUCAGUCUGCAGCCAUCAAAACCGAAGCCAGGGCAUCCUUCCAAAGUGCAACAGUUCAGAGUCAGUCUGAGAUCCAUGAGUCUAGGCAGGUGAGCAGGACAGUAAGGUCAGAGAGGGAUGCCACUACAGUUGGGGCAACCACCACAGUCCCUGUGGGCCAGGUACCUGUUGAACAAUGUGUGGACAUUUUUGUCCAUAGAGAAACCAGGGAGGAGUAUCUUUCAGAGGCAAUCAUGAUCAGUGAGUCCUCUGACAGUCUGGUAGAUUAUCCUGUUGUUGUUGACUCUCUGGAGGAUGUUUGCACUGAGGAAAACGGCAAGGCCAUUUUUACUGCCACCAUAAAGUAUGUCACCAAAGUAAACUGGUUUUUCAAUGGGCAACUCGUGAAAUCUGGCAAAGAGUUCAAGUGUUCUAGAGACCACGAUACAUACACACUAGUUAUCAACAGAGUUGUCAAGGAGAGACAUCAAGGAGAGUAUGUCUGUGAGGCUGAGAAUGAAGCUGGCAAGACUACAACAUCUUCAAGACUCACUGUGGUCUCAAGAGUGAAACCUGUGUUCAGGCACAGAAUUGUCCCCGUGGAGAUCAACAUUGGCAGCACUGCCAAGUUUGAAUGUGAAACUGAGGACGCUCCAAACGUGAGCUUCAAGUGGUUCAAAGAUGGACGCCCCAUCAAAGAGGGUGAUAAGUACAGGAUUAUCAGUCGCUUCAGCACUUCCUCUCUGGAGCUUAUGGCCCCGACCAAGGAGGACAGUGGUGAAUACACCUGCAAGGCGUCCAAUCAGCAUGGCAGUGAUGAAUGCUCUGCCUCUCUCAGCGUGACAGAGCAAUACCCUCCUGCCUUUGUAACUAGACCUGACCCUCAAACUGUGUAUGUUGGAAAGAGGGCAGUGAUACAGUGUGUAAUAACAGGAUCUGCUCCUGUGAAUGUUGUCUGGCUCAAAGACAACCAGGUCUUACCCAAAGUGCCGACACACUACCAAACCUCUUGUGAAAAGAAUAAGCACACUCUUGAGAUAACCAAACUUGAGGUGGCUGACAGGGGGCUUUAUGUUUGCAAAGUGUCAAAUAAUGUUGGGACGGCUGAGUGCAGCAUGGAGCUGCGUGUUAUUGAUAAGCCCAACUUUGUAAAGCCCCUGGGUCCUGUCGCUGCUGUGGUUGGAGCUCCUCUGCACCUGGAGUGUCAGGUGGAUGAGGACACUGGAGUAACUGUCACCUGGACCAGAGAUGGUAGAAAAGUCCACCAGUCUCCAGACUGUAAACUGUCUUUUGAGGAUAAGACAGUUACCCUUGAUAUCCUAAAGACCACACUGAAAGAUUGUGGAAAUUUUGUAUGUACGGUGGCAAAUGAAGCCGGGAGUGCAACUUGCUCCACUUCGGUGAAGGUUCAAGAGCCGCCAGUCUUUGUAAAGAGGCUGGAAGCCACCACAGUUUGGAAGCAAAGCAGCACUGCACGGCUGCAGUGCACUGUCAAAGGAUCCCCCGAACUUCACACCACCUGGUUCUUUAAUAACAGCGAGCUGGCUGCUGGUGGCAGAUAUGGCAUCAGUCUGAAGGAUGGUGUGGCCACUCUUGAGAUACAGGAUGCCGUGUUGAGUGACAGUGGAAACUACACCUGUGAGGUUCUCAAUGAGUCUGGGUGUGAAAGCUGCAGUACUAAAGUAACCGUGAAAGAACCGCCGUCUUUCAAAAAGGAAUUACCCUCUGUAGAGGUAGUCAGAGGAUCUGUGGCUGUGCUCGAGGGUGAAAUUGCAGGCUCUGCACCGUUUGAGGUGGCCUGGAAAAAGAAUAAGAAACGCCUGUCCACAGAUAAGAAGUACAGGAUAGUGUCCCAGGGAUCCCUGACCUCUCUGGAGAUCCACUCGUUUGAGAGUGCCGAUUCUGGUGAAUAUGAAUGUGUCGUAUCAAAUGAGGUUGGGUCAGUGACCUCAAAGUCAGUGGCUAAACAGAAAGAGCCACCUAUGUUCUCAAAGAGGAUUGAGAGUGCUACAGCAGUGUUGGGAAAUACAGUGAAACUACAGGGAACCCUUAAAGGCUCAGCUCCCAUCACUGUCAAAUGGAUGAAAGACUCUGAGCUGCUGAGAGAUGAUGAUCCUAACGUCAAAAUGACAUUUGAGAACAACAUCACUAGCAUUUCCUUCUCAUCUGUUGAGCUAAAGCAUGGUGGCAAGUAUACUUGCCUUGCCGAAAAUGAGGCAGGACAGCAGAAAUGUGAAGCUAUCCUAACAAUUCAAGAACCUGCCAGGAUCUUAGAGAAAGCAGCCUCCAUCAGUGUGACUGCAGGCGAUUCUGCCACAUUGGAGUGCACGAUUUCUGGAAGCCCAGAACUCAAAGUGAAAUGGUUUAAAGAUGGCAAGGAGAUGAUCAGUGGCCGUAAAUAUAAGAUGACAGUGAAGGAGAACACUGCUGUCUUAAAGAUCCUCUCAGCAGAUAAAGGAGACACUUCAGAGUACAAGAUGGAGGUGUCCAAUAAAGUUGGAAAAGACCAGUGCACCUGCUCAGUCACUGUUAUAGAUCGUGCAGUUCCACCAUCCUUUACGAAAACUCUAAAGAAAGUGGAUGGGAGAGUUGGUAGUAAUGUUACCUUGGAGUGCAGAGUUUCUGGAUCUCAGCCGAUGGCUGUUUCUUGGUACAAAGACAAUAAAGAAAUCCACAGUGAUGACAAAUACAAGCUUGAUUUCAGUGAGAGCACAGCAUCUGUGACAAUAACUGGCCUGGAUCAAAGUGAUGGUGGAGUUUAUAUGUGCCGGGCCUUUAAUGAUGCUGGGGAAAAAGAAACCAGUGGUACUUUGUCCGUCAAAGAACCUCCAGUCUUCACGGUGAAACCUGAAUCCCAGGAUGCCUCACCAGGAUCAAAUGUUAUCAUAAAAUCAGCCUUUACAGGAUCAGCCCCUCUGGUUGUUAAAUGGUUCAGAGAAGAGAAAGAGAUUUUCACUGGGGGAAAAUGUUUCAUAAAGAAAGAUGCCUCUUCGAGCUCUUUGGAGCUUCACUCUGUGAAACCCAGUGAUUCUGCUAAAUACACUUGCCAAGUAUCCAACGAUGCUGGGAAGGUGGAUUGCACUGCAUUGCUCUUUGUGAAAGAAGCCCCAACAUUUACAAUGAAGCUUGAGCCUACACAGCUUCUGAAAACUGGACAGCCUCUGAAGUUGUCCUGCAAAGUGCAGGGCACCCCUGUUAUUAGCAUCGUAUGGUUUAAAAAUGGCUCAGAAACCAUUUCAGACCACAGACACACAAUGUCCUUUGACAACUCAUUAGCAACUCUGGAGGUAGAGAACUGUUCGGUAGAGGACAGUGGAGAUUAUGUCUGUGUGGCGUCCAGUGAGGCCGGCAGAGACCAAUGCAGCAGCUCAGUGACAGUGAAAGAACCUCCAGUGUUUGUGAGGUCUUUCGAAUCAGCUGAACUUCUAAAGGGAUCCGAUAUUAUAUUGGAAGGAACCGUUUCUGGUUCUGCUCCAUUUGAAAUAAGUUGUUUCCUCAAUGAUAAGCUGAUCAGAAACGACAAAAGGCGUAAUAUCAGUGUCGAAAAUGAUACAGUCACUCUUCACAUCUCAAACUGUGAGAUCGGAGAUGCUGGGACGUAUCAGUGCACUAUUGCAAAUGAUGUUGGAGAGACAUCUUGUUCUUGUGAGAUUUCAUUGAAAGAACCACCAUCAUUUGUUCAGAGACUAGAGGAUAUAUCCUGUAUGGUGGGCUCUGAAAUCUCUCUGAAGUGUAUGUUGUCUGGAUCACUUCCCAUGACUUUCUCCUGGAUUAAGGAUGAUCAUGAGCUCACAGAAGACGAGCAUGUUAAGAUGUCCUAUGAAACCAAAAGUGCCAUGUUGAAUUUGAAAAAUGCUCAGUUAUCACAUGGUGGGAAAUAUGUCUGUCAGGCACAGAACAAAGCCGGGACUCAGAGAUGUGCCGCUGUGCUCAUAGUUACAGAACCUCCUCAGUUUGUCCUGAAACUGCCUCCCACUACCUUUGUGAAGCAGUGUGAGGGACAUCGUUUCGAAUGCAAGGCCACCAGCUCACACUCCCUCAAUAUGUGUUGGUACAAAAAUGACCAAAAGAUAACUGAUGGAGGCAACUAUAAAACAAUGUUUGUCGACUCAACUGCGUACCUCCAACUGCGCACCACAAGGUUUGAGGAUAACGGAGUCUACACCUGUGAGGCUCAUAACGAUGCUGGCAGUGCAAGCUGCAGCACCAUUCUCACAGUUCAAGAGCCCCCAUCCUUUAUUAAAACUCCAGGCCCACUGGAGGGCAUUAAAGGGAAGGAUGCCAGCCUACACUGUGAGAUGUAUGGCACUCCACCUUUCCAGGUUAACUGGUACAAAGACAAAAGGCCACUAAAGGAGAGUAGGAAAUUCAAGAUGGUCAGUGAGGGCAGCUCUGCCACGCUCCACAUUAUGAAACUGGAGCAAGAUGACGCUGGUCUUUAUGAGUGCCGGGUGUCAAACAAUGUAGCCAGUGAAUCCUGUCGCACUACCAUUACCCUUAAAGAGCAACCAGUGUUUGUCAAGAAACUGGUCGACCAAUCAGUGAGAGUUGGUCAGCAGCUGACACUGACAGCUACAGUAAAAGGCUCUGAGCCUUUGACUGUGUCCUGGGUUCAGGACAAAGAUCACAUUCUCAGAGAUGGUGACAACAGGAAGAUCACCUUUGAGAACAAUGUGGUCACCCUAGUAGUGCCCAAGGCUGACUCGACCACAGCUGGUAAAUACACCUGCCAGCUGAGGAAUGACUCUGGACUUGUGGAGUCUGUUUCCCAAGUGACCGUUCUAGAACCUGCUGCUAUUGUGGAUAGCCCAGAAUCCUUGAACGUGAAGUCAGGAGAAAAUACAGCUCUUGAAGUCACAGUAUCUGGCUCACCAGAACUGAAAAUUAAGUGGUUCAAGGAUAACAAAGACCUCUCUGCUGGCGCCAAGUAUCAGAUGUCCUUCACAAAGAAGGUUGCCACCCUCAAGAUUCGGUCUGCUGACAAAGCAGAUGCUGGAGAAUACAAAUUAGAGGUUACAAACCAUGUUGAUACAGCCUCUUGCAAAAUUAAUCUCUCUGUCUCAGAUAAAUUGAUUCCACCGAGUUUCAUAAGGAAGCUGAGAGACACCCACCUUGUUGUGGGUAAGCCUGGUGAGAUGGAGUGUAAGGUUGCUGGCUCUGCUCCUUUAACAACUUCCUGGUUCCACAAUGGCCAGGAGAUCAAAAGUGGGCCAAACUAUGACAUUAGCUGCACUGAUAAUAACUGCAAACUGAGAGUUCCAACUAUCAGGAUGUCAGAUUCCGGCAAAUACACAUGUAAAGCAGUAAACGCUGCAGGAGCCAGUGAGACGAGUGCUUCGAUGAAUGUAACAGAACCUCCAUCUUUUGUGGAAACACCUAAGGCGCAGGAAACACUGCCUGGCAAAAAUGUGUCUUUCUCAGCCAAAGUGCAAGGCAGUGCCCCUCUGAAAGUGAAAUGGUUCAGGGGAGCCAAGGAAAUGCAGCACGGAAGAGGCUGUGAGAUCACCCUGAAGGACAAUGUCGCCACUUUGGUGCUUAACAGAGUUGAAAAGUCCCACGAUGGAGAGUACACCUGCCAGAUCAUUAAUGAUGCAGGGAAGGAAAGCUGCCCAGUUAACCUGUUUGUCAAAGAACCAGUCCACUUUGUGAAGAAGCUGAGGGACAUUUCCUCUGAAAAGGGCAAGCCUCUGAGGCUUGAGGUCACAUUUGCUGGAACCCCCAUGGUACAUGUGUCCUGGAAGAAGGACGGUAAACCAAUUUGGGCCUCAUAUCAGUACAAUGUGAUCACCACAGAUACCUCCUGCAUCCUGGAGGUUCUUAACUCUGACAGGAUGGAAGCAGCCGGUAGAUACUCUUGCGAAGUAGACAACGGAGUUGGAAGUGACAGAUGUGAAGCACAAGUGUCACUUCUAGAACGACCAUACUUUGUUGAAAAAAUGGAGCCAGUGGAGGUAACUGUGGGCGAUCCAGUUACCCUGAAAUGCCGUAUCGCGGGAACUCCUGACAUCUCCGUAACUUGGUUUAAAGCUGACGGACAGCUGCGCAAGUCCAACACUUGCUCAAUGGACUUCACAAAUGGUGUUGCCACUUUGAAACUGAUCAAAACAACCAAGUUUGAUCACAGCGAGUAUAUCUGCAAGGCCGAGAACCGGGUUGGUUCUGCCUCCACCAGCUGUAAUGUGACGGUGAAAGAACCUGUACGAUUCGUCAAGAAACUUGAGGACGUCUGCCAUGAGCUGGGUAAACCCUUGAGGCUGGAGUGCACUUACACUGGCAGCCAGAGGGUCUACGUGACGUGGAAGAAAGAUGACAAGCCGAUCUGGGCUUCUUACCAGUACAACGUUAAAACCACUGACUCUUCCUGCAUUCUGGAGGUCCUCUACAGCGACAGAGCUGCAGCAGCAGGAAAAUACACUUGCGAAAUUUCCAAUGCAGAGGGAACUGACAUCUGUCAUUCUCAUGUUAAAAUAGAACGCAAAGUCCCUCCAAACUUCACCAAGAGGCCCUCCGAGUCCAUGAUGGACUCAGUGGGUAAGACAGUGAAGAUGGAGGGUCGGGUGUCUGGCUCCCAGCCACUGACUGUUACCUGGUACAAGGACAACAAUGAAAUCUAUCCCUCCAGCAAAUAUGAUGUCAGCUUCAAGAACAACGUUGCUGUACUGUCUGUCAAAGACUCCACCAGCUCUGAUGGUGGGGUGUACACCUGUGAGGCUUCCAACGAAGCUGGCAAAGCUUCGUGUCAGGUUUCUCUCACUGUUUCAGAAACAGGCCAGGCUCCGAAAUUUGACGUCCCUCUGGAGCCAGUGACAGUGAGCGAGGGGGAGAAGCUGAGCCUCAAAUGCCACGUCACCGGCUCUCCUCCACUGACCAUCCAGUGGAUGAAAGACAGGAGGGAGCUGAAAUCCAGUGGAAACACCAGAAUCACGUUUGUUGGUGGUAAUGCCAGUCUGGAAAUCAGCCCAGUCUCAAAGACUGACGCAGGGGAUUACCUCUGCAAGGCCAGUAAUGCUACGGGCAGUGACUUCUGCAAGUCCAGGGUUACUGUGAGAGAGAAAGGAGCCAAGGUCACCCCCACCGAGGCUCCUGCCCCAGCUGCAGCUGCUCCGGUCAAAAGGCUCGACAACCUGUUCUUCAUUGAGGAACCCAAAAAUGUUUCUGUCACAGAGAAGGGCACUGCAACCUUCAUUGCAAAGAUCGGAGGUGACCCAAUCCCAAGCGUGAAGUGGAUGAAGGGCAAAUGGAGACAGAUCACCCCUGGUGGUCGUAUCUCCGUUGAGCAGAAGGGCCAAGAUGCCAAACUAGAGAUCAGGGAGGUGACCAAGUCUGACUCUGGUCACUACAGAUGCGUGGCCACCAACAAGCACGGAGAGAUCGAGUGCAGUGCUGAGAUGGAGGUCACCAAAAAGGAGGAAGUGGAAGGAAUCGGAGACUUAAGGACAAGGCUGAAGAAGACUCCCUCGAAGCAGAAGAGCCCCAAGAAAGAGGAAGAGAUCGAUAUUGUGGAGUUGCUGAGAGGCCACGACCCCAAAGAAUAUGAGGGGAUCCUGCGGGAACAUGGAAUCCACGACUACCGUGCCAUCCUGCAGGCCAUUGAGUUCCUGAAGAGGGAGAAGGAGAUGGAGACUGGAAGAGUGGAGCUGGAGCGUGGUGGUCGUGUUGAAGAGGAGGACAUGGCCCGACUCAUCCAGCAGCUGGAGGGAAAGGUCGCCGCAGAGCCUGUCUCUGUCAUGGAGGACAUCUCUGACCAGUCGACAACUGAGAACCAGAGCGCCACCUUCGAGUGCCGCAUCAGGAUCAACUACCCAGAGAUCACUCUGACCUGGUACAAGGGCACCCAGAAACUGGACAACAGUGACAAGUAUGACAUCAGCAGCGUGGGCGACCGCCAUUAUCUGAAGAUCAAGAACUGCCAGGUCAAAGAUCAGGGCAACUACCGCGUGGUGUGUGGUCCUCACAUCUCCAACGCCAAACUCACUGUCACAGGAGCUGGUUACAAAACAGCCGACCAAAUUCAGUUCACUAAAUGCAUCAGAAGCAUCGAGGUCAAUGAACGCCACUCUGCCACCUUCGAGUGUGAGUUGUCGUUCGACAACGCCACCGUUACAUGGUACAAAGACUCAUGGGAGCUCAGAGAGAGCCCAAAAUAUAACUUCAGGACUGAGGGGCGACGUCACUUCAUGACCAUCCGCAAUGUAACUGCAGAGGAUGAAGGCGUUUACUCUGUGAUCGCUCGUCUGGAGCCGAUGGGAGAAGCUCGAAGCACAGCUGAGCUUUACCUCUCAGGCAAAGAAAUUGGGUUAGGAAAGGUUCCUCAGGACGUCCCAGACACAUCAGUUCAAGCACCAGAGACAGCUUCUAUGGUUGUUCACAGAGAUUCUUCUGAAUUUUAUCACUACGAAGAGAGAACAGAAGUGAAAGCUUUUGAAAGUCUGACAGUUCAAGAAGAGACGGUUUCUGUUCGGUACGCCUCCAUCACAGAAGAGAAAAAACCUGUUGAAGAAAUUGUUGAGAGGACUCAGUUCGAGGUGAUAGAGGAAAUCCCUGAAGUUCCUGAGGUUUACAGGAGACCAGAGGAGAAACCCUCUGAGCCUGCAGCUCCACCUCCAGCUCCAGCCAAAGUACCUGAAGUGAAGAAGCCACAGCCCGAGGUAACUGUUGCUGCUCCACCUCGGAGGGAGGAACCUCAAGCUCCUGAAGAACCUUCAGUAUACACCAAACCAGAACCUAAACCAGAGAUGGUUCCCAGAAAGGUCACCCCUGAACCUUAUCAACCCAAGCCAACAACAGCAGAGCCAAAAAUGGUUCCUCCUGAGCCUAAAGUGUCGCCCCAGAUACCGGCGGCACCUGAGCCCAAAGUGGCCAAAAUUAAGCCUGAACCCGAAGCACUGAAGGUUGAACCUGUCAAGAAGGCACCAGAAGCUCCCAAACCAAGAGUGCCAGCUGUAGCCAAACCAGAGGAAGCCAUAGUUCAGCCAGUUGUUGGCAAGAUUACGCCACCAAAGACUGAAGAUAUUAUAGCAAAAGUACCAGAACCACCAAAGCCAGAAGAACCUGUAGUUCAGCCACCUGCACCCAAGGUUACUCCCCCAACAGCAGAACGUCUUCCAGCUAAAGUGCAAGAUGUACCCAAACCAGAGGAACCUGUAGUUCAACCACCUGCACCAAAGGUUACUCCACCCAAGGCUGAAGCUGUUCCAACUAAAGUGUCCCCUCCAGAGGAGAAGAAACCAUCUGUACCUACACCAAAGCCUUCACCUCCUGCUCCUCCUCCUCCACCUGCUCCUGCACAAAAAGUUGCUCCUCCUGCAGUACCUCCCCCAGAGGAGAAGAAGCCAUCUGCACCAGCAGUAAAACCUGCACCUCCUCCUGCUGCUGCUCCUGCAGAGAAAGUUGCUCCCCCUGCAGUGUCUCCUCCAGUAGAGAAGAAACCAACUGCACCCGUACCAAAGCCUUCAGCUCCUGCUACUCCUGCAGCCAAAGUCGCUCCUCCUGCAGUGCCUCCUCCAGAGGAAAAGAAACCAUCUCCACCAACACCAAAGCCUCCAGCAGAAAAAGUCGCUCCUCCUCCAGCUCAAGUUGCACCAGUGGAGAAGAAACCCUCUCCACCGGCCGUAACGGCUGAACCCUCUCCCCCUGUAUCGGAGGAAAUCUAUCCACCUGAAGACAUGGAACCGGUCUCAGCACCUGGACCAACUAAAGUGCCACCUCUUAAGCAAAAGGGUAAGAUUCCUGUUCAGGAGGCAAAAACACCUGAAUCACCUAAGAUGAGAGGUAAAUUCACCAGAAUACCCAAAGAGGAGGAACCAGAACCAGAGGUCAUUAAGCUGAAGAGAGUUCCAGUGAAACCUCCAGAGCCUGAAAAACAAGUUGUAACUCAUAAAGCUGAAGUAACAAAGCUUCACAAUCCAGAACUAAUAGUUCAUGGACUUCACGACAGAGAAGAUCGAGAGAUAAUAACACUUGGAAGAACUGAACAAGUCUUCACUGCAGAGGAGGAGACAAUUCAAUUAGGCCACUUUGAGGAAGCUGAAAGAGUUGCAGCUGUACAGAAGACAGAGAAAGAGGGUUGGACAAGAACUCCAAAACCACAGAAAGAGGAGGAACCCGAGGCACCAAGUGUGGAGAAGAAGAAAAUAACUAAACUGCCAAAGGCAGAUGAGCAGAAAGACUCAAUUAAACUAAAACCAUUUGAAAAAUCAGGGAAACCAGAAGAAGAAACCCAAAAGGUUAAAUUAAAAAAGGUGCCAACUAAGCCCAAAGAGCCUGAGAAGGAAGUCAUAACUCAGAAAGUUGAGGUUACAAGGCAUUACGAUACUGAACUAUCUGUUCAGAAGCUCCGGGACAGAGAGGAUCGAGAGGUAAUAACACUUGGAAGAACUGAACGAGUGUUCACUGCAUCUGAAGAGGCAUCUGAACUCGGAUUAAUGGAGGAACCUGAAAAGCUAAAGGCAGAAGAUGAGAAAUCAAGAUGGAUAAGAACCCCUAAAGCACCUAAAGAUGAAGAACCUGAGCCAGAUUUAACGAAAAAGAAAAUAAAGAAAUUGCCAAAGAAAGAUGACGAUCAAGAAGUAGUGACAUUAAAACCUUUUGAAAAACCUAAAAAACCUGAGGAAGCUGAACCCCCAAAAGAUCAGAAAGAAGGUGAAGCCAAGACAGAUAUUGAGCGCACUCCAUUCAAGAGAGGUGAGAUGCCACAGAGAGAUCAACCCAGUGCUGCUAUAAAACACAAAAAAGAAGAUGACAUUCCCCUGACAAGUCCAGAGGUAAUUCCAGAUGUCAUCAAAGACCAGACAGAGAUCCCACAGAAGAAAAAGAUUGAUCGAGUUUCUAAGGAUGAGGAACCUGCAUCUGCUGACAAGCUUCGUGGAAAACCUAAAGUUAUCUCCACACCAGAUAAAGAGAAAGAGCAGGUUGUGUUGAAGCCUUUCGCCAAAGAUGACAAGCCCGAAGAAAAGCCAGAAAAAAUACCUGAAGAGGAGAAAAACAAGCUGGUGGACACAAAAAUACCCAGUCGAACUCCGAGGGAUGAAACUCCUAAAGAGCCGAAAGAAGAGCAUCUUAGGAAAGUUGAAAAGACUGCAACACCCAAAAAAGACGAUGAGAAACCUCAAGAGAAAGAAGAACCAGCCAUUCCACCCAAGAAGCCCAGUCCACCAGGAAAGAAGGAAGCAAUCCAGAAGAAAGAAGCUGAGAAAGAGCCCCUACAAAAACAAACAGAAACCUUAAAAAAAGGCAUUGAACUCAAAAAGACCCCGUCACCCAGAGUUGGUAAAGACAAGAUAGAGGAAGAAAAGGCCCUUAAACCUAUUGAGCAGCUCAAGAAGGUUGAGCUUAAAAAGACACCAUCACCAAAAGCUGAGCCAAAGCCUAAAGAACUGGAACAAGUUCCAGUUGAGAAGAAGCUAAGUGCUGAAAAAGUGAAAGUGAGUCCCAAAAGUGUUUCACCAAAAGACUCCAUUGAAGCUGUGACACUCAAAAAGGUCCCCAAGAAGCCAACACCAGAGGAGGUUUCAGAGCCAGAAAAGCCUGGUAAAAGGAGGAUCCCCCUGGUGAAGGAGGUUUCUCCUGGAGCAGUGCAGAUGAAGAAAGUGCCCACCCAGCCAGAGGAAGAGGUGUUUGAAGAGGAGGCAGAAGAAAUGGAGGGAGAGGAAGAAGAGGAGGCCUGGGGCUGGGAGCUGGUUCCUCCAGAGGACUGGGAAGGUGAACUGGUUGAUGGGGCAUUGGAGACUCCAGGCAUGCCUGGUGCUAAACGAGAGGGGAAACCGUCAGAGGAGCCACCAAAAGGCAGAGGCAGAGGAUUUGGGGCAAGACAAACCCCAUCACCUGGUGAUGGUGGCAGGGGCCGGGGCCUGAGACCUGGUGGAAAAGGCCCGUCACCUCCAGAGGAACCAUUCGGAGGAUUCAAGCUCAAAGCUGUCCCCCUGAAGUUCAUCAAGAAGCUUCAGGACAUUGUGUUGCAGGAAGCCGAGUCUAUUGGCUCGUCUGCUGUGUUUGAGUGUGAGGUCUCACCCUCCACUGCCAUCACUUCAUGGAUGAAAGAUGGCAGCAACCUUCGUGAGGGCCCCAAGCACAAGUUCACUGCUGAUGGCAAAGAUCGAAAGUUGCACAUUAUUGAUGUCCAGCUGUCCGACACUGGUGAAUAUACCUGUGUGGCCAAGAACGCUGGCAAGGAAGUAACAUGCACCGCUAAGCUCAUUGUUGAAGAGCUGCCUGUGAAAUGGGUGAAAGAACUGGAACCAGAGACGACCUGUAUGAAGGGUCAGCCUAUGUACCUGACCUGUGAGCUGAGCAAAGAGAGAGAUGUGAUCUGGAAGCGCAAUGGCGCAGUCCUUAAGAAACAGGCUGGAAAAGUGGCCAUUAAUAUUAUCGGUAUGCAGCACGCCGUGACCAUUCAAAAUGCCACUGAUGAAGAUGCUGGUGACUACACCUGUGAGGUGGACGGACAGGAAGACGUGAAGACUACUACCAAUGUUAAAGUGAUUGAAAUCAUCAAGGACUGGCUGGUGAAGCCUCUGAGAGAUCAGCAUGUAAAACCAAAGGCCAAGGCCACGUUCAAAUGUGAGCUCUUCAAGGACACUCCCAACUGGAAAUGGUUCAAAGGAGACAACGAGCUCACUCCUUCUGACAAGGUCGAGAUUAACAAAGAUGGAAAGGACAUGACGCUGACCAUUAACAACUGCCAGCCUGAUGAUGUAUCAGACUACACCAUUGAGGUUGAGGAUCGCAGAUAUACGGCAAAACUGACACUUGGAGAACGUGAGGCUGAGAUCCUGAAGCCUCUCUCCAGCGUGGAGGUGGUUGAGAAGGAAGAAGCCAAGUUUGACACUGAAAUAUCUGAGGAUGAUGUAGCCGGUGAAUGGAAACUGAGAGGCCAGGUGUUGACCAGAUCUCCGACCUGUGAUAUUAAAACUGAGGGCAGGAAACGUUUCCUCACGCUGAAAAAUGUUCAGCUGGAUCAGGCGGGUGAAGUGUCCUACCAGGCUCUAAAUGCUGUAACCAGCGCCAUGCUCACCGUCAAAGAGAUCGAAAUGGGCUUUGUUGACCUGCUGAAGGAUGUUUCUGUGCCUGAAAAGAAACAGGCUAAAUUUGAAUGCACCAUCACCAAGGAUGUGCCAAAGGUCAUGUGGUUCAGGGGGGCGGAGAUUAUCACCCCAAGCCCUAAAUAUGAAAUAAUUGAUGAUGGAAAGAAACACAUGCUGAUCAUAAACAGCUGUGAGUUUGACGAUGAGGCUCAGUACACCAUUGAAGUGUUGGGCCAAAAAUCAACUGCUCAGCUGCUGGUGGAAGGCAUGAGGCUCAAAUUUGUCCAGCAGCUCCAGGACCAAACAGUCAAAGAAGGUAAAACAGCACGCUUUGAGCUCGAGCUGACUCAUGAGAACGUGCCGGUGGUUUGGUACCGAAACGAAGUCAAACUCCAUGUGAGCCGAACGAUACUCACACAUGUGGAGGGAAAGAGACACUUUCUAGAAAUGAGGUCGUUGUCUCUAGAUGACACCUGCCAGAUUAAGGCAGAGGCCAAAGGAAUUUACUCGAUGGCAAAACUGACUGUUAUAGAGGGUGACGCCAUCUUUGUAGUGAAGCUGCAGGACUACACUGCCACAGAGAAAGACGAGGUGAGUCUGGACUGCGAGCUGAGCAAAGAUGUCCCUGUCAUUUGGUAUCGCAACGAGAAGGAGAUCAUCGCCUCCAAGAUGGUUGUCAUGAAGUCUGAGGGCACACGCAGGUCUCUGAUCCUGAAGAAAGUGGAGCAGAGCGAUAAAGGGAAAUAUGUAUGUGAUUGUGGAACAGACAAGACCUCAGCCAGCAUCAACAUUGAAGCACGUGACAUCAAGGUUGUUCGGCCAAUUUAUGGCGUGGAGCUGUUUGACGGAGAGACGGCUCGUUUCGAGGUGGAGAUCUCUGAGGAUGACGUUCACGGCCAGUGGAAACUGAAUGGAGAAGUCCUCAGUCCUUCCUCUGAUGUUGACAUCAUUGAGGAGGGCAGCAAGCACACGCUGAUCUUGUACAACUGCAAAGUUGCCAUGACCGGUGAGGUGGCAUACACCGCUGCUAACGCCAAAUGUUCAGCUAACCUGAAGGUCAAAGAACUUCCUCUGAACUUCCUCACACCACUGAGUGAUGUUCAGGUGUACGAGAAGGAUGAGGCCAGGUUUGAGGUCGAGGUGUCGAGAGCUCCAAAGAGUUUCCGCUGGCUGAAAGGCUCACAGGAGCUGCAGAGCGACGACAAGUACAAGAUGAUCCAAGAGGGAAAAAUGUUCGUCCUGUUGAUCCGAUCAGCUGCCUAUGACGAUGAGGCCAAGUACAUGUUUGAGGCCGAAGACAAGAGGACGACCGGCAAACUCGUCAUACAGGGUAUUCGUCUGGAGUUUGUUAAACCAAUUAAGGAUGUCACGGUGAAAGAGCGGGAAACAGCUGAAUUCAGUGUUGAACUCUCCCACGACAAGAUCCCGGUGGUCUGGUAUAAAAAUGAUGUCCGUCUGCAUCCCAGCAAGGUGGUACACAUGUCAGAUCAUGGAAAGAUCCACACACUGGCUUUCAAGGAGGUCACCAUUGACGACACAUCCAUGAUCAAAGUGGAGGCGAUGGACAAGACAGUGACCGCCAUGCUCACCGUCAUCGAGGGCGAUCUGUAUUUCACCACCAAGCUGCAGAAUUACACAGCCGUGGAGAAAGACGAGGUGAAGCUGGUCUGCGAACUGAGCAAGGCCAUCGCUGACGUCAAAUGGUUCAAGGAUGGGAAGGAGAUCACUCCCUCCAAAAACAUUGCCAUCAGCACUGACGGCAAGAAGCGCAUCCUGAUGGUCAGGAAGGCGGAGAAGGCAAACAUUGGAGCGUACACCUGCGACUGUGGCUCAGAUAAAACAACAGCAAACCUCAACAUUGAAGAGCGCGACAUCAAGGUUGUUCGUCCACUGUACAGUGUCGAGGUCACAGAGACGGAGACAGCCAAGUUUGAGACAGAGAUUUCAGAGGAGGAUGUCCACGGAAACUGGAAACUGAAGGGCGAAGCUCUGCACCAAUCUGCUGAUGUUGAGAUUAAAGAGGAAGGAACCAGACAUAUGUUGAUCCUCUUUAAUGUCCGUAUGGACAUGGCAGGAGGUGUCGACUUCUCAGCAGCCAACGCCAAGUCCAACGCUCAGCUCAGAGUGAAAGCUCGGUCCAUCGGCCUGAUGCGUCCUCUGAAGGACGUGACGGUGUCGGCCGGAGAGACAGCGACCUUUGAGUGCGAGCUGUCGUACGAAGGCAUCGUGGUGGACUGGUUCCUGGGAGGACAGAAGAUGGAGGCCAGUGACCGGGUAAAGACUCGUGUGGCAGGUCGGGUUCACGCUCUGACUAUUAGAGAUGUGAAGCUGUCGGAGGCUGGCGAGGUCAAACUGACUGCUAAAGACUUCCAGACUCAGGCUCAGCUCAUCGUCAGAGAGCCUGCAGUGGAGUUCACAAAGCCUCUGGAGGACCAGACGGUGGAGGAGGAAGCAACUGCCACACUUGAGUGUGAAGUUUCCAGAGCGAACGCCGAGGUACAAUGGUUCAGAGAAGGACAGGAGAUCAGGAAGACCAAGAAGUACGACAUGAUUGUCGACGGACGCAAGAGAGCGCUCAUCAUCCAUGAUUGCACUCCAGACGAUGCCAAGAUGUACACAUGUGACGCCAAAGAGUUCAAGACUUCCUGUUUCCUGGAGGUUACACCUCCUUAUGUAGAGUUUACAAAGCCUCUGCAGGAUGUGGAGGUCAGAGAGAAGGAAUCUGCCAAGUUUGAAUGUGAAGUGUCCCGCGAGUCCGCCAAGGUUCGUUGGUUCAAGGACGGCAGCGAGAUCAGGAAGGGAAAGAAAUACGAAAUCAUUGCUAAGGGAGUCCAGAGGAUCCUCAUCGUCCACAAGUCAGUGUUCGAUGAUGAGGCCGAGUAUGAAUGUGACGCAAGAACCUCCAAGACCUCUGGCAUGCUCACUGUCAUUGAGGAGGCAGCCAGGUUCACCAAGAACCUGUCCAACGUGGAGGGGACAGAGACAGACAGCGUGAAGAUGAUCUGCGAGGUGUCGAAGGCCAGUGCCGAUGUCACCUGGUACAGAGGAGACGACGAGCUGCCGGAGGGCGGCCGUUACGAGCAGAUCGUGGAUGGGCGCAGGAGGAUCCUGAUCAUUCAGGACCUGAGGAUGGAGGACGCUGGAGAGUACAACUGCAGGCUGAGUCCCACCGUGAGGACGUCUGCCAUGCUCAAACUCAAUGAACUGGCAGCUGAGUUCAUCGCCCGUCCUCAGAACCAGGAGGUGGUGGAGGGCGAGAAAGCCGAGUUCGCCUGCUCUGUCUCUAAAGAAACCUAUGAGGUGAAAUGGUUCAGAGGUGACAAGGAGGUUGAAGCUGGGGACAAGUACACUAUCAUCAGCGAAGGAAAGAGAAGGGCUCUUAUUGUGAAAAACUGCGAGCUGAAAGACGAGGGAGGCUACGUUGCUCACAUUGGCAGCGUCAAAGCCUCGGCUGAUCUGUAUGUGAUUGAAAAACUGAGGAUUAUCACGCCAAUUAAAGACACAGAGGUGAAAGAGGGAAGCGAGAUCAUGUUCAACUGCGAGAUAAACACGGAGGGAGCGAAGGCCAAGUGGCUGAAGAACGAGGAGACCAUAUUUGAGAGCAGCAAGUACAUGAUGGCUCAGAGAGACACCGUCUUCUCCCUGAGGAUUAGAGAUGCCCAGAAGGCCGACGAGGCCAGCUACACCAUCAGCCUGACCAAUCAUAGAGGAGAGCAUGCCAAGUGCACCGCCAGCGCUAGAGUCGCAGAGGAGAAGCUGAAGUUCCUGGAGCCCAUUGAGGACAUUGAGACCCAGGAGAAGAAGACCAUCAGCUUCAUUUGUAAAGUGAACCGGCCCGAGGUGACGGUGAGGUGGAUGAAGGCCGGCCAGGAGGUGUCGCUCAGCAAACGCAUCGUCUACAGAACUGACGGUCUCAAACACACCCUAACCAUCAAGGACUGUGUCAUGGACGAUGAGGGCGAGUACACCGCCAUGGUCGGAGAUGACAAGUGUGCAGCCGAGUUGAUCAUCAGCGAGGCGCCAACGGACUUCACCGCACAACUCAAAGACCAGACCAUCACUGAGUUCGAGGACGCCGAGUUCACCUGCAAGCUGAGCAAGGAGAAGGCUGCCGUCAAGUGGUACAGGAACGGCCGAGAGAUCAGAGAAGGACCCAGAUAUCACAUGGAAAAAGAAGGCAAAACAUGCAGACUGAUCAUCAAGGUGUGCAGACCUGAUGAUGAAUGUGAAUAUGCCUGUGGGGUGGAUGAGAGGAGGACCAGAGCAAGACUCUUUGUUGAGGAGACCCCAGUGGAGAUUGUCAGACCUCCCAAGGACAUGUUCGAACCUCCAGGUUCGGACAUUGUGUUCGAGGUGGAGCUCAACAAGGACAGAGUGGAGGUGAAGUGGAUGAGGAACAACAUGAUCAUUGUCCAGGGAGACAAAUAUCAGAUGAUCAGUGAGGGUAAAGUCCACAGAUUGCAGGUCUGUGAGAUCAGACCUCGAGAUCAGGGAGAGUACAGGAUUGUGGCCAAAGACAAGGAUGCGCGUGCCAAGCUGGAACUGGCAGCUGUUCCCAAGAUCAAAACCACCGACCAAAAUCUGGUAACAGAUGCCGGUAAACCCUUCGUCAUGAGUGUGCCCUAUGAUGCCUACCCUCGUGCAGAUGCCGAGUGGUUCUUUGAGGGCAGCAGUCUGCCUGUCCAGAACAUUGACACCUCUGCCGACAAGACGGAGUACCGUCUUAAGAGCCCCAGCAAGGAGGACCAGGGCCGGUACAAAGUGAUCAUCAAAAACAAGCAUGGUGAAGGAGAAGCAUUUAUCAACCUGGACGUGAUUGACGUUCCCGGACCUGUCAAGAACCUGAGAGUGGUUGAUACUGCCGAUGGUGAGGUCAGUUUGGCCUGGGAGGAGCCUGAGAGUGACGGUGGAAGCAAGAUCAUAGCCUACAUUGUGGAAAGACGCGAUGUGAAGCGUAAGACCUGGACUCUGGCAACAGAUCGUGCUGAUACUCCAGAGUACUGUGUCAGCGGCCUCCAGAAGGACUCCAUGUACUUGUUCAGAGUCUCUGCCCGAAACAGAGUCGGCAGUGGACCCACCGUUGCCACAGAGGAUGCUGUCCAGGCCAAGAGCAAGUUUGAUGUUCCUGAUGCACCAGAAAAUGUUGCAGUAGCCAAUGUGAACAGAUUUGGUGCCACAGUCACCUGGGAGCCUCCCAAGUUCGACGGUGGCUCUGAGAUCACCGCCUACGUGAUUGAGCUCCGUGACAGGACCUCUGUGAAGUGGGAGGCAGCCAUGGUCUGUGGUGCCAGCGACCGUUCAGCUAUGCUAAAUGAUGUGGUGGAGAACAAGGAAUACAUCUUCAGAGUCCGAGCUGAGAACAAGGCCGGCAUCGGCAGGCCCAGCGCCGCCACAAAUCCUGUGAAAAUCAUGGAUCCCAUUGAGAGACCAAGCCCACCGCUGAACCUGAACUUCAGUGACCAAACAAACUCUGCAGUAACACUGACCUGGGAGACACCCACCAACAAUGGUGGCAGCAUGAUCACUGGCUACAUCAUCGAGAAAUGUGACGAAGGCACCGACAAAUGGCUGCGCUGCAAUGCCAGGCUGUGCCCGGACCUUUCCUAUCGGGUGUCUGGUUUGAAAUCUGGUCAGAAGUACCUCUACAGAGUUUGUGCUGAGAAUGCUGCUGGUGUCUCUGAUCCAGCCGAACAACUUGGACCACUGCUUGCCGACGACCCCCAUGUUGGUCCGACCUUUGAUCUGAGUGGCUUUAGGAAUGGCCUAGAGGUGAUUGUCCCUCACCCUCUCACAAUCAGAGUCCCGAUCACUGGUUACCCAACCCCUGUCGCCAAGUGGACCUUCGGAGAGAAGGAGCUAACCACUGCAGACGAGCGUGUCUCUAUGGUGACAAAGCCCACAUUUACAGAGCUGACAGUCACACCGAGCGUCCGCCCAGACAAAGGCAUCUACACCCUGCAGCUGGAGAACGACGUCUCCUCUGUCUCUGGAGAGAUUGAGGUUAACGUCAUCGCAUGCCCCAGUGCUCCCAAAGAUUUCAAAGUGGCAGAGGUGACCCGACACCAUGUCCACCUGAUGUGGGAGGCUCCGGAGCACGAUGGAGGAAGUCCAGUUACCCACUACCAGAUCGAGAAGAGAGAAGUGUCUCGCAAGACCUGGGCCAAGGUGGCUACCGGUGUCCUGGACCUGGAACACACUGUAACAGAUGUCAUUGAAGGGAAGGAGUAUCUGUUCAGUGUCACCGCCUGCAACAAGUGCGGACCUGGAGAACCAGCGUACAUCGACGAGCCUGUUAAUGUCUCCUCUCCUGCCACUGUACCUGAUCCUCCCGAAAAUCUGAAGUGGCGUGAUAAGACUGCGAAGACCAUCUUCCUGUCCUGGGAACCUCCAAAGUAUGACGGCGGAGCCCCGAUCAAAGGUUAUGUGGUGGACAAGUGUCAGCGUGGUACUGACAAGUGGGAACCCUGCGGUGAUCCCAUCCCUGAACUAAAGUUCCAGGUGACCGGCCUGAUUGAGGGUCAGUGGUAUGCCUACAGAGUCAGAGCUUUCAACAAGUUGGGAGCCAGCCGACCCUGCAGGGCUACAGAUGAGAUCCAGGCUGUGGAUGCUAAAGAACCUCCAGAGAUCCAGCUGGACGUGAAGCUGCUGGCUGGUCUGACUGCCAGGGCUGGUACCAAGAUCGAGCUUCCUGCUGAUGUCACAGGAAAGCCUGAUCCCCGGGUGAAGUGGACAAAGGCUGACCUGGUCCUGCGGGCCGACAACCGCAUCAGUAUUGACACCCAGCCAGGACACUCUAAGCUUUCCAUCGCCGACACUGUCAGAGGAGACACUGCCACCUACAUCAUUGAGGCAGUCAACACCUGCGGACGUGCCACCGCCACUAUUGAUGUCAACAUCCUUGAUAAACCCGGUCCUCCAGCUGCCUUUGAUAUCUCUGAGAUCACCAACGAGUCAUGCCUCAUGGCCUGGAACCCUCCCAGAGACGACGGUGGCUCAGCCAUCACCAACUACAUUGUGGAGAGUCGUCAGAUGGACAAAGAGGAGUGGGUGAAGCUGUCAGCCACAGUGAAACACACCACCUUCAAAGCCUGCAAGCUCACAGCAAUGAAAGAGUACGUCUUCAGGGUCAGUGCUGAGAACCAGUAUGGCAUCGGCGAACCUGCAGAGCAUGUGCCAAUCAUUGCAAAGUAUUCCUUUGAUCCUCCUGGUCCUCCAUCCAGAGUCACUCCCUCUGACAUUGCCAAGGACGCUGUGACCCUUACUUGGUUCGAGCCAGACGAGGAUGGCGGCAGUCCGAUCACUGGAUACUGGGUUGAGAAAUUCGACCCAGAGAGUGACAAGUGGAUCCGAUGCAACAAAUUGCCCAUCAAGGACACAACCUUCAGGGUGAAGGGACUCCCCACCAAGAAGAAGUACCGCUUCCGUGUUCUGGCUGAGAAUCUGGCUGGACCUGGAAAACCAAGUGCAGAGACCGAUCCUGUCCUCAUCAAAGAUCCCAUUGAUCCUCCAUGGGCUCCUGGUAAACCUGUCAUCAGGGACAUCGGCAAGACCAUGGCAGUGGUGGCAUGGACCCGUCCAGAGCAUGAUGGCGGGGCUAAGAUUGAAGGCUACAUCAUUGAGUUCCAGAAGACCGGAAGUGAGGAGUGGAUCAAAAUUGCAGAGGACGUCCCUCAGACUGAGCACCAGCUGCAAGGUCUGAUGGAAAAGCAGGAGUACUCAUUCAGGGUCAAGGCCGUCAACAAGGCUGGCGAGAGCGAACCCAGUGAGCCCAGCGACCCUGUGGUCUGCAAGGAGAGACUCUACCCUCCAUCACCUCCUCAAUGGUUGGAGGUGACCAACAUCACCAAGAUCAAUGCUGACCUGAAGUGGCAGGCUCCCAGCAGUGAUGGAGGCUCACCUAUCACCAACUAUGUGGUGGAGAAGAGAGACGUGAGGCGCAAGGCCUGGCAGGGUGUUGACACCACUGUCAAGGAGCUCAAGUACACGGUAACUCCUCUCAACGAGGGAUCUCUGUAUGUGUUCCGUGUCGCCGCUGAGAACGCUGUCGGGACAAGUGAAUUCUGUGAACUGGAGGACGCUGUGCUCGCUAAGGACACUUUCACAACUCCUGGACCUCCUUAUGCUUUGACGGUGGUGGAGGUCACCAAGAGACACGUGGAGCUGAAAUGGGAACCUCCCAAGAGUGAUGGUGGAAGACCUAUAACCAAGUACGUGAUUGAGAAGAAAGAGAAGGUGGGAACUCGUUGGCUGAAAUGCUGCAAGACUCCUGACAAACAGACUCAGUUCAAGGUGACAGAUGUGGAUGAAGGGUCGGAAGUUCAGUUCCAGGUCAGAGCUGAGAACGAGGCUGGAGUUGGAGAUCCAAGCGAACCCACCGUGAUCCUCACCAUCGAGGAUGCAACCAGUGCUCCAUCUCCUCCACUUGAAGUGGCCAUUCCUGAUGCCAGCAGGCAGCACAUCAUCGUCACCUGGAAGCCUCCAGCCAAGGACGGUGGCUGCCCGAUCACCGGCUACCAUGUUGAGGUGGCUGAGGCCCGCCCAGAGCUGAAAUGGUUCAGGGUCAACAACAGACCAAUCAAGGAGCUCAAUUUCAGGAUCGAGGAUGGAAUCAAACCAGAGAAGAAGUACGUCAUCAGAGUUCGUGCCAUCAACUCUGUUGGUGUUAGUGAUCCCUCCGAGAUAUCUGACAAGGUCUUCACCAAGGAUCCUGAUUGCGCUCCAACUAUGGACUUGGAGGCACAGGAUGUGGUCGUGGUUGAGGGUGAGAAGCUACAUCUGAACAUCCCCUACAGGGCGAUCCCAACGCCCAAGAUGGUGUGGCAGAAGGACACAGUAGAGUGUAAGGCCGAUGACCGGCUCACCAUGACAGUAGAGAUGAACAAUGCUCACCUGGAGCUGCUCAAGUGCACACGUGCUGAUGCCGGCGCCUAUGCCAUCACCCUGGAGAACACUCUGGGAACUGCCACAGGAACAGUCAAUGUCAAAGUCAUUGGACUACCUGGUCAGUGUAAAGACAUCACCUCCAGUGAUGCCACCAAGAACUCCUGCAAGAUCAGCUGGGUUGCCCCAGAGGACGAUGGCGGCACACCCAUCGUCAGCUACACUCUGGAGCGCCGUGAGGCCUCCAAGAAGACUUACAUGCCAGUUAUGUCCGGAGAGAACGUCCUGACUUGCACUGUUAAAGACCUCUUUGUCAAUUGUGAGUACUACUUCAGAGUGAAGGCUGUCAACAAGGUCGGAGCUGGAGAAUAUCUGGAGCUACGCAACCCAGUCAUCAUAGAGGAAAUCAAACAGAAACCAGACCCACCCAUCCAGGUGGAGGCUCAAGACCCGACAUCCAAGUCCAUCACAGUCACAUGGAAGGCUCCGGACUACGACGGUGGCUGUCCCAUCCAGGGCUACAUCGUUGAGAAGAUUGAGAAGGAUGGCGACCGCUACGAGAAGGUCACCCCAAGCCUGGUGCCUGGUUUCUCCUAUGUGGUGACAGGCCUGAAGGAGGAAAUGGAGUAUCAGUUCAGGGUCCGAGCUGAGAAUGCUGCUGGAGUUAGUGAGCCAUCACGCAGCACACAGCUCGUCAAGGCUGCAGACCCUGUCGAAAAACCAAAGGUCACCCUCCAUGCCCGUGUGGCAUCUGGUUUGUGCAUUAAGAAGGGCGAGGAGAUCCGCAUCGAUGCCUACGUCUCUGGCUCUCCGUAUCCCAAAGUCACCUGGCUGAGGAAUGACGAGGAUGUCACCAAAGAGCCUACCAAAAAAAUUGUUCCUGUGGUCAAGAGGAAGACCAAGGUUCAAGCACCAGAGGAGGAGUUUGUGACUCCGAUGCGUGAGCGCCUGGGUCUGGAUCAGACCAAGAGGGGCCGGUCUGCACUGAUGAUCCGUGAAGCAGUCAGAGUCGACCACGGAAACUUCACCAUUAAGGUGGAGAACACUCACGGUGUCGCAACCGCCUCCUGCAUUGUUAAUGUCCUUGACAAACCUGGUGCUCCAAUCAACUUCACCUUCGAUGAGAUAAGGAACACCUCUGUCAUCUGUAACUGGGAGCCUCCUGAGGAUGAUGGUGGAAGCGAGAUCCUGAACUACAUCCUGGAGAAGAAGGACAACAAGAACGAUGAGAUAGGCUGGAUCACUGUCACCUCUACCCUCAAGGGCACCAGCUGCCCCGUCACCAAACUCAUUGAAGGGAAGGAAUACAUCUUCAGAGUCACAGCCGAGAAUAAGUACGGCUGUGGGCCCCCAUGCAUCUCCGAACCCCUGGUUGCCAAGAACCAGUUCAAUCCUCCUGACGCUCCCAACACUCCCAGAGUCCAUGAGGUGACAGCAAGCACCGCCCACAUCUCCUGGCAUGAGCCAAAGGACAACGGCAGCCCGAUCCUGGGCUACUGGAUCGAGAGGAAGGAGGUGAACAGCAAACACUGGACCCGAGUGAACAGAGCCCUCCUCAACUCUCUGGAUGUGAAGGUCACUGGCCUGAUGGAGGGACUCACCUACAUCUUCAGAGUGUGUGCCGAAAACCUGGCCGGGCCCGGGCCCUUCAGUGAGCCCACAGACCGCAUCGUCACCAUGGACGCCAUCUUGCCUCCUGGCCCCCCCACUCCAUGGAUCGUGGACACUGGGAAGGACUCUGUCAUUGUGGCCUGGAAGCCCCCGUUGUACAACGGUGGAGGAGACAUUCUGGGAUACCAUGUUGAGAAGGUUUUGGUUGGAGAGAAGGACUGGACUCGAAGCACAGAGUUCAGGUGUAAAGAGCUGACAUACACCGUGACCGGCCUGACCGAGGGAGCAGACUAUUAUAUCCGUGUCAUUGCCGUCAAUGACGCUGGUCCUGGAGCUCCCGGAGUUACCGAACCUGUCACUGUCAAAGAGCCCCAAGAACCUCCUGCUGUGGAAUUUGACGCCUCUGUGAAGAACGGCAUCUUCAUCAAGGCAGGCGAGCCUCUGAGGCUUCCCGCUGUGGUGACUGGCCGGCCCCAGCCAGAGGUCAAGUGGGCCAAAGAUGAUGGUGAGAUCGACAAAGAGAGGAUGAUUGUGGAGACAGAGGGCAAGAACAGCACGCUGUUCAUCAAGACGGCUGUGAGGGCUGAUCACGGAAAGUACCAGAUCUCUGGCACCAACAGCAGUGGUACCAAGACCGCUGAGACCAGGGUCGACGUUAUGGACGUACCUGGUCCGGUGGUGGACCUGAAGACAGUCAUGGUGACCAAGAAGAACAUCACCCUCACCUGGUCCGACCCCUUGGACAAUGGUGGCAGUGACAUUGUCGGCUAUGAGGUGCUGAGGAAGGAUGCUAAGAUGAAACUCUUCCGCCAGCCCAUUGAGACGGCAUCCUGUAAGUGUGACGUCCAAGGCCUGCUGGCCGGCGAGGAAUAUGACUUUAGGGUCAUCGCAAGGAACAAGUAUGGUGAUGGAGCUCCAGCCGACCUGGGACCCAUCUUGGCUGAGGAUCCUAAAGGUACUCCAUCUGCCCCUGAGAAGCUGCACUACACUGACAGAAGUAAGGGCACCAUCACUCUUGCCUGGCAGCCACCUCGUACUGAUGGUGGCAGUCCCAUCAGAGGGUACUACGUGGAGAAAAUGAGGUCUGAUGGCACAGAGUUUGAAGUGGCCAACCGCAAGAUCUUCACUGAGUGCUGUGGCACCGUCGAGAACCUUUCUGAGAACCAGGAAUACGAGUUCCGUGUCAAGGCUGUGAACGAGAUCGGGGAAGGAGAUCCAUCCAAGCCAAUCACCGCCAAGAUCCAGGAUGAUGAAAUUUCUCCUGUUAUCACGAUUAUGAAGUUCUUCAAGAGCAAUGCCAUCAUUGUGAAGAAAGGCGCAGCCAUCGACAUCCCAGCGGAAGUGAAGGGACUUCCUCUACCAACAAUCCAAUGGAUGAAGGACGACGUGGUGCUGGAGAAGCCUGAGGAUGAGAAAAUGACAAUGGAGACUGAGGAGGUUAACCGGACAACUUUGACAACAAAGAUUGCCAUCCCAGUAACUGUCAGGCAGGACAAGGGCAGCUACAAGCUUGUGGCUGAAAAUUGCCAUGGCAAAGCUCAGCAUGUCAUCAGAGUCGAGAUCCUUGACCGUCCUCUUCCUCCAAGGAACAUUGUGGUCUCAGACAUCAAGGCAGACUCGUGCUACUUGACCUGGGACGCCCCAGAGGACAAUGGAGGCAGCGAGAUCACAAACUACAUCGUGGAGCGCAGAGACGCCAGCAAGAAGAAGUCAGACUUCGAUGUUCUCACCAUCCACCUCAUUGAUAGGAGAUAUGGGGUCUACAAACUGGACUUGAAUGGUGCCUACCAGUUCAGGAUCAAAGCUGAGAACAAGUAUGGCGUCAGCGAUGGCUGUGACUCAGAGAAAGUCCAGUUGAGGGAUCCAUUUGGCCUCCCUGGACCACCACGUAACCCCAAAAUCAUCGCCGCCACUGCAACCACCAUGACCCUGACAUGGGACCCUCCUCUGGACAAUGGUGGCUCCACCAUUCAGGGUUAUUGGCUGGAAAAGAGGGAGCGUGGCGCCGUCUACUGGGGUCGCGUCAACCGAGCUCCAGUCACCAAACCAGCAGUGAAGGGCCUGCAGUACACUGUGCUCAAACUCAUUGAAGGAACAGAGUACCAGUUCAGGAUCGCAGCCUGCAACGCUGCAGGAGUUGGACCACACAGCGAGGCCACUGAGUGUCGCUUUGCCGUGGAUCCAUGCAAUCCUCCAAGCCCACCUGGAACCCCUGAGGUUAAAGACAAGACCAAGAACAGCAUCACUCUCACCUGGAGUCCACCGGACAGAGAUGGUGGUAGCCCCAUCAAGGGUUACAUCAUUGAGGUCCAUGAGGAGGGGUCUCCUGAUUGGAGGAGGGUGAACCCUGCUGACAAGCUCCACCCAUCCUCCGAAAUCACCGUCCCUGACCUGAAGGAGGGCAAAAAAUGCAAGUUCAGGAUCUAUGCCGUGAACGCCGCUGGCAACUCAGAGCCCGCCCGGACAGGCGAUAUCCUGGUUCAGGACAUCCUGAUCGAGCCAACUGUAACUCUGGAUGUGAGUGCUCAAGACCUGAUGAACUGCAGAGCAGGAACAACCAUCAAGAUUCCUGCCACCAUCACCGGACGACCCGUUCCCAAAGUCACCUGGACCUUCGACGGAACCGCUGAGACUGAGAAGAAGAACGAACUUCACACGCUGCCUAUUGACUCAGAGGUCCACUCCACUGACACAACCUCGGUGAUUGUGAUCCCAGAGAGCAAACUGAACCACACUGGCCGAUACAUCAUCAAUGCUGAGAGCCCUGCAGGGCACAAAGUGGUCAAAGUCAGAGUCACUGUGCUUGACCUACCUGGAUGUCCUAGAGACCUGAAGGUGAGUGACGUGACAAGGGGAACCUGCAGACUCACCUGGAAAGCACCAGAGUGUGAUGGAGGCGACAGGGUCAAGAGCUACUUCAUUGAGAAGAAGACAGUGGAGGGCAAAGCCUGGACCAAGGUUAACUCAGCCUGUGCAGCUCAGUCCCUGGUGGUUCCAGACCUGAUAGAUGGUCAGGAUUACCUGUUCCGCAUCCGUGCUGAGAACCGCUUUGGAUUCGGUCCAUUCAUCGAGACCAUCCAGAGGACCAAAGCCAGAGAUCCCAUUCAUCCUCCCGAUCCUCCAACGAGGUUGAAGAUCCAGAACGUGAGGAAGGGCACUGUGACUUUGACCUGGAAGGCUCCAAAGAACGACGGUGGUUCACCCGUCACCCACUAUAGCGUUGAUCUGCUCUGCUGGGAUGCCAGCGGCGCCCAGAAGGAGUCCUGGAGGAGGUGUAACAGGAGAGAUGUGGACACCACCAGUUUCAAGGUGGAGGAUCUGACAGAGGGAGACGAGUAUGAGUUCAGAGUUGUGGCGUACAAUGAGGCUGGAGCCAGCCGACCCUCAUCCACUGCUGGACCCAUUGUCAUCCAGGACCAGACCUGUGCUCCAUCCAUCGAGCUGAACGAGUUCAUGGAAGCUGAGCAGGGCACUGACAUUAGCAUCGUGGCCAAGAUCCGUGGCUGUCCGUUCCCCACACUCACCUGGUACAAAGCUCCACCCCACAAGUCUGACGACAAGGUGGAGGUUCAGUACGAUGAGCACAUCAACAAGAUUGUGUCGGACGACAGCUGCACGCUGCUCAUCCAGCAGGGCAAACGUCCCGAUACUGGCCUGUACACGCUGGUGGCCUCCAACAGCCUCGGCAAGGCCACCAAGGAGAUGAGGCUCAAUGUGCUCGGCCGACCCGGUGCUCCCUCUGCUCCCAUUAAGUUUGAGGAGAUUGGAGCUGAGAAGAUCACACUCUCCUGGCUGCCGCCAAAGGAUGAUGGUGGCUCCAAAGUCACAAACUAUGUCAUCUGGAGGCGGGUAGCCAACAGGAAGACUUGGGUGCCUGUCACCAGUGAGCCCAAAGAGAGGAUCUGGACGGUAGAGAACCUGAUGGAGGGACACGAGUAUGUGUUCCGCAUCAUGGCCCAGAACAAGUAUGGAGUUGGAGAGCCUCUGGACAGCGACCCCGAGGUCGCCCGAAACCUCUACACUGUCCCUGGCCAGUGUGAGAAACCAACAGUCACUAGUAUCACCAUGGACUCCAUGACUGUUAACUGGGAGGAGCCUGAGGAUGACGGUGGCACCCCGAUCACUGGCUACUGGCUGGAGCGUAAAGAGACAACAGGCAAACGCUGGACCCGCGUCACCCGCGACCCCAUCCGUCCCAUGGGUCUAGGAGAGUCAUUCGUGGUGAGCGGACUCAUUGAGGGCUCCCAGUACCUGUUCAGAGUGUCCGCCAUCAAUGCUGCAGGACCUGGACUCGCCAGCCCCCCCACAGACCCCAUCUUUGCCAGAGACCCCAUCUCUCCACCCUCUCCUCCAACCCCCAAGGUUUCUGAUUGGACUAAAUCCACAGUGGACCUGGAGUGGAUCCCUCCUUUGAAGGACGGAGGCUCCAAGAUCAUUGGCUAUUGGGUGGAAUACAAGGAGGAGGGCACAGAGGCCUGGGUCAAGGCUAAGGAAACCGAAGUCCGUGGCACCCGCUUAGUGAUCACUGGUCUGAAGACUGGCGGUCAGUACAGAUUCAGGGUAAUCGCCUUCAAUGCUGCUGGUAAUGGCGAGCCAGGCGAAGUCCCAGAGGUGCUCGAAGUCAACGAUAGAACCAUUGCCCCUGAGGUUGACCUGGACGCCUCGGUGAAGGAGAGGAUGGUGGUCCAUGCUGGCGGCGUGAUCCGCAUCAUCGCUUAUGUGUCAGGCCAACCAGCCCCAGAGGUCACCUGGAGCAGAGAUGGAGCUGCACUGCCUCCCGAGGCUAAAGUGGAGACGACAGCCAUCAGCUCCUCUCUGGUUAUCAAACCCUGCACCAGGAGACACCUCGGCGUCUACACCCUGUCUGCCAAGAACACUGGAGGAGAGAAGAAGAAGAACAUCACAGUGGAAGUUCUGGAUGUCCCUGGGCCUGUUGGUAUCCCCUUCACCGCGGAGAACCUGAGCAUCGAGUCAUGCAAGCUCAACUGGUUCUUCCCUGAGAAUGAUGGUGGCUCUCCCAUCAGUAACUACAUCAUUGAGAAGCGUGAGGCCGAGCGCAAGGCUUGGACCUCGCUCUCCUACACCGCAAGCAGACAGAACGCCAUAGCAACCGGACUCACCACCGGAAAGGCCUACUUCUUCAGAGUGGCUGCCGAGAACGCCAUUGGCAUCGGACCCUUCGUGGAGACUGCAGCCGAAAUUGUAGUCAAGGAACCCAUCAGUGUGCCAGACCGCCCUGAGGAUCUGGAGGUCACCAAGGUCACCAGGGACAUGAUCUGCCUCACCUGGAAGCCGCCUAAGUAUGAUGGCGGCUCAGAGAUCACCAUGUAUAUCCUGGAGGCACGUAAGAUUGGCAGAGACAAGUUCACCAGACUGACAAAGGAAAAGCUGAUGGAGAGGAAGUACACCUACGAUGGUCUGAGGGAGGGUGACACCUAUGAGCUCAGGGUCCUCGCCGUCAAUGAGGUUGGACCUGGCAAACCAUCAUUCUGCACCAAACCAAUCACUUGCAAGGAUGAACUGGAGCCACCGACUAUCGAGCUGGACUUCCGUGAUAAGAUCAUCAUCCGUGUGGGUGAGAGCUGCCUGUUGCAGGGCCGCUACACUGGCAAACCUUCUCCAUCCAUUUUGUGGUACCGUGACGACGAGGAGCUGAAGGCUGACAAGCACAUCAUGUUCAAGAACACACUGACCACCAUGUCACUGGGCCUGAUGAAGGCAAAGCGCGAGCACAGCGGAAGAUAUGUGGUGGUGGUGGAGAACAGCACUGGAUCCAGGAAAGGAGUCUGCAAUGUCACGGUUGUUGACCGUCCAACUCCCCCUGUUGGCCCAGUGGUGUUUGAGGAGGUGCACAGGGAGUACAUGGUCAUCUCCUGGAAGCCUCCGCUGGACAGCGGUGGUGUGGAUGUCUCCAACUACAUAAUUGAGAAGAGAGAUGUCAACAGAGAUAUCUGGACUACGGUGACAUCCGCCACAACCAAGACCACAUGCAAGAUCCCCAAACUGACCGAGGGCAGGGAAUACAUCAUGAGAAUCUCCGCUGAGAACAUGUAUGGCAUCAGCGACCCACUGGAGUCUGAGGAGAUGAAAGCCAAAGAUCUCUUCAGAGUCCCUGAGGCCCCUGAGAUGCCGACCGUCAGGGAGGUGUAUGCCACCAAUGCUCUGGUGCUGUGGAACCGCCCUCGUGAUGGUGGGAAGCCCAUUACCAACUACAUCCUGGAAAAGAAGGAGCCCGCAGCCAAGAGGUGGUCUCGAGUCACUAGAGACCCACUGUACCCGGCCACUCAGUUCCGAGUCCAGGACCUUGUGGAGGGCUGCGAGUAUGAGUUCAGGGUGAUGGCUGAGAAUGAGCUGGGAACUGGAGACCCCAGUGUCCCCUCCAAACCCAUUCUUGCCAAAGAUCCUAUCGUACGCCCCAGCCCUCCAGUGACCCCAGAGGCCUACGACAAGACCAAGGACUCGGUCAGCCUUAAGUGGCAGAUGCCCCGCCAUGAUGGCAAAGGCCGGAUCUUUGGCUACCUUGUUGAGUACCAGAAGCCUGGCGCUGUUGAAUGGAUUCAGGCAAAUGAGUCCCCAGAACAGUGUCCUGACCUCCACUACGUGGUGACAGGCCUGACUGAUGGAAAGGAGUAUGCCUUCAGGAUCUUCACUGUUAAUGCUGCCGGCAAAUCUGACCCUGCCUACGUCAAACAGCCCAUCAAAGUGCACGACAGACUGGAGGAGCCUGAGUUGCUGCUGGAUGCCAACAUGGCACGUGACCACCUGGCAAUGUUGGGCACUGACAUCACCCUGAGUGCCACCAUUAAGGGUGUACCAACACCCACUGUUAGCUGGAAGAAGAAUGACGGAGAUGUUCCUUCUCACAUCACCGUUGCUGUCACUGCCACUGGCAGCAAAGUCUUCAUUCCCAAGUGUGUUCGCGCAGACUCCGGCAACUACACCAUCACUGUGGAGAAUGCUGCUGGCAAAAAAUCAGCAACCGUUGCUGUGCUUGUGCUGAAUAAGCCUUCUCCUCCCAGAGACCUGGUGGUCUCUGAGGUGACCAGUGAGUCCGCCUACCUGACAUGGAAGGCUCCUGAGGACAAUGGUGGUGCUGUCAUCUCCCACUAUGUUGUGCAGAAGAAGGAUGUGGCUGCCGAGCAGUGGGUUCCAGUCGCUGCAGCCAACAAGAAGCUGAGUCUGAUGGCCAUGUAUCUGAUGGAAGGAAUCCAGUACCUGUUCAGGGUGGCUGCUGAGAACCAGUUUGGCAGAAGCGAUUUUGUUAUGACCAAGACACCCAUCAAGGCUGUCGAUCCCCUCUAUCCUCCUGGCCCACCCAAGAACCUGCACCACACUGAUGCAGAGAAGACAGAGGUGUGGUUGGCAUGGGAGUGGCCUGACCGCACAGGUGGAAGUGAAAUCACCGGCUUCAUCGUGGAGCACCAGGAAGAGGGCCAGACUGACUGGGUCACCUUCAAGACCGUGACCAAUGAGCACGCCCACGUCACUGGUCUGGUGGAGGGCAAGACUUACCGCUUUAGGGUCAAGGCUCAGAACGCCAUUGGUGUGAGCCGUCCUGACACUAGUGUCCCUGUCACCUGCCAGGAGAAGACAUUGCCACCAACUAUCGAAGUUGAUGUCAAGCUUAUUGAGGGACUUGUUGUCAAAGCUGGCAGCACUAUUACCCUUCCAGCCAAGAUGACAGGCAUUCCCAUUCCCACUGCCAAAUGGAUGAGCGAUGACAAGGAGAUUGCAUCAGAAGGCCGCUAUCGCAUUGAGACUGCUGGAUCCUCAACCACCCUCAGUAUCCCUGAGUGCCAAAGAGGAGACACUGGAGAGUACAUCCUCACUGUGUCUAAUCCCGCAGGCAGCAAAACUGUCGCCCUGCAUGUCACCGUGCUGGACCUUCCAGGUCCACCCAUUGGACCCAUCAAUAUCUUAGAGGUGACCCCUGAUCACAUGAUGAUCCAAUGGAGGGCACCCAAGGAUGAUGGUGGCACACCCAUCACCAGCUAUGUGGUGGAAAAGAAGGAUGUGAAGAAACCAUGGGAGCCCUGGUCUGUUGUGAGCUCUGGUGGCAUCAGCACCAAGGCCAAGGUGUCCAGGCUUGAGAAGGGACGUGAGUACAUUGUCCGUGUCCGUGCAGAGAACAAGAUUGGCAUCGGUGCUGGGCUUGAGAGUCCUCCCACUAUUGCCAAGCACAUGUUCAACCCUCCUGGUCCACCAGGCCCCCCAGAUUGUUCUGAUAUCACAGAGAAUGCUGUGACACUGGAUUGGACCCCGCCAGAAUAUGAUGGAGGAAGCCCCAUCAGUGGCUAUGUGAUUGAACGCAGAGAAAUGACAGGAAAGUGGAUCCGUGUCAACAAAACUCCUGUGCUGGAUGUCAGAUACAGAGUCUCAGGCCUGUUUGAGGGCAACAGCUAUGAGUUCAGAGUGUUCGCUGAGAACAUUGCUGGUAUCAGUGGGCCUUCUCUCACCUCCCAACCCCCUAUCAAAGCUACUCGUGCUAUCACCAAACCCGGACCCCCCGGCAAUCCUAAACUGAAGGACUGGAGCAAAUCCUAUGCUGACAUCUGCUGGACCAAGCCUACGAGAGAUGGUGGCAGUCCCAUUCUUGGCUAUGUGGUUGAGGCCCAGAAGUCAGGAACUGCCCAGUGGGACAGAAUCAACAAGGACCUCAUCAAGAUGUGUGCCUACAGAGUGCCAGGCCUCAUUGAAGGAAUGGAAUACAGAAUUCGCAUCAGGGCAACCAACAAAGUUGGAGACAGUGAACCCAGGGAACUGCCUCAGGCCGUCUUGGCAAAGGACAUUCUGGUGCCUCCUGAGCUUGUUGUUGACGUGUCUUGCCGUGACUCUUUGACAGUCAGAGCAGGUCAGAUCAUCAGUUUGAUCACAAGGGUAAAGGGCAGACCAGAUCCAGAGAUCACAUGGACGAAAGAUGCCAGAGCCUUGUCCCGGGAUAAGCGUAUUGAAAUGAACAACAACUACCCUCUGUGUGAACUGGUAAUCAACGAGGCAGUCAGGUCAGACUAUGGUAAAUAUGCAAUUGUUGCCAAGAAUAGCAGUGGACAGGCACAGGCUACAAUUCUUGUCAAUGUCCUGGACACACCUGGAGCUUGCCAGAACCUGAAAGUGGCCUAUGUGACCAAGAAGUCCUGCAUGGUGUCAUGGGAGAACCCUGAGGACAAUGGCGGCACUGAGAUCACUCAGUACAUUAUUGAGUGCCGUCAGCCCAGCCAAAGAGGAUGGACAGUGGUCUCCAGUGACUGCACCAAGCGCCUGUUAAAGGCUCCUCUUACUGAGGGUUGUGAGUACUUCUUCCGUGUCAGCGCAGAGAACAAGAUUGGUGCUGGUCCACCUACUGAGACUAAGACACCUGUGUUGGCAGUUGAUCCCAUUGAGAAGCCUGGUGAACCCAUUGACUUCCAUAUUUCUGAGGUUGGCAAGACCUUCUGCUUCCUGAAGUGGAAGAAGCCAGACUAUGAUGGUGGUAGCCGUAACCUGGGCUAUCACGUUGAGAAGAAACCAAAGGAGGCCGAGGAGUGGGAGAGACUCCACAAGGGUGCCAUUAAGGAGACUUACUUCAUGGCUGAUAGGUGCAUUGAAAACCAGAUCUACCAGUUUAGAGUUCAGACCAAGAAUGAGGGGGGUGAGAGCAACUGGGUGACCACAGCUGAGGUCCUAGUUAAGGAACUGCUUGCGGAGCCUGAGGUCAAGAUUAAACUGGAUGGAACCCUCACGGUCAAGGCAGGAGACUCCAUUCCUGUCGAGGCAACAGUGAAGGGCAAACCCCAGCCUGAUGUCAAAUGGACCAGGGAUGAGAGCACAGAGGAGAUUAAGAAGGGCCCCAGGCUUCAGAUUGAAACUGGUGCUGACUUCUCAAAGUUGCUUCUUACCAACGCCAAGCGCACUGACAGUGGCAAAUAUGUUGUCACCGCCUCCAACAGUGCAGGAACCUGCUCUGCUCAUGCCAAGGUCAACGUACUGGAUAGGCCCGGCCCCAUCAGGGAUCUCAAGGUGUCUGGUGUCACCAUUGACAGGUGCAAUCUGGCCUGGGAAAUCCCAGAGGAUGAUGGUGGCUGUGAUAUCUACAACUACAUCAUUGAGAAAUGUGAGACCAAGAGGGGAGUCUGGUCUGUCCACUCCAAUGCUAUCAUCACCAACAAAGCUAAAGUUACUCGCCUUAUUGAGGGUAAUGAGUAUAUCUUCCGAGUUCGUGCUGAGAAUAAGAUGGGUCCUGGUCCUGCAGUGCAGAGUGAGUCCAUUGUUGCUGGCACUCAGUUCAGCGUACCUGAUGCUCCUGAAGCACCAGAAGUAACCAAGAUCGCCAAGGAGGAGAUGACUGUAGAGUGGUCAGAGCCUGAGAAAGAUGGAGGAAAGCCAAUAACAGGUUAUCUCUUGGAGAAGAGGGAGGAGCAUGCCAUUAGGUGGUCUCCUGUCAACAAAGAUCCAGUCCCUGGAACUCGUUUCACAGUUCCUGGUCUACUGCCCCUCCAUGACUACCAGUACAGAGUCAAGGCUGUCAAUGAAAUUGGCAUCAGCAGCCCAAGCAAGCCUUCGCGUGCCAUCACCGCCAAGGAUGCAGUUGAGCCUCCUGCACCUCCUACCAACCUGAAGGUCCGGGACAGCACUAAGUCAACUGUUACCCUGGGCUGGACCAAGCCCGUAUCUGAUGGUGGAGCUCCCAUUAUCGGCUACGUUGUGGAGAUGAGGGUGCAGGGAACUGCCAAGAAGGGAGAUGAUGGUUGGAAGAGGUGCAAUGUCGCAGCUCAGCUAGUUGUGUGCGAGUUCACAGUCACAAGUCUGGAUGAGAAGCUUGUGUAUGAAUUCAGAGUGUCGGCUCAGAACCAGGUUGGCAUGAGCCUGCCUUGCGACCUGGAGGGGGCUGUGAUCCCAAGGGAGAUUCUAGAGGCACCAGAGAUUGACAUGGAUGCUAACCUGAAGCAGGGACUAACACUGAGAGCUGGCUGUCCCAUCAGGCUUUGUGCCACCAUCAGAGGCAGACCACCUCCCAAGGUAACUUGGAGAAGGAUGGGCAUUGACAACGUGGUCAGGAAGGGAAAAGUCGACCUCAUCGACACCAUGACUUUCCUGGUCAUUCCUGACAGCACACGCGAUGACUCUGGCAAAUACUGCCUGACUCUGCAGAGCCCUGCUGGAGAGAAGGCUGUGUUUGUGAAUGUUAAGGUUCUAGACACUCCGGGACCUGUAAUGAAUCUGGAAGGUACCGACAUCAAACAGACCUCAGUCACGCUGUCCUGGAAUCCUCCAGAGAACAAUGGUGGCAGCGAGGUCACUCAUUAUAUUGUUGAGAAGCGUGAGAUUGACCGCAAGACGUGGGCAACUGUCAAGGCCGAAGUAGCAUUGGAUAAGAUUCCCUUCAAGGUCAGCAAUCUGAUGCCAGGGACCGAAUACUACUUCAGAGUCACAGCUGUUAAUGAGUAUGGUUCUGGAGUUCCCAGAGUGACACCCACUUCCUACCUGGCCUCUGAUCCUGUCAGCAAGCCAGAUCCUUGUGAAAAGAUUGAGGUUCUGGAGAUCACUAAAAACAAUGCUACAGUUGGCUGGGUGAAGCCCGCAAGGGAUGGUGGUGCCAAGAUCGAUGGUUACGUGAUUGAAUACAUUGAGGUCAAACCUCCACCACCACCUCCAGCGCCUGUGGAGGUUGCAGAAGGAGAGGAGGCUCCUCCACCACCUCCUCCACCUCCAAAGGUAGAGGAGGAGGCAGAGCCUGAAAAGGAAGUAUGGAAUGCUUACACCACAGUGAAAGGUUUGACAAUCAGCAUCAGCGGCCUGAAGGAGGGCAAGAGGUACAAGUUCAGAGUGGCUGCCAAGAACAUCAUGGGCAUGAGCUCAUUCACCGAGACAAGGCAGCCAGUCGAAAUCAAGGAACAGAUGUUGGAACCAAAGAUUGUCAUGCCAGAGUCAGUAAGUGCUAGAGCUGGAGCCAAGCUCAGAGUGGAGGCACUGGUUUCCGGAAAACCUGCUCCGACGUGCAAGUGGAUGCGUGGUGAGAACGCAGUAGUGCCAUCCAGUCGUCUGGCUGUGCACCAGUCCGGCAACCUGUGUGUCCUGAUCAUCAAAGAUGUGUCAAGAACUGACAGCGGAGAGUACAGCCUGGUGGCUGAGAACAGUUCUGCAAAGGUGGUCCAGGCCCUGAAGAUCGUCAUCAGAGACAUCCCUGGUCCUCCUGAGGGCCCCGUAGAGAUCAGUGACAUUGACUCUGAUGCUUGCACCCUCACCUGGAACAAACCACUGGAAGAUGGAGGCAGCAAUAUCACCAACUAUGUGGUGGAGAAAUGCGAUGUGAUCAGAGGUGACUGGGUGACGGCCGUCUCUUCCUGUCCAAAGACCACAUCCAGGCUUGGAAAGCUCAUUCCUGGAAAGGAGUAUGUGUUCCGCAUCCGUGCUGAGAACCGCUUUGGUGUGUCAGACCCCAUUCAAUCUGACAGGAUGGUUGCCAAGUUCCCCUUCGAUGUUCCUAGUGAGCCCCUCAACUGCCGUAUCAACAAGACCAACAAGGACUGUAUGUUUGUGGCCUGGGACAAGCCCGAGAAUGACGGUGGCAGUCCCAUCACAGGGUACUACAUCGAGCGUAAGGAGAGGAACAGCCUGCUGUGGGUGAAGGCCAAUGACACAGUUGUCCGUACCACUGAGUACCCAUGUGCUGGCCUCAUUGAGGGCCUGGAAUACACCUUUAGAGUGUCUGCCAUCAACCGUGCUGGCCAGGGCAAACCUAGCAAGAAGACUGACUUUGUCACUGCCAGAACACCUGUUGACACUCCAGGUAAACCUGAGAUCCUGGAUGUCACAAAGAACUCUGUCACUCUGGUUUGGGCCCGUCCCAAGAAUGAUGGUGGAAGCAAGAUCAUUGGCUACUACGUUGAAGCCAUGCGUGUGCCAGGAGACACUUGGAUACGCUGCAACACCAGCAGCCAGAAUGUGCCAAGGGAGGAAUAUACAGUUACUGGCCUGGAAAGAGACCUGCAGUACCAGUUCAGAGUCAUCGCCAAAACUGCUGUCAACAUGAGCAAACCCUCUGAGCCCACAGACCCUGUCCUGGUCUGUGCUGAAAAUGUUCCUCCAAGAGUGGAGCUCAGUGCCAGGAUGCAGAAAGGUUUUAAGGUGAAGGCUGGAACCACAGUACUCCUGGAGGCUGAGGUGUUUGGUAAACCCAUACCCAGAGUGACCUGGAAGAGAGGUGACAAUAGCCUUAAGUCAGGUGAAGGGCAGGUCAUCACCCAGCAGAGACAUCACUUCCAGCUGGAGAUGACAGGAGUCACCAAGGAGCACACGGGAACCUACACCAUCCUGGCCGAGAACGCCAGUGGCUCCAAGACUGCAGAGGUCCAGGUCGACGUUCUGGAUGUGCCUGGCCCCCCUGCAAGUGCCAAAUACAGUGAGGUGCUUGCCACCAGUAUCAAGCUGUCUUGGACGCCUCCUCUGAUGGACGGUGGUGCUUCCAUCAGCAACUACAUUGUAGACAAACGUGAGACCAGCAGAGCUAACUGGGCACAGGUGUCUUCCAAGAUCAAGGGUGACAACCUUGAGUUCAAUGUGGAGAAACUGAUCGAGGGUCACGAGUACCAGUUCCGAAUCCGCGCUGAGAACAUGUGGGGAGUUGGAGACCCCCUCAUCACGAACCCUGUCAUCGCUAAGAACCCAUUCACUGUCCCUGGCCCUUGUGAGGCCCCAGUGAUCACCAAUGUGACUAAAGACCGCAUGACUGUGAGCUGGAAGGAGCCUGCUGAUGAUGGAAAGUCCACCAUCCUGGGCUACAUGCUGGAAAAGAAAGAGGUCAAGGAAUUGAACUGGACCAAGGUGAACAGGAAACCUAUGACAGAAAGGAGCCUUGAUGUUACAGGACUCACUGAGGGAGCUGAGUAUGAGUUCAGAGUGAUUGCCAUCAACGUUGCAGGGCUUGGCAAGCCCAGUGAGCCCUCGGCUGGCACCACUGCACAGAAUCCCAUCACUCCUCCUGGUCCUGUUGUGAAUCCCAGUGUGGCAGACACCACCCACAGCACCAUCAGUCUCACCUGGACUGCUCCUACCAACAAUGGUGGAAGCCCCAUCAUUGGAUACUUGGUGGAGUGCAAGAGGACUGACACCGCAGACUGGAUCCGCUGCAAUGUCCCCAGGAACCUGCAGGACACCGACUAUGUCAUCCAGAACCUCAUCCACAAGGCCGAGUACCAGUGCCGCAUCACUGCUGUCAACAAGGUUGGCUUCAGCGAGCCAGCUGAAGUACCCGGCAAGCAUGUUGCCCAGGACAUCAUCGUUCCUCCCGAAGCUGAGUUGAGUGCAGAGCUAAAGGACGGCCUGGAGCUACAUGCUGGUGCCACCAUGAGGCUGCAGGCCACCAUCAAGGGCCGUCCCAAUCCCAAGAUCACCUGGGCAAAGAUGAACACCAACAUCAAGGACCGCCAAGGCAUCGUCAUCAAAUCCACUAACACUGACACCAUGGUGAAGGUGGAGAAUGUCAACAGAUAUGAUGCUGGCAAAUACAUUCUGAAUCUGGAGAGCUCAGCUGGCAUGAAGAUGUACACCAUUGUUGUCAAGGUUCUUGACACUCCUGGACCACCAGUGAACUUGAUGGUGAAGGAGACAUGCAAGGACAGAUCUUCCAUCUACUGGGAUGCUCCUCUGAUUGAUGGUGGCUCUGAGAUCACCCACUAUAUUGUGGAGAAGCGUGACACUGAGAGGAAGGCUUGGUCCGUUGUUUCCAACAACUGUCCAAAGACAGCAUUCGAUGUGCCAGACCUAGACGCCGGACGGUCCUACUGCUUCAGAGUGUCUGCAGUUAACCAGCUUGGUGCUGGGGAGUGCUGUGAGACAGCUGAUUCAGUCAGAGCAUCAGAGGAGCCUGGGCCUGUCAUGGACUUCAAGACCCUGCUGGUUACUAAGGACUCUUGCACUCUAAGCUGGAAGAAACCACUCACCGAUGGUGGCAGCCGCAUCAUCUGCUAUGUACUGGAGGUUCUCAACGGUGAGGAUAAGUACAAGGAGCUAAUGAGGUCCAAGAACAUGCAAUACAGCGCCAAGGACCUGGUGGAAGGCAGAGAGUACACCUACAGAGUCAAGGCCGUGAAUGACACAGGAGAGAGCUCUGCAAAGGAGCUGAAGGUGGUCGCAAAGGACCAGAUCAUUCAUCCAAGCUGUGACUUGAGGGAGCUGCCCAACAUGUGCUAUAUUGCAAAGGAGGGUAGCACUGUCCGUCUGAAGAUCCCAAUCAUUGGCAAACCUACACCCAAGGUCACCUGGAAGAAGGGAGAUGACGAAGACCUGACAGACACCGGUCGAGUGUGCGCCGAGUCCUCUGCAGUCAACACCACCCUCCUGAUCAGAGACUGCCAGAGGAGUGAUGCUUCCAAGUACACCAUCACCCUGAGGAACAGUGCUGGAACCAAGGAGUCCACCAUCUUCAUCAGGGUGGUGGGUAAACCUGGCCUCCCUGGUGGACCCAUUAAGUUCAAAGAUGUUACUGCCGAUGGUGCAACAUUGAAGUGGGGUGCUCCCAAGGACGACGGUGGCUCAGAGAUCACCAACUACAUCUUGGAAAAGAGGGACUCCAUCACCAACAUGUGGGUGACUGUGUCCUCCACUGUUGAGACCAACACCAUGAGGGUGACCGGUCUCCAUGAGGGCACAGAAUACAUCUUCAGAGUCUCUGCUGAGAACAAGUAUGGUGUUGGAGAAGGACUCAAGUCUGAUCCCGUCGUUGCCAAACAUCCAUUCAAUGUUCCCGAUGCCCCUGCUCCUCCUCAGAUCAUGAGCAUGCGUCACGACUCUGCUUAUCUGGCCUGGUCUGACCCCAGGAAGACUGGAGGAUCUCCUAUCACAGGCUACCAUGUUGAGUUCAAGGAGAGAAACAGUAUGUUGUGGAAGAGGGCUAGUCCAGCUGCCUUGAGGAUGAAAGAACACAAGGUAACUGGGCUAACUGAAGGCCUGGAGUACGAGUUCAGAGUCAUGGCAAUCAACCUGGCUGGCAUUGGCAGACCCAGUGCACCCACCGAUCCACAGGUGGCCCUGGAUCCUGUUGAUGCACCUGGCAAACCUGAUGUAAUCAGCAUCACCAGGAGCACUGUGACCCUCCAAUGGACUGAACCACAGUUCGAUGGUGGCCACAGGCUGACUGGCUACAUUGUUGAGAGGCGUGACCUGCCAUCUAAGAUCUGGGUUAAGGCUAACAAUGUGAAUGUUGUGGAGCCUGCAUUCACUGUCACCGACCUGCAGGAGGGCUGCAAAUAUGAGUUCAGGAUCAGAGCGAAGAAUGCUGCUGGUGCCCUCAGCCCACCCUCCGAGCAGACGGAUACCAUUAUCUGCAGAGAUGAAUAUGCUGCACCAACCAUUACUAUUGAUGCUCAGGUGAUGGAGGGUCUGACUGUUCGAGCUGGUGAUACCAUUGUCAUCACUGCCACAAGCAUUUUAGGCAAACCUGCGCCAACAUCAUGCUGGUCAAAGGGAGGAAAGUACUUUAAGCCCUCUGACAUUGUUCAAAUUGAGACCACUGCAACCUCCUCUACUCUGUCCAUCAAAUAUGCUGGCAGAAAGGACUCUGGAGAGUACAUCAUAACUGCCAGCAAUCCUUUCGGUGUAAAGGAGGAAACUGUCAAGGUCAAAGUUCUGGAUGUUCCUGGUGCUCCUGGGCCCAUUGAAUGUAGUGGUGUCUCAUCUGAAAAAGUCACCCUUACUUGGACAGCUCCCACUGAGGAUGGAGGCUCUCCUAUCAAGUACUACACCCUGGAGAAGAGGGAGACCAGCCGCCUGCUCUGGACUGUCCUGGAAGAAAAGGUCAUCGACUGUCACUAUGUGGCCAACAAACUCAUCCAGGGCAACGAGUACUUCUUCAGAGUCUCUGCUGUUAACCAGUAUGGUGCCAGUGAGCCGUCUCACUCUGACGCAGUCAAGAUGGUUGAUAGAUUUGGUCCUCCUGGUCCACCAUCCAAACCAGAGGUUGAGAAAGUGGAUGGACAUUCAGCCACUGUGACCUGGAGGAGACCAGCUGAGGAUGGAGGAAGUGACAUCAUAGGUUACUGUGUGGAGAAGAAGGAGAAAAAGGCUAUGAGAUGGGUCAGAGCAUCCAAGAAAUCCAUUGCUGAGCUCAGCUAUGAAGUCACUGGUCUCGCUGAGGGCAUGGAGUAUGAGUUCCGUGUUCUUGCUGAGAACAAAGCUGGCUUUGGAGAGCCAAGUGAACCAUCUAUGCCCGUCAGAACUGUAGUCGCUGUCUUUGUGCCUGGACCUCCAGUCAAUCCAAGAGUCACAGAUACAACCAAGAGCACUGCCACUCUGAACUGGGGAAAACCUCUUGAUAAUGGUGGACUUGAAGUCACUGGGUAUGUGAUUGAGCACAAGAAGGAAGGAACAGAAGAGUGGGUUAAGGAUACCCCUUCAUCUCCACUUAGGAUCACAGAAUUUGUUGUUCCUGAGCUAGAAACUGGUGCAAAAUACCACUUCAGAAUUAGUGCUGUGAAUGCUAAGGGGGCAGGUGAACCUGCUGAAACCCAGGAACUGGUUGAGAUUGUGGAGCGUGCAGCUGAGCCAGAUUUGGAGCUGGAUAUUGAGCUGAGGAGAACCCUCGUCGUCAGGGCAGGCUGCUCCAUUCGUCUCUUCGUGCCAAUCAAGGGACGUCCUUCACCUACAGUCACCUGGACCAAGGAGGGUGGUCCCGUCCCACGUGCAGUCAUUGACAGCACUGAGUCAUUUACAAUGCUGAUUAUUCCUGAGAGUUCAAGGAUAGAUGCAGGCAAAUAUGAACUUACCCUCGAAAACUCCAGUGGAAAGAAGAGUGCUGAUAUACAUGUGAGAGUUCUGGAUUCACCUGGACCUCCACUUAACCUAAAACCAAUCAGGAUUGACAAGGAGAGCAUUACUCUUCAGUGGGAGAUGCCUCUCAUCGAUGGUGGAGCCAAGAUUACAAACUAUGUCAUUGAGAAGAGGGAAUCGACACGCAAGGCUUUUGCUACUGCUGUUACACAUUGCCCUAACACUUCAGUGAGUAUUGGUGACCUGGGCGAAGGUUGUGAGUACUAUUUCAGAGUGUCUGCUGAGAAUGAGUAUGGCAUUGGUGAGGCAGUUGAAACUGCAGAUCCAAUUCGUGCAUCCCAGGCACCAACUCCUCCAGAGAGCAUUAUUCCUACUGAUAUCACCAAGAACUCUGUGAGCCUGGCUUGGACUAAGCCCAAGCACGAUGGUGGAAGCAGAAUCACGGGAUACGUCCUGGAGGCCCAGAAGAAGGGAACUGAUCAGUGGGCCCAUGUAACAACAGUCAAGAGCAUGGAUUUCACAGUGAAAAAUCUAAAUGAGAAUGAGGAGUACAUUUUCCACGUGAUGGCGGUCAACCUGUCGGGUAGAAGCGCUCCACGUGAGAGCAAACCCAUUGUCGUCAAGGAUUCUACUUCACUGCCUGAGUUUGACCUGCGUGGUGUAUGUCAGAAGACUGUUAUUGCCAAGGCAGGAGAUGACAUCAAGGUUGAAAUCCCAGUUAUGGGACGUCCUAGACCAACUGUCUCUUGGCAGAAGGAUGGUGCGGCCCUGAAGCUCACACAGAGAACCAUUGUGGAAGCUACUGCAGCCACUGUUAUCCUCAGCAUCAAUGAAUGCAACAGAGGUGACAGCGGUGUGUACACCAUGACAGGAAAGAACAUUGUUGGCUCUGUGACGGAUAACAUCACCGUCAAAGUGCAUGAUGUACCUGGGCCUCCCAAGGGACCAGUUAAGAUUGUGGAGAUAUCUCGUACCUAUUGUGUCUUUGCAUGGGAUGCUCCUGAGAAUGAUGGAGGAGUUCCAAUCAAUAAUUACGUGGUUGAGAUCAGAGACACCACCUCCCAAACGUGGACAGAGCUGUCUUCCACUGUUAUUCGUACAAUGUUCAAAGCCAUUCGGUUAACCACUGGAUCAGAGUACCAGUUCAGAGUAAAAGCUAAGAACAGAUAUGGUGCUGGACCUCCCAUCACUUCAGAAUCAGUGGUGGCUGGCUAUCCAUUUAAGGUCCCUGGACCUCCUGGCACUCCUAGUGUUGUUGCAUUUACCAAGGACUCUAUAACAAUUGGCUGGAAUGAGCCUGUGUCUGAUGGUGGAAAUGAAGUCAUUGGUUAUCAUGUUGAAAGGAAAGAAAGAAGUAGCAUUAUAUGGUAUAGGAUCAGCAAGGGUCUUGUGAAAGGAAACAUCUUUAAAUCCAAUGGGCUUGAAGAUGGAGUUGCCUAUGAGUUCCGUGUCUUAGCUGAAAACAUGGCCGGAAUAGGUAAGCCCAGCAAGGCCUCAGAGGCAAUACUGGCCUUGGACCCUGUAGACCCACCAGGCCGACCUGUGCCAAUAUUUGUCAACAAGAAUGUCAUCACUAUUCAGUGGACAAAGCCUGAGUAUGAUGGUGGCUUCAAGAUCACUGGCUACACAGUGGAAAAGAGAGAGCUGCCUGCUGGUCGCUGGAUCAGAGCCAACUUCACAAACAUCAUUGAGACAACAUUCACUGUCAGUGGACUGACUCAAGAUGCCUCCUAUGAGUUCCGUGUCAUGGCCAGAAAUUCAGCAGGUGCAGUAAGCGUGCCAUCUGAGCCCUCAGACCCAAUUAUCUGCAAAGAUGACAUUAUUGAACCACGCAUUAUGGUUGAUGCCAUCUUUAAGGAUGUUGUUCUCCUGAAGGCGGGAGAGUCCUUCAAGCUUGAUGCUGACAUUGCUGGUCAACCAACGCCAUCUAUGGUUUGGACCAAGAAUGGAAAGGAGGUUGAGAACACAAUGAAACUGGAGGUUAGGUUCACUGAACUGACAACCACUCUGACCAACAAGGACUCAAUAAGGUCAGAUGGUGGAGAAUUUGUAUUGACUGCCACUAAUGUUGGUGGAUUUGCUAAACACAUCUUUAAUGUUAAAGUGCUUGACAGACCUGGACCACCAGUUGGACCUCUGAAGGUGUCUAAUGUCACAGCUGACAACUGUGAAUUGACCUGGGCUCCACCUGCAGAUGAUGGCGGUGCCAAGAUUGAAGGAUAUGUGGUUGAGAAGCGUGAAUCAAGCAGACUGGUUUGGACCAAUGUGGUUUCAGACCUACAGGUUACACAAUAUAAGGUGACCAAGCUGCUUAAAGGAAAUGAAUACAUCUUCAGAGUAAUGGCAGUAAACAAAUAUGGAGCUGGUGAGUCUCUUGAAUCAGAACCCACUAUUGCAGACAACCCAUAUGUGGUUCCAGAUCCUCCAGAGAAUCCUGAGGUGACAGCAAUCACAAAAGAUUCAAUGGUUGUUAUGUGGCAAGCACCUAAGAGUGAUGGCGGAAGUCCCAUCACCAACUACAACAUUGAAAGAAAAGACAGAAUAGGCCUGCGCUGGGUCAAAUGCAACAAGAGGAAGGUCAAAGAUCUUCAGUUCAAGGCAGGAGGCCUUGUUGUUGGACAUGAAUAUGAAUUCAGGAUAAUUGCUGAGAACGCUGCUGGAGUGAGUGCACCAAGUGUCUCCAGUCCAUUCUACAAGGCAACUGAUGCACUGUACAAGCCAGGGGCUCCAUGCAACCCCAGAGUCUUGGACACAACCAAGUCCUCAAUUACCAUUGCCUGGAACAAACCUGUGUAUGAUGGUGGCUCUGACAUCACUGGCUACAUUGUAGAGACCUGCAUCCCAUCUGAAAAGCCAGAAGAAGAGGAAUGGACUAUUGUGACACCCAAAGAAGGUCUUCUUGCCACUUCAUUCACCAUUAUUAACCUAAAGGAGAACCAGGAGUACAAGAUCAACAUCUCUGCUGUCAACGGCGAAGGAAUUGGAGAGCCUGCAUCUGUACCUGACAAUGCCAAGGCGGAGGACAGACUCCUGCCACCAGAGAUUGAUUUGGAUGCUGAGCUCCGCAAGGUUGUCAGUCUUAGAGCUUGCUGCUCACUUAGACUGUUUGUGCCUAUCAGAGGCAGACCGGCUCCUCAAGCUAAAUGGACCAAAGGAGAUGGUGAACCUAUUGAGAGGGCAACCAUUGACAGCACCACAUCAUAUACGUUACUUGUAAUUGAAAAUGUCAACAGAUUUGACAGUGGAAAAUAUAAUCUUACAGUUGAAAACGGCUCUGGCUCUAAGACAGUCUCAGUCCAAGUGAGGGUACUUGAUACACCAAGUGCCCCACAGAAUCUGAAGAUUACUGCUGUUACAAAUGAAGCUGUCACUCUGACUUGGGAUCCACCAGUGAAUGAUGGAGGAGUUAAGAUUAAGAACUAUAUUAUUGAAAAACGUGAGUCCACUAGGAAAGCAUAUGCCACAGUCAAUGCUCUCUGCCAUCAUACCACCUACACAGUUGGCCAGCUCCUGGAAGGAUGCAACUAUUACUUCAGAGUUUUGGCUGAGAAUGAAUACGGCAUUGGCUUGCCCAUUGAGACUGGUGAAUCAGUUAAAGUGUCUGAGAAACCACAGCCACCUGGCAAAAUCACUCUUAAGGAUGUCACCAAAAACAGUGUCACCCUCUCUUGGGAGAAACCAGAGCAUGAUGGUGGCAGUAGAGUAGGCUGUUACGUCGUUGAGAUCCAGCCUAAGGGUGUUGAUAAGUGGACCCAGGCUGUGAUUGUAAAGGAAACAGAGGCUACAAUUAGUGGACUUAAUUCAGGUGAAGAAUACAUGUUCCGUGUAGCAGCAAGAAAUGAGAAGGGAACAAGUGACCCACGUCAAAUUGGUGUGCCUGUGAUUGUUAAAGACCUUGUCGUUGCACCUGCUGUGAAAAUGUUGUUCAACACGUUCAGUGUGUUGGCAGGAGAAGACCUGACAGUGGAGGUUCCAUUUGUUGCACGUCCCAAAGCAACUGUCUCCUGGGUUAAGGAUGGUCAGCCUCUGAAGAGGACUACCAGAGUAAACUUUGAUGCAACAGACAAAAUGCUGAACCUCAAUAUAAAAGAGGCUACUAAAGAUGACGUUGGACACUACCUUAUUACUCUUAACAACACAGCAGGAGAGACAACUGCAGACAUUGGCAUCGUCGUUCUUGACAAACCUGGCCAGCCAGGAGGUCCAGUUAAGGUGGAGAAGGUCACUGCUGACAGCGUAACCAUCUCCUGGAACCCACCAGACUAUGACGGUGGUUGCACCAUCAAAAACUACAUUGUUGAAAAGAGAGACACUUCCACAACCAACUGGAUGGUUGUAUCUCCUAACCUUGCAAGGACCAAAAUCAAGGCAGGUAGACUGAAGACUGGCUCUGAGUACCAGUUUAGAAUCACAGCAGAAAACAGAUAUGGAAAAGGCCCAACUCUUUUGUCAGAGUGUAUUGUGGCUCAAUACCCAUACAAGCUCCCAGGACCCCCAGGAACACCAUCCAUUGCAGCCUGUACCAAGGACAGCAUGCUGGUGGCCUGGAAUGAACCUGUGAAUGAUGGUGGAAGCAGUAUCUUGGGAUACCAUCUUGAACGGAGAGAGAGAAACAGCAUCCUGUGGGUCAAACUUAACAAGUCUCUUAUUACUGACCAAACCUUUAAGACCACUGCUUUGGAGCCAGGAAUGGAGUAUGAAUACAGAGUUUAUGCUGAAAACAUUGUUGGCGUGGGCAAAGUGAGCAAAGUGUCUGAGGGUCACAUUGCUAGAGAUCCCUGUGAUCCUCCUGGCACCCCAGAGGCAACGAAGAUCACUAAGGACUCUGUGACCAUAGUUUGGACCAAGCCCGAGUAUGACGGUGGUGCAAAGGUUACAGGUUACAUUGUGGAAAAGAAGGAGCUUCCAGAAGGUCGUUGGCAGAAGGCUAACUUCACUAAUAUCAUUGAGACAGAAUAUGUUGCAACUGGACUUGUGCAAGACAAUCAGUAUGAGUUCCGUGUCAUUGCCAGAAAUGCAGCUGGUGUUUUCAGUGUCCCGUCUUAUAGCACUGGUCCUAUCACUGCCAGGGAUGAGAUUGAGCCACCACGCAUCAGCAUUGAUCCAGAGUACACACAGACCAUUGUGGUUAAUGCUGGAGACAACUUCAAGAUUGAUGCAGAUGUUCAUGGUAAGCCACUGCCCUCUAUCCACUGGAUGAAGGGAGAACAGGAACUGGGUAACACUAUUCAUAGAGAAAUUAAGAACACACCCACCAAAGCCUAUAUAUCUGUCAAGGAAGCAAAACUUUCAGAUGGAGGCCAGUACACUCUGCUGCUGAGAAAUCCGGGAGGUGAAAAGGCUGUGCAGAUCAAUGUAGUUGUUCUCGAUAAACCUGGAGAACCACAAGGACCUGUUGUUAUUACAGGAAUAACCAAAGACCAAUGCUGUCUUGCAUGGAAACCACCGCUACAAGAUGGUGGCAGUAAGAUCUCUCACUACACUGUGGAGAGGAGAGAGACAAGCAGACUAGUCUGGACUGUUGUUGACCCAAAAGUGGCGAAUAUUUGUCUGAAGAUCACUAAGCUCCUGGAAGGAAAUGAGUACAUUUUCAGAGUCCGUGCUGUCAACCAGUUUGGGGUGGGCGCAGGACUUGAAUCUGCUCCUGUCAUGAUCAAAGAUCCAUAUGUGCCCCCUGGCUCACCCAAGAGCUUAGAAGUUUCAGAUGUCAAAAAAGAUUCAAUGGUGCUCACCUGGGAGGCUCCCUCUGAAGAUGGAGGCAGUCCUAUCACUGGAUACAUUAUUGAGAAACAUGACAAAGAGGGUGUAAGAUGGACCAGAUGCAACAGACAAACUGUCACUGACUUGACUUUCAAAGUCACCGGACUCCUGGAAAGCCAUAGCUAUGAAUUCAGAGUUGCUGCUGAGAAUGCUGUUGGUGUUGGUGAGCCAAGCUCCCCGACUGUAUUCUACAAAGCCCUUGACCCGAUCUUCAGGCCUGGCCCACCACACAAUCCAAGAGUUAUUGACACAACUAAAACUUCAGUAUUCCUGUCAUGGGGCAAGCCUGCCUGUGAUGGUGGCUGUGAGAUUCAGGGAUACAUUGUUGAGUGCUGCACUACCACAGCACCAGCUGAGGCCCCAGCUGAAGCUCCAGCUGCAGAUGCACCUGCUGAGGAGUGGAUAAUGUGCACACCACCAACGGGUAUCAAGAGGACCAAGUUUGAAGCUGCAAAUCUGAAGGAAAACCAGGCAUACAAGUUUAGAGUAUGUGCUAUCAACAAAGUUGGAGUUGGCGAGCAUGCUGAUGUCUCUGGAGCUGUUGUUGCCCAGGACAGGGCAGAAGAGCCAGACCUUGACAUUGAUCCAGAACUGAGGAAGAUUGUGUCCAUUAAAGCCGGAGCUUCCCUUAGGCUGUUUAUCCCCAUCAAAGGAAGGCCCACUCCUACAAUUAAGUGGGACAAGGAUGAAGCGGCCCUUAAGGAGACUGCUCAGGUUGAGGUGACCAGCAGUUACACAUCCUUGGUUAUUGACAAUGUGAACAGAAAUGACAGCGGAAAAUAUACAGUCACUGCAGAAAACUCCAGUGGAACCAAAUCAGCAUUUGUUGUCGUCCGUGUUCUCGACACACCUAGUGCUCCUGUUAACCUGAAAGUGAAGGAAAUUACAAACCAGUCAGUGACACUGGUUUGGGAACCGCCUCUGUUGGAUGGUGGAUCCAAGAUCAAGAACUAUGUUGUGGAAAAGAGAGAAAGCACACGUAAAACAUAUGCAGCUGUUGUAACAAAUUGUCAUGCUCUUUCAUGGAAGAUUGAGCCACUCCAGGAGGGUUGUAGUUACUACUUCAGAGUCCUUGCUGAGAAUGCACAUGGCGUUGGCCUGCCUGCAGCAACUGUUGACCCUCUUAAGGUUUCAGAAGUGCCCCAGUGUCCUAAGAGCUUGAUUGUUACAGACCAAACCAAAUCAAGUAUCUCUUUGGCCUGGGAGAGGCCUGAGUAUGAUGGUGGUAGCAGAGUCAUGCAGUACCUGCUCGAGGUGCAGCUCAAGGGCCAGGAGAAGUGGUCUGGUGUUAAUACAUUUAAGACAAUGGAGGCUACUGUUUCCAAUUUGAACCCAGGAGAGGAGUAUCUGUUCAGAGUUACAGCAAUCAAUGAUAAGGGAAAGAGUGACCCCAAAGUCCUUGCUGGUCCAGUAAUGACCAAGGACUUGGUCUUUGAGCCUGAUGUUCGACCAGCAUUCAGCAGCUACAGUGUCCAUGUGGGCAAAGACCUGAAGAUUGACAUUCCCAUCUUUGGACGUCCUAAACCAGUAGUUACAUGGACUAAAGAUGGAGCUCCUUUGAAGUUCACCAGCAGAGUCAACAUUCUCAACACACCAACACUUACAACACUCAGCAUUAAGGAAGCAGCCGGUGAUGAUGGUGGCAUGUACAGUAUAAAUGCUGCUAACUCAGCUGGAAAGAAGGACACAACAGUUGAAAUCAUUGUGCUUGACAAGCCUGGCCCUCCAUCCGGUCCUGUGAGGUUUGAUGAAAUCACCACACAGAGUGUCACUAUUUCGUGGAACCCACCAAAGCACAAUGGUGGCUGCCAGAUUUCAAACUACAUUGUGCAAAAGAGAGACACUACUACAACAACAUGGGAAAAUGUCAGCAUCAACUGUGCCAGAACCACCAUCAAAGUGCCUAGACUGAAGACUGGAGCUGAGUACCAGUUCAGGAUCAUUGCUCAGAACCGCUAUGGCAAGAGUCAUGGCCUGGAUUCAUCUGCUGUGGUCGCUCAGUACCCAUACAGAGAACCAGGCCCCCCUGGCACUCCUUUCAUCUCAUCUCUUUCUAGGGACCACCAGGUUGUUGAGUGGCAUGAGCCUGUCACAGAUGGAGGCAGCCCUGUUCUUGGUUACCAUCUCGAAAGGAAAGAGAGGAAUAGCAUUCUCUGGGUCAAGAUCAACAAGAUGCUUAUUCACGAGACUAGUUUCAAGAGUCACCCCUUGGAGGAGGGUGUAGAGUAUGAAUACAGGGUUUAUGCUGAAAAUAUUGUUGGCAUUGGCAGGUGCAGUAAGGUCUCAGAGGGCUGUGUUGCCCGUGACCCAUGUGACCCUCCUGGCACACCAGAGGCCACCCAUGUGACCAAAGAUACCAUUGUCAUUCAGUGGACUAAACCAGAGUAUGAUGGUGGCAGUAAUAUAACUGGCUAUACUGUGGAGAAGCGUGAUCUGCCAGAGGGCAGGUGGGUCAGGGCAAACUUCACUAAUGUGAUUGAGACCCAGUUUACUGUGACUGGAUUGACUGAAAAUGCACAGUAUGACUUCAGAGUCAUUGCUAAAAAUGCUGUCGGUACCAUCAGCAAGCCAUCUUACAAUAGCGGACCAAUCACUGCAAGUGAUAAGGUGGAGGCACCCAAAUUCUCCAUUGACCCCGCAUUCACCAAGACCAUCAUCGUAAAUGCUGGAGAGACAUUUAAGCUAGAUGCUGAUGUCCAUGGAAAGCCACUGCCUACAAUUCAGUGGAUAAAGGAUGAAAAACCAAUUGAGAACACACUCAGACUAGAGAUCAAAAACACAGAAAACCAUGCAAUGAUUGUCAUUAAGGAUGCUGUCAGAAUUGAUGGUGGAAUUUACAUGCUGCAGCUGACAAAUGUGGCUGGCAGUGAAACUGUGCCAUUUAAGGUUGUGGUCCUGGACAAGCCUAGUCCAUGUGAAGGACCCCUCCACAUCGCUGGAGUAGCUGAGGAUAGAUGCACACUGGUAUGGCGUGCCCCUCUGCAUGAUGGAGGUAGUCCUAUCACACAUUAUAUCAUUGAGAGAAGAGAGACCAGUCGUCUAGCUUGGACUGUUGUUUCUAACAGCUGUAACACCACAUCCUUCAAAGUCACCAAAUUACUGGAAGGUAAUGAGUAUAUGUUCCGCGUCAUGGCAGUUAAUAGUUAUGGUGUCAGUGAGCCACUGGUGUCUGGUGGGGCGAUUAUGAAGACUCCAUUUGUUCCUCCUGGUCCACCUCACAUUGAGGAUGUAUCCAACAUUGCCCAUGAUGGCAUGACCAUCAGUUGGUCUGCCCCUGAGACUGAUGGCGGCAGUGAGAUCACCAGUUACAUAAUUGAAAAGAAGGACAGAACUGGAAUCAAAUGGACUAGAUGCAAUAGGCAGAAGGUCACUGACCUCUCCUUUAGAGUCACAGGCUUAACCACCAACCACGAGUAUGAAUACAGAGUGGCUGCUGAGAAUGUCGUUGGAGUGGGAGAGCCAAGCCUUCCAAGUUCAUACUACAAGGCCUGUGAUCCCAAGUACAAACCAGGUGCCCCAGCAUACGUGAAUGUGACUGACUCCUCAAAGAGUUCUAUUACAGUGUCAUGGGGUAAGCCUUUGUCUGAUGGUGGCAGCGCCAUUCAGGGAUACAUUGUUGAAGUCUGCAAGGCUGAGGAGGAGGAAUGGACCAUGGUUACUCCCCCCACCGGCCUGCGUGUCAACAAAUAUGAAAUUACCAAACUGACUGAGGGUCAGGAGUACAAGAUCCGGGUGUGUGCUCUGAACAAACUGGGAGUUGGUGAGCCAGCAGCUCUAUGUGGAACAGCCAAGCCGGAGGAAAGGGUGGAACCACCAGAGAUCCACCUUGACUCUGAGCUGAGGAAGGGCAUCAUUGUGAAAGCCGGUGGAUCUGUUAGAAUCCAUAUUCCGUUUAAGGGAAGGCCAACACCUGAGAUUAAGUGGACUAAGGAUGAGGGAAACCUGACUGACAAAGCAGUGGUUGAGAAGGCUCUCAACUUCACACAGUUGUCAAUUGACUCAUGUGACAGGAGUGAUUCAGGAAAAUACACCCUAAACCUUACUAACAGCAGUGGCGCUGUGUCUGAGCUUGUCACUGUUAAAGUCCUGGAUACACCCGGAGCCCCACAGAAUCUUGUGGUCAAAGAUGUCAAAAAGGACUCUGUCACUCUUGUAUGGGAUGCCCCACUGAUUGAUGGAGGUUCCAAAAUCAAGAACUAUGUCAUUGACAAACGUGAAUCAACCAGAAAGGCAUAUGCAAAUGUGUCCACUAAAUGCACAAAGACAACAUUCAAGGUUGAGAACUUGAUUGAAGGUGCUAUGUACUACUUCAGAGUCAUGGCUGAGAAUGACUACGGAGUCGGCCAAGCUGUUGAAACAAAGACGGCUUCCAAGGCGUCUGAGGUACCACUGCCUGUUGGAAAAGUCUUCCUCACUGAUGUCACCAAGACCAGUGCCUCACUGGCCUGGGAGAAACCUGAGCAUGAUGGAGGCAGUAGAAUUGGUGGCUACCUAAUUGAGAUGCAGCCUAAGGGUACAGAUAAGUGGGGAGUUGCAACCAAUACAAAAACAUGCGACGGCACUGCCACAGGACUCACACCUGGAACAGAAUACCUAUUCCGUAUCAUCGCUUACAAUGAGAAGGGAAAGAGUGAGCCAAAGGCACUUGCUGCACCUGUUGUUGCCAGCGACAUGACCAUGGAGCCAAGUAUUCAGAUGCAAUUUAACACUUACAGUGUAUUAGCUGGAAAAGAUCUUAAGUUGGAGUUCCCUGUGCUUGGUAGACCCAAACCUAAAGUCACCUGGGCUAAGGAUGGUGAACCUUUGAAGGUGACAUCCAGAGUCAAUGUGGUAAACACUCCAGCAACAACUGCAAUUCAAAUUACUGAGGCAUGCAAAGAGGACUUUGGUAAAUACUCCAUUACAGCAACCAAUACUGCUGGCACAAUCACUGAGGAUGUGGCUGUCAUUAUUCUUGACAAGCCUGGUCCAAUAAAAGGUCCAAUCAAGGUUGUUGAAGUGAGCAAUACCUUUGUCCAUCUGGCCUGGGACCCCCCAGAGUACACAGGUGGAUGCCAGGUGAAGAACUAUAUAGUGGAGAAGAGAGAUACCACCACCACAACAUGGCAGUCAGUAACCACACAGCUUGCUAGAACAGCUUUCAAGGUCACCAAGCUGAAGACUGGUGCAGAAUACCAGUUCAGAAUUAUAGCUGAAAACAGAUAUGGAAAGGGCGUGCCUCUGGACUCCAAGUCCAUUGUCGUGCAAUAUCCAUACAAACCACCAGGGCCUCCAGGAACACCGUUUGUCAAAUCUGCAACAAAGGAAAUGAUGAUCAUUGAAUGGAAUGAGCCAGUGAAUGAUGGUGGCAGUGCAGUUAUCGGUUACCAUCUGGAAAGCAAGGAGAGAAGCAGCAUUCUGUGGAACAAACUGAACAAGACUCUCAUCACUGAUACUCAGUUCAAGAUCUGCAAUCUUGAGGAGGGUAUUGGAUAUGAAUUCAGAGUAUAUGCUGAAAAUAUUGUUGGCAUUGGUAGAUGCAGCAAAGUGUCAGAGUCCUUUGUUGCUCGUGACCCAUGUGAUCCUCCUGGUACUCCCGAAGCUGUAUCUAUUUCUAAGAAUCUCAUCAAGAUUCAGUGGACCAAGCCUCAGUAUGAUGGUGGCAGCAAGGUGAAUGGAUAUAUUGUGGAAAGGAAAGAUCUUUCCUCCCCCGAUGGACGCUGGGUAAGAGCUAACUUCACUAAUAUAAUUGACACUGAGUACACCGUCACUGGUCUGACAGAGAAUGAGCAAUAUGAAUUUAGAGUCAUUGCAAGAAAUGCAGCUGGAGUCUUCAGCGAGCCAUCUGACAGCUCUGGACCUAUUACGGCUACUGAUGAAAUUGAACCACCCAGGGCCUCAAUGGAUCCCAAAUACAAGGAUGCCAUCGUUGUCAGUGCUGGAGAACACUUGAUUCUUGAUGCAGACAUCUAUGGAAAACCAAUUCCUGAUGUUGUAUGGCUAAAGGAGGGCAAGGAAAUGGACAAAGCCCUACGCAUUGAAGUGAAAACUACACAGAAGCGUGCAGCCAUAACCAUUAAGGAUACAACGAAGCUUGACAGCGGUCACUAUGACCUUGUCCUCAAAAAUCUGGGUGGUACAAAAACCUUCCCCAUUACUGUCAAAGUUCUUGAUAAACCAGGUCCACCCACUGGACCCCUGAAGGUGACAGGAGUCAUGGCUGACAGGUGCAUCCUUGCCUGGUCUGAGCCGGCUCUGGAUGGUGGGGCUAGUAUCACUCACUAUGUAUUGGAGAAGAGAGAGACUAGCAGGUUGUCCUGGACAGUAGCUGCACCAAAUAUCAAGGGACUGUACCAUAAGCUAACAAAUUUGCUCCAUGGAAAUGAAUACAUUUUCAGAGUCAGGGCUGUGAACAAAUAUGGUGUUGGUGAUUAUCUCGAGAGUGAACCCGUCAUUGCACGCAAUCCAUACAAGCCACCCAGUGCUCCUGGAACUCCAGAGGCCAGUCUUAUCACAAAGGACUCUAUGGUUCUGUCAUGGACCGCUCCAGAACAGACUGGUGGAGCUGACAUUGAAGGCUACCACCUCGAAAAACGCGACAAAGAUAGUGUAAGGUGGACAAAAUGCAACAGACAAAAGCUGACUGACACCCACUUCAAGGUCACAGGUCUGAUGACAGAUCACUUCUAUGAGUUUCGUGUUGCUGCUGAGAAUGAGGCUGGAAUAGGAGACCUCAGUGAAUUGUCCCUGUUCUACAGAGCAUGUGAUGCUACAACACCACCUGGGCCUCCACACCAUCCUAAGGUGACAGACUACACAAAGUCUUCCGUGUCUCUGUCAUGGGGCAAACCUGACUUUGAUGGUGGUGCCUACAUCAAGGGCUACAUUGUUGAAAUGAGGGAGUAUACACCAGUGCCCGAAUCAACAGAGGCAGAAGUAGCACCAGUAGUAGAAAAAGAAUGGGCCAUGUGCACUCCACCCACUGGUAUUCAGGCCACUAAACUCACUAUCACAGAUCUGAAAGAAGGUGGAGAGUACCAAUUCCGCAUCUGCGCCAUCAACUCUGAGGGAGUAGGCGAGGCUGCUAAUGUUAGCGGAAGUGUGGUUACUUCUGACAGGUCAGAAGCACCAGAGAUUGAGCUGGAUGCUGAUCUCAGGAAGGUGGUAUCUGUUCGUGCUGGUGGAACCCUGCGUCUGUUUGUCACCAUCAGAGGAAGGCCUGAACCUGCUGUGAAAUGGGAGAGAGUUGAGGGUAUGCUCACAGAGCGUGCUGCCAUUGACACCACCAGUUCAUACACCAUGCUUGUCAUUGACAAUGUCAACCGCUUUGACAGUGGAAAAUACUCACUAACACUGGAGAACAGCAGUGGUACAAAAUCUGCUAUUGUUGCAGUGAGAAUUCUGGAUACACCAAGCGCACCACAAAACUUUGCUGUGAAGGAGCUCAAGAAGGAUUCAGUGACUCUUGCCUGGGAUACUCCACUCACUGACGGUGGCUCUAAAAUCACAAACUACAUUGUAGAGAAGAGAGAGUCUGUCCGAAAGGUCUAUACCACUGUCACCAGCAACUGCACAGCCAACUCGUUCAAGAUUGAAGAGCUGCCUGAGGGUGGAAAUUUCUACUUCAGAGUCUGUGCUGUCAAUGAGUAUGGCCAAGGACAGAUGGCUGAAACCAAAGAAAUCAAAAUAUCUGAGGUACCUCUGCCACCAAGCAAAGUUACUGUUGUAGAUCUGACAAAGACCAGCGUGACACUGGCAUGGGACAAACCUGCUCAUGAUGGUGGAAGCAAAGUAAUGUGCUACAAUGUAGAAUUUAAGCCUAAGACUGGAGAUAAAUGGGGCACAGCAUGCACAGUCAAGGUGCCUGAAGCAACCGUUCCUAAUCUGACUCCUAAUGAAGCCUAUUUAUUCCGGGUUGUCGCAAUCAAUGAGAAAGGAAAGAGUGAGCCGAAAGAUCUUGGCUUGCCUGUGGUUACAAAGGACGUUGAAAUCGAGCCAUCUGUCAACUUACUGUUUAAUACAUACAGUGUGAAGGCUGGAGACGACCUCACUCUUGAGGUUCCGGUGAGAGGCAGGCCAAAGCCUGUUGUAUCCUGGAAGAAGGAUGGCCUUCCUCUGAAGCAAACAUCAUCACUGACCAUCUUAAACACUGCAACCUCAUCCAAAAUACUCAUCAAAGAGGCUAAAAGAGAACAUGUUGGCAAGUAUGAAAUCACCCUGGCCAACACAGCAGGAACUGUCACAACAGAUAUUGGAGUUGUUGUCCUUGAUAAACCAGGUCCACCUAAAGCUAUUAAAGUGGAUGCUGUUACCUCAGACAGCAUUACAUUGUCCUGGUCACCACCAGAGUAUGAUGGUGGCUGCUCCAUCAGUAACUACAUAGUGGAGAAGAGAGACACAAACACACAAGAAUGGCAGAUGGUAGCAAGUAAUGUUGCCAGGACAUGUUUCAAGGCUGGCCGCCUGACACACGGAGCAGAGUACCAGUUCCGCAUCUAUGCAGUCAACCGUUACGGAAAGAGUACAUAUCUGGAUUCACCAGGAAUUGUUGCUCAGUAUAAUUUCAAACAACCUGGACCACCCUCCACGCCAAUUGUGAAAUUGGCCACCAAGUCUUACAUGUUGGUGACUUGGAAUGAGCCAGUCGUUGAUGGCGGUAGUGCUGUUCUGGGCUACCAUCUGGAGAGGAAGGAGCGCUCUAGCAUUCUUUGGACAAAGAUGAACAGAGGAAUGAUCAAAGAUACAGAAUACAAAGUCAAUGGAAUUGAAGAGGGCAUGAUGUAUGAAUUCCGUGUCUAUGCUGAAAAUAUUGCUGGUAUUGGUAAAUGCAGCAAAGCUUGUGAACCUGUAGCAGCCAGGGACCCAUGUGACCCUCCAGGCACGCCUGUGGUCACUGCCAUUACCAGAACAUCUGUCUCCUUGUCUUGGGAUAAACCAGAGUAUGAUGGAGGAGCCAAGGUUUCUGGCUACAUCAUUGAACGCAGAGACCUUCCAGAAGGACGCUGGACAAGGUGCAACUUUACCAAUGUGCCUGAGACCCACUACGAUGUGACAGGACUUACAGAAAACAGCAAGUAUGACUUCCGUGUCAUUGCUAAGAAUGCAGCUGGAUUGUUCAGUGAACCAUCUGACAACACUGGCCCCAUAACUGUCAAAGAUGAUGUGGAUCCACCACGCAUCAUGAUGGAUGUCAAGUUUAGAGAGACAGUGUUUGUGAAAGCAGGUGAAACUCUGAAGAUAAAUGCUGACCUUGCUGGACGCCCUGCUCCUGUUGUUUCCUGGACCAAGGAUGGCAAAGAGAUUGAGCUGAGAGCUAGAAUACAGAUUGUUACGACAGAUACCAGCACGUCUGUCAUUGUUAAGGACUGUAUCAGAAGAGAUUCUGGACAGUAUGCCCUGACUCUGCAAAAUAUUGCAGGAGCAGUUACCAUGCCAAUAAACUGUGUGAUUAUUGAUAAGCCAGGACCCUCAGCAGGACCUCUGCAGAUCACAGGUCUUACAGCUGAGGAGUGCACUUUGUCAUGGGGUCCCCCUCAGGAGGCCGGUGGUGCUGAUAUCACACAUUACGUUGUUGAGAAGCGUGAGACCAGCCGCUUGGCAUGGACACUAGUGAAGGGAGACGUCACAAAAACAUACUUCAAAGUCAAAGGACUGCAAAAGGGCAAUGAAUAUAUCUUCAGGGUUUUGGCUGUCAAUAAAUAUGGACUUGGUGAGGCUCUGGAGAGUGAUGCUGUAAAGGUUACAGAUCCCUACACUAUUGCCACUGCCCCAGCUGGUGUUGAUGUCACUGCCAUAACUGGAGAUUCAAUGACUCUCACCUGGUGCAAGCCGGCCAGUGAUGGAGGCAGCCCCAUUAUUGGAUAUGUAAUUGAGCGUCGUGAAAAGACAGGUAUGCGCUGGAUCCGUGUGAACAGAGAUCUGGUUGUUGAAUGUACCACAGUAGCAACCAAACUGCGCAAGGCUUGUGAGUAUGACUUCAGAGUCUACGCUGAAAAUGCCGCUGGUCUGAGUCCCCCAAGUGAACCAUCUGCAACAUUCAGAGCAAUGGAUCCUCUGGUUGUUCCUUCUCGCCCAACCAAACCAAAAAUUAUCAGUUCAACCAAGGACAGUGUGUCCAUUGUCUGGAAACCACCAGCAGAUGAUGGUGGUGCUCCCAUCCUUGGAUACAGUGUAGAAUACAGAGACUACAUUCGCAAACCGCAGCCAGAAGUUGAGGGAGAAGAGGAAGAAUAUGAGGAGGAGGAAGAGGAGGUAAUUGAAUCACCUGAGGAACUGGCAAGAUGGGUUGAGGCUAUCCCUCUUACCAAGAGCUUGGAAUUCACAAUCACAGGACUAAAGACAGAUGCCAAAUAUGAAUUCUGUGUCAAGGCAAUAAACAAAGUUGGCAGCAGUGCACGGAGCCCAUAUUCAGAUGGAGCUGCAGCAAUGGACAGAACUGCAGAGCCAUCAUUUGAUGUUGACAUUGAGAUGCGUAAAGUACUCAUUGUUAAGCAUGGCACCGCAUUUACUCUGAAUGUACCAUUCAAGGGCAAACCUGUGCCAUCAGUGGAAUGGGCCAAGGAGGGUGUUGAUCUGAAGGUCAGAGGAACCAUUGAGUCAACAGAUUCCAGCACCUCACUGACUAUUGAAAAGUCAAAUAGAAAUGACUCUGGAGAGUACAGCGUCACUAUCGAAUCACCACUGGGAAAAGCAACAUUGCCCAUGGUUGUCAAGGUGCUCGACUCUCCUGGACCCCCUGUCAAUGUUAAAGUUUCAGCUGUGACUAGGGACUCUGCAACCCUCACUUGGGAAGCUCCAGAGAAUGAUGGUGGUGAUGCAGUGAAGGCCUACCAUGUUGAAAAACGUGAGGCCAGUAAGAAGGCCUGGGUGUCUGUGACCAGCAACUGCCACGCACUUACAUACAAGGUGGAAGAUUUGCAGGAGGGAGCCAUCUAUUACUUCAGAAUUAUUGGAGAAAAUGAGUAUGGAGUGGGUGUACCUCAGGAGGCCAAGGGUGGAACCAAGAUCACAGAGGUGCCAAGUCCACCCAUGAAACUUGGAGUUGUGAAUGUUACGAAGGACAGCAUUACGAUUGCCUGGACAAGACCAGAGUACGAUGGUGGUAGCAGAGUUACUGGUUACCUUAUUGAUGCUGUGGAGAAGGGACAGACCAAGUGGGUGAAGUGUGCCACUGUGAGGACCAUGACUCACACCAUCAAGAGCCUGAGAGAGGGUGCUGAGUACUUCUUCCGGGUCCGUGCUGAGAACCAUGCUGGACUCAGUGAACCCAAGGAGAUGAUUGUACCUGUUAUUGUCAAGGAAAUACAAGAGGCUCCAGAGUUUGACUUGACGAACUACCCCAAGAACACAGUUUAUGUGAAAGCAGGAUCUGACCUGACCUUCGAGAUUCCUCUCACUGGCAGGCCCAUGCCUAAGGUGACUAUGUCCAAGAAUAAUGUUGUCAUCAAGGGAUCCAAGAGACUGCUGACAGAAGUAACACCGGACAGCUUAAUCAUCACUCUAAAUGAGAGCAUUUCAAGUGACGCCGGCAAAUAUGAAAUCACCGCCUCAAAUGCAGGAGGCACCACAAAGAUCUUCAUUAUCUUCAUUGUGAUGGACAGACCUGGACCUCCUAUUGGUCCAGUUGAGAUUGGAGAGGUCGGCGAGACCACAGUGUGUCUGAAAUGGGCUCCUCCAGAGUAUGAUGGUGGCAGCCCUGUUACCAACUACAUUGUUCUGAAACGUGAAACCAGCACUCCUACCUGGGCAGAAGUGUCAACUAGCAUUGCCAGAAGUGCCGUCAAAGUGACUAAGCUCACCAAGGGAGAGGAGUAUCAGUUCAGAAUCAAAGCCCAGAAUCGCUAUGGUGUCAGCGACCACAUUGAUACCAAACCAGUCAUGAUCAAGCUUCCAUACACCAUCCCUGGACCUCCAUCCACACCAUGGGUCAGCUUUGUCUCUAGAGAGAGCCUGACAGUCUGCUGGAAUGAGCCAGUUAAUGAUGGUGGAAACCCUGUGGUAGGAUAUCAUCUACAGAUGAAGGAGAGGAGCAGCAUCCUCUGGCAGAAGGUCAAUAAGACCGCAAUCCCAGGAAACCAGUGGCGUGUUACUAACAUCUGCCCUGGCCUCAUCUAUGAGUUCAAGGUGGCAGCUGAAAAUGCAGCUGGUAUUGGAAAGAUGAGCAAGACCUCUGAGGAGGUGCUCGCUAUCGAUGCCUGUGAGCCCCCAGCAAAUGUCCGUAUCACAGAAGUCACCAAGAACUCAGUCAGCCUGUCCUGGCAGAGGCCUCCAUUCGAUGGUGGCAGCAAGAUUACUGGCUACAGUGUGGAAAGGAGGGAAGCUCCCAAUGGAAGAUGGGUGAAGGCCAACUUUACAAACGUCAUUGAACUUGGCUUCACUGCAUCUGGACUGACCCCGGAUGAGUCUUAUGAGUUCAGAGUGUUUGCCAAGAAUGCUGUUGGGUCUGUCAGCAACCCAUCGCUCAUUGCUGGUCCAGUCACUUGUGUUGAUGCAUGUGGUGCCCCAGCCAUUGACCUUCCUCCAGAGUAUUUGGAUGUGGUUCAGUACAAGGCUGGAGCAUCAGUUAAGCUCAGAGUUGGAAUUAUUGCCAAGCCUCUGCCAACCAUUGAGUGGCUCAAGGAUGGAAAGGAGCUGGUAGCAUCCUCUACUCUGUCUGUCGAAAGCACAACAGACUCUUCUGCUGUUCUGAUCAAGGAUGCAACUCGCCUUGACACAGGCUCAUAUGAAGUCAAGAUCAAGAAUGUUCUCGGAUCAGCAUCUGCAACCAUCAGGAUUGAAAUCCUAGACAAACCUGGACCCCCAGCUGGCAUCAUUAACUUUAACUCCAUCACAGCAGACAGAAUUGUCUUCAGCUGGGAACCUAUACCUGAGUCUGACCAAGGAGGCUCCAAGGUGACCCACUACAUAGUUGAGCGCCGUGAAACCAGCCGAGUGGUCUGGACGACAGUUUCAGACAAGCACGAGCAGACACAUGUCACCGUUGGCAAGCUGGUGCGUGGAAAUGAAUAUGUCUUCCGCGUCAUGGGUGUUAAUAAGUAUGGAGUUGGAGAGCCACUGGAGUCAGAGCCUGUCAUCGCGAAGAACGCCUUUGUAACUCCAGGCCAGCCUCGUACUCCUGAGGUGAACACUGCCACCAAGACCACCAUGUUGGUGGAAUGGGACAAACCAGGUGUAGAUGGGGGUAGCGCUGUGACUGGCUACUACCUGGAGAGACGCGACAAGAAGAGCUUGCGGUGGAUCAGAGUUUACAAAGACCCUGUCACUGACGUCAAGCAGACUGUGUACCACUUGACAGAAGGAAAUGAGUACCAAUAUCGUGUCUGUGCCAUUAACAAGGCUGGAGAGGGGCCGUUCUCUGAUGCAUCAGACUUCUACAAGGCUGCUGACCCAGUUGAUCCACCAUAUGAACCAUGCAAGCUGAAGGUGGUCGACUCCACCAAGACAUCCAUCACCUUGGGCUGGUCCAAGCCAGAAUGGGAUGGAGGCAGUGAGGUCACCAGCUACAUGGUGGAGAAGCUUGUUGAGGGAGAGAAAGAAUGGGCCAUGGUUACCUCCAAGGGAGAGGUCAAGACAACAGAGUACACAGUUCAUGACUUAAAACCAGACGUCAACUACUUCUUCAGAGUCUCUGCUGUUAACUGUGCUGGCCGUGGAGAGCCUCUUGAGAUGACUGAACCUGUACAGGCUAAGGAUAUCCUGGAGGAAGCCCAGAUUGACUCAGAUGUGGCCAUGAGAACUCACUACAUUGUGAAGGCUGGCAAGGACGUGGAGCUGUCUGUUCCUCUGAAGGGCAGACCUGCUCCCACUGCUUCAUGGAGCAAGGGAGAAGAAUGCAUUGAUCGCAAUCCCAAAUAUGAGUUCCACCACUCAGACACAGCCACAGUCCUUGUAAUGCGUGAGGUGAACAGGCUUGACACUGGAAAGUACACAGUCAAGAUAGAGAAUGGUGUGGGAGAACCCAAGACUCUGACCCUGUCCGUGAAAGUCCAGGAUACCCCAGCUCAGUGCAGAAACCUGGUUAUGAAGGAUGUGACCCGUGGAAAGGUCACUCUCUGCUGGGAGCCUCCACUCCUGGACGGUGGUGCUGAGAUCACAAACUACAUUGUUGAGAAAAGGGACUCCUCUAAGAGAUCCUACUCUGCAGUGACAAGCAAAUGCACGGAAACAACAUACACCAUCGAAGAUCUCUCUGAGAAGACAUCCUACUUCUUCCGUGUGUUAGCCGAAAAUGAGAAUGGUGUUGGUGAUCCAUGUGACACACUUGAGCCUGUGAAGGCCACAGAGACUCCAGGACCAGUCAAGGAGGUCUCUAUGAAGGAUUCAUCCAAGACUUCUGUCACUCUGCAGUGGCUGAAGCCCGAUUACGAUGGUGGCAGCAUCAUCUCUGACUAUGUCAUUGAGAAGAAGGCUCAGGGUGAGGAAUGGUCAUUGGGAGGAACCAGCAGACAAUGUGAGUUUGAGGUCAAGAAACUCAAGGAGCACUCAGAGAUGUUCUUUAGAGUUGCUGCCAGGAAUGACAAGGGACAGGGCGACUUUGUUGAGACUGGGCCUAUCAAGGUCAUUGACUAUAUUAUCACACCCGAGGCAAGCCUUGCAGAGUACCCAGAUGGCACUGUGAGUGUUCGCCUGGGUCACAAUGUGCACAUCGAGCUGCCGUACAAAGGCAAACCCAGACCCGCUAUUCUUUGGCUGAAGGAUAACCUGCCUCUGAAGGAGAGUGACCAAAUACGCUUCAAGAAGACAGAAAACAAAGCCACUCUAAUGAUCAAGAAUGUCAAAAAGGAGAAUGAGGGUAAAUACACCCUGACCCUUGACAAUAAGGUCAACAGGAGAUCUUUCCACAUCCAUGUCAUCACACUUGGACCACCAUCAAAGCCUGUUGGACCCAUCCGACUGGAUGAAGUGAGAGCUGAGAGCAUCAUGAUCUCCUGGGAUGAACCCAGUGAUGAUGGCGGCGGAGAUAUCACCUGCUACACUGUGGAGAAGCGUGACACCUCCCAGUCCAACUGGAAGAUGGCAUGCUCCAGUGUAGAGGGAACUCAGUUCAAGGUCCCCAACCUGAUCAAGGGUGUCCAGUACCAGUUCAGAGUGUGUGCUGAGAAUAGAUAUGGUGUCAGUGAGCCUCUGAUCUCACAGAUGGUCAUUGCCAAGCACCAGUUCAGGCCUCCAGGUCCCCCAGGCAAGCCUGUGGUGUACAAUGUCACCAACGAUGGCAUGACCAUCCAGUGGGAGAAGCCCAUAUAUGAUGGUGGUACCCCCAUCCAGGGCUACCAUGUGGAGAAGAAGGAAAAGAACAGCAUCAUGUGGCAAAAGGCAAACACUGUGCUGAUCAAAGAAACAGAUUUCAGGAUUUUGGAACUCAUUGAAGGCCUUGAGUACUCCUUCAGGGUCUACGCCCAGAACGAUGCUGGCUUUAGCCGAAUGAGUGACGAGAGCAAGCCAACUAUGGCUGUCAGUCCUGUUGAUCCUCCUGGUCAGCCUGACUACAUUGAUGUGACUAGUGACUCAGUGACACUGAAAUGGGAUGCACCCAAACGUGAUGGUGGUAGCAAGAUUGCUGGCUACAACAUUGAGAAACGCCAAGGACAAGGUCGCUGGUUCAAGGCCAACUUGACUGAUGUACAUGAGUGCCAGUACACUGUUACUGGGCUGGCAACAAAUGAACGCUACGAGUUCAGAGUCAUUGCCAGAAAUGCCAUCGGCGUUAUCAGCCCUCCCUCUAACUCCUCUGGCUUGAUUGUUGUUAGAAGUGAGAACGCCCCCCCAAAUAUCGAGUUUGGCCCAGAGUACUUUGAGGGUUUGACAGUCAAGGCAGGAGACAACAUCAGGCUGAAGGUGACCAUCACUGGACGCCCAGUUCCCAAGGUCGUCUGGUUCAGAGACGAUGUGGAGGUUACCAAAAAGAUGAUGGACAUUAUCACUGUACCUGGAUCCAGCACCCUGUUUGUCAGGGACGCUGACCGUACACACCGUGGCCUCUACACUGUGGAGGCUACCAAUGGAUCUGGAAGCAAGAAGGAGAGCAUCCUUGUUCAAGUCCAAGACACACCUGGGGAGCCAGUGGGACCCAUCACCUUCAGUAACAUCUCAGAGGGCAAGUGCACUCUGUCUUGGAGCCCACCAGAGAACGACGGCUGCUCCGAGGUUUCACAUUACAUCAUUGAGAAGCGUGAGACCGCCAAGAUCUCUUGGGCCUUGGUGACUGAUGAAUGUAAGGAGUGCACUUACAAUGCUACCAAGCUCAUCAAGACCAAUGAGUACCAGUUCAGGGUCUCUGCUGUUAACAAGUUUGGAGUUGGUAGACCUUUGGAAUCCAGUCCCAUCAUUGCACAGAUGCAGUACACUACCCCUGAUGCUCCAGGCACUCCUGACGCCACUGAGGUGACAGGGGAGAGCAUCACCCUGUCCUGGACUCCUCCAACACAUGAUGGAGGAAACCCCAUUCAGUACUACAUUCUGGAGAAACGAGAAAAGAAGACUGUCCGGUUCUACAAGGUGAUGACCAAGAAGCCCAUUGUUGAAUGCGCUCACAAGGUGCUUCACCUGACAGAGGAUAUGGAAUACGAGUUCCGUGUCAUGGCCGUGAAUGAUGCUGGCGUUGGAACUCCUAGCAACAUCUCUAUACCUAUCAAAGCUGCCGAACCAAAGGAUAUUCCUUGUGCUCCAUCUGUCGUUUGUGUAUCUGACUCCACCAACACCUCCAUCAGCCUGGAAUGGAGCAGGCCUGCAGAUGAUGGAGGCAUGGAGAUCCUGGGCUACAUUGUUGAGAUGGUGAAAGGAGAUGCAACAGACUGGAAGAGAGUAAAUGAGGAGCUGGUGGCUGAAACUAAUUACGUGGUAACUGGUUUACAGACGGGAGCUGAGUACAAGUUCCGUGUCGCAGCUGUCAAUCAUGUGGGUAGAGGCGAGGAAAGGGAGAUUCCAGAGCCUGCUCAGGCUGUAGAUAGGCUAACACCACCACAGGUGGAUAUCGAUGCCUCAUUCAAGCAGACACACAUUGUCAAGGCUGGAGGUUCGGUGUGCCUCGGCAUCCACUUCAGAGGAAAGCCCAUUCCCACUGCCACCUGGGUAAAGGAGGAAGGAGAGCUGGGUGUCAUGUCAGAGAUCACAACUACAGACGGAUAUAGCUCCCUAAGUAUCGAAAACUGCUCUAGAAAUGAUACAGGCAAAUACACUGUUAACUUAGAGAAUUCCAGCGGCAGCAAGGCCAUUACAUUCACUGUCAAGGUGAUGGACACUCCUGGACCUCCACAAGCUGUUGCUUUCAAGGAGGUAACCAGAGGCUCGGUCACACUCACCUGGGAGUCUCCUGUCAGUGACGGUGGGGCCCGAAUUCAUCACUAUAUUGUCGAGAGACGUGAGGCUAGUCGCCGCACUUGGCAGCAAUCUGGUGGCAAGUGUACACAGUGCAUCCUGAAGAUCCAGGACCUGCUGGAGGGAGUGCCAUACUUCUUCAGAGUCUCAGCUGAGAACCAGCAUGGUGUGGGUGAGGCGUUUGAGAUGCCUGAGCCUGUCACUGCCACUGCAGAACCAGCAACUCCAAAGAGGAUGGACAUCCUGGACACCACAGACAGCUCUGUGUCACUGGGCUGGCUGAAACCUGAGCAUGAUGGUGGCAGCCGCAUCCAGGGUUACGUCAUUGAGGCAAAGCCAAAGGGUACAGACAAAUGGGUUGUGGUUGGCAACACCAAGAAUCUCACCUAUGUGGUUGAAAAGCUCAACAAGGGUGAUGAGUAUGACUUCCGUGUGAAGGCUAAGAAUGAGGCCGGCUACAGCAAGCCCAAGGAAACUCUGGCUCCUGUGUUGGUCAAAGAGCCUCAUAUUGAACCUGCUGCUGACCUCAGCGAGAUCACCAACCAGCUCAUCACAUGCAGGUCUGGCAGCACCUUCACCAUCGAUGUUCCCAUCAGUGGUAGACCUGCUCCUAAAAUCACCUGGAAGCUGGAGGAGAUGAGGCUGAAGAGCUCAGACAGAGUCACAGUCAAGGUCACUAAGGACCGAACCAGCAUCUCAGUCAAAGAGGCCAUGAGAGGAGAUGGUGGUAAAUACUACCUGACUCUGGAGAAUGUGGCAGGAACCAAGACCUUCACUAUUGAAGUUAAUGUCACAGGCAGACCCAGUCCUCCAACUGGACCCAUUGAAAUCUCAUCCAUUACCUCUGAGUCCUGUGUCAUUAACUGGCAACCACCAGAGGACGAUGGUGGCACUGAUAUCACCAACUACAUUGUGGAGAAGCGUGAGUCUGGUUCCACAGCCUGGCAGCUUAUCAACUCCAGUGUAAAGCGCACAUCUCUCCACGUCAGCCACCUGACCAAGUACAUGCAGUAUACGUUCAGGGUCUCCGCUGAGAAUAGAUUUGGUGUCAGCAAGUCCACUGAGUCUGAGACUAUUGUCGCAGAGCACCCGUUCAUACCUCCUAGCCCACCAACAAAGCCCACAGUCUUCAAUGUCACUGCCAACACAAUGACCCUGAAAUGGGAGGAGCCCUACAAUGAUGGCGGCAGCAAGGUGACAGGCUACUGGAUUGAGAAGAAGGAGAGGAACAAUAUCCUGUGGGUGAGGGAGAAUAAGAUCCCUUGCUUCGAGUGCUACUACAAGAUGGAAAAUCUAGUCGAAGGCUUGGAGUACCAGUUCAGGGUUUAUGCCAUGAACAGUGCUGGCCUGAGCAAAGCCAGCGAGGCCUCCAAGGGAGCAGUUGCUCAAAACCCAGUUGAUCCACCAAGCAAGCCAGAAGUCACAAAUGUUACAAGAACCACAGUCUCUCUCAAAUGGUCAGCUCCACUGAAUGAUGGUGGCAGUCCCAUUGUGGGCUACAUCAUUGAGCGUAAGCCAUACACUUUGACAGGUGAGGGCCGCUGGCUCAAAUGUAACUACACCAAUGUGACAGACAAUUUCUUCACUGUUACUGCACUGGGAGAGGGAGAGCCCUACGAGUUCAGAGUCAUCGCCAAGAAUGCCAACCAGGUCUUCAGUAUUCCCUCAGAGUCUACUGGGUCUGUGCAGUGCAAGACUGACUUUGAACCACCAAAAGCCCAGUUGGACAGCAAACUCUUGUCUGAAACUGUGAUGGUCAGAGCCGGUUCAGACCUGGUUCUGGACGCUGCAGUGGGAGGCCGGCCUGACCCCAAGGCUUCCUGGUCCAAGGGCAACAGGGAUCUGGAGUUGUGUGAAAAAUACCACCUGCAGUACACCUCCACCAGGGCCAUGGCCAUCAUCAAAUUCUGUGACAGAGAUGACACUGGAAAGUACAUUCUCACAGUCAGGAACGUAAGCGGAACCAAGACUGCCGAGGUCAACGUCAAAGUGCUGGACACACCUGGAGUGUGUGACGGCACCAUUGAGAUCAGCAAAAUCACUGAGGAGUCAUGCACCUUGAGCUGGAAGCCUCCUCUUGAGGAUGGCGGCGAUGAGGUCUCCCACUAUAUUGUGGAGAGGCGUGAUACCAACAGGCUCAACUGGGUCAUCAUGCACGCAGAGUGCAAGGAGCUGACCUGCAACAUCACCGGGCUGUUCAAGAACACAGAGUACCUGUUCAGAGUCCGGGGAGUCAACAAGUAUGGACCUGGAGUCCACCUACAGUCAGAACCCAUGGUUGCCAGAAACACUUUCACUGUGCCAUCUCCCCCUGGUGCUCCAGAGAUCCUGGCAUCAGGAAAAGACUUUGCUACCAUUGAGUGGCUGAAGCCAGAGAGUGAUGGCGGCAGCCCACUGAUCCACUACCUGGUGGAGAGGCGUGAGAGAAAGAGUGCCCGCUGGGUGAAGGUGAACAGGGAUGGAGCUCACCUGGACACCACACUGAAGGUGUCUGGUUUGACCGAAGGCAACAUCUACCAGUUCAGAGUGACCGCCAUCAACAAGGCCGGAGAGAGCGAACCCAGCGAGGUCUCUCUGUAUGUUGUCUGCAGAGUGCCAACAUGCACCCCUGCUCCUCCUUCUAUCCCUCGUAUCACCGACACCCAUGUUGACAGCAUCAGCCUCGCCUGGUCUCGCCCUGUGGAGGAUGGAGGAGCUGAUGUGAUCGGCUACAUCCUGGAGAUGCAGGAAGCUGGAGCAGAGGAAUGGAAGAAGGCCCAUGAAAAGACCCUGCGUGCCACAGAGUAUGUGGUAACUGGACUUUCUGCAGGCAAGAAGUACUGCUUCAGAGUGGCUGGCAUCAACAUCAAUGGUACAGGAGACUUCAGUGAACCCUGUGCUGAGACUGAGCCAGUGGAGAGAAUUGAAACUCCUGACUUUGAGCUCCACGAUGAUCUAAAGAAGACCAUCUGCCUACGUGCUGGUGGCUCCCUCCGCCUAUUUGUCAAUGUAACUGGUCGUCCUACUCCUGCCAUCACUUGGAGCAAGCCAGGUGUUGACCUCCAAAACAGAGGCUUCAUCGAGGUCACCAACACAUCCACCACACUCAUCAUCGAUAAGGUCCACCGCUAUGACGCUGGCAAAUACACGCUCACGGCCGAGAACUCUGCAGGAAAACAGGAAGUCAACAUUCUGGUCAAGGUCUAUGAUACUCCUGGACCAACUGGACCAAUCAAGAUCAAAGAGCUGACCAAGGAUUCUGCUACCAUCUCUUGGGAAGCCCCAACCGUGGAUGGUGGUGCUCCUGUAAACAAGUACAUCAUUGAGAGGCGUGAGGCCUCCAUGAGAGCCUACAAGACCGUCACCUCCAAGUGCCAGAAGACAUCCUACAAGAUCGAAGGCUUGAUGGAGGGCAUGCUGUACUACUUCAGGGUUCUUCCUGAAAACAUUUAUGGAAUUGGUGAACCCUGUGAGACUCCUGAUGUCAUCCUGGUUUGCGAGGUGCCUCUGCCACCACACAAGCUGGAGGUGAUUGACGUCACCAAGAGCUCUGUUACCCUGGGAUGGGAGAAGCCUGAGCAUGAUGGUGGCAGCCGAUUGACAGGCUAUGUCAUUGAGGCCUGCAGGUUUGGCACCGACAAAUGGAUGAAGGUGGCCACAUUAAAGCUCACAGACUUUGAGCACACAAUUGAGAAGUUGAAUGAGAGUGAACAGUAUUUGUUCAGGAUCAGUGCAGUCAACAGCAGAGGAGCCAGCGAGCCCAAAGAGCUUGUUACAGCCGUCACUGUACAAGAACAGAGAGUGAUGCCUGUGGUGGACUUCUCCAGUAUUCCUCAGAAGGUUGUCAACGUCCUGGCUGGCAAGACUUUGGAGCUGGACCUGCCCAUCAUCGGCAGGCCUCCUCCCGUCUGCUCCUGGUACUUCAGCGACAACAGGAUAAAAAUCACUGACCGCGUCAAGAUCAAGAGCACCAGCAAGUUCUCCAAACUGACUGUGUCUGACACCACUAUUGAUGACACUGGUGACUACACCCUGGAAGUGAAGAAUGCCGUUGGUACCAUCACAGAGGUCAUCAAGGUCAUCAUCCUCUCUAAACCUGAUGAACCAAAGGGACCCAUCAGGUUUGACGAGAUUGAUGCCACCACCGUCACCUGCAGUUGGGAUCCUCCUGUCAGAGAUGGCGGCGCUCCCAUCAGUGGCUACGUGGUUGAGCAGCGUGAUGCUCACAGACCUGGCUGGAUGCCUGUCAGUGAUGCUGUUAGCAGACCAACCUUUAAGUUUGAGAACCUGAUUGAGGGAGAUGAGUAUGUCUUCCGUGCAGCUGCCGUGAAUCGCUAUGGCACCGGAGAGUUCCUACAGUCUGAGGUUGUCACCUGCAGGAGCUUGAAGAAUGUGCCUGGACCUCCUGGCCGUCCAACCGUCUUUGAUGUUUCUCGUGAUGGUAUGACCGUUGCCUGGAACCCACCGGAUGAAGACGGCGGCCUUGAAGUUUCUGGAUACAUCAUUGAGCGCAAAGAAGUCAGGUCUGACAGAUGGGUGCGUGCCAACAAGAACCCCAUCACCAUGACCAGAUACAGGUCAACAGAGCUGAUUGAGGGUCUGGAGUAUGAACACAGAAUCAUUGCUAUCAAUGCCAGAGGAAUGAGCAAACCAAGUCUGCUAUCCAAACCAGCAGUGGCAACAGAUCCCAUCGAUCCACCUGGCUGUCCUCAGAACCCAAGGAUCACCGAUACCACCAAGUCCUCUGUAUCAUUGGCUUGGAGUCCUCCUGAUGAUGAGGGAGAUGCAAGGGUGGACGGUUACCUGAUUGAGAUGCAGAAGGUGGGCACUAUGGCUUGGAUCAAGUGCAACACCACACCAUCUCUCAUCUGCGAGUACACACUGACCAAGAUGCCACAAGGGGAAGAAUUCAAGUUCCGUGUGAUGGCUUGCAAUGCCGGUGGCUCUGGAGAGCCUGCUGAAGUGCCUGGAACAGUUUCUGUGACUGAGAUGCUUGAAUCUCCUGACUAUGACCUGGAGCUGAAAUACAAAGAUGUGUAUGUGGUCCGCCAGGGAGGAGUGGUUAGACUCUCAUUACCCAUCAAGGGUAAACCUCACCCAACCUGCAAGUGGUCAAAGGAUGGCGGUGCAGUCUCCACAAUGGCCAUGAUUGCCUCCACCGAGGAUGCCAGUGAGCUGGUGAUUAAGGGAGCUGAGAGGAACGACUCUGGUGUGUAUGAGCUCUUGCUAGAGAAUAAGGUUGGCAAGAAGAAGGCCCAGAUCAAAGUCAAGGUCAUCGGCCGCCCAAGUGCUCCAGAGGGACCAAUGGUCUUUGAGGAGAUCCAGGCCAACUCUGUAAAGGUGUCCUGGAAGGCACCCACUGAUGACGGUGGUUCAGAGAUUCUAGGUUACAUCGUGGAAAGACGUGAGGCCACCAGAAAUGCCUGGUACACUGUAGACUCUAGAGUAACUGAUACUCAACUGGUUGUCAAGGGCCUGAGAGAGGGGACAGAGUAUCACUUCAAGGUCACGGCUGAGAACUCCUUUGGUGUUAGUACCUCUCUGAAGUCGGAGCAGCCGCUAGUGCCCAAGACUCCUCUUUGUCCUCCUGAGCCUUCAAGCACUCCACCAGAGAUCAUGGACGUCACCAAGAGCUCUGUGGCAUUGGCCUGGUCCAGACCAAAGGAUGAUGGUGGUUCUGCCAUCACUGGCUACUAUGUUGAGUACAAGGUGGUGUCGGCUGAGACAUGGUCCCGCUACCAGACCAAGAUCACCUCUACUAUGUUCACUCUGCCUGGACUCACCCCUGACACAGACUACCAUUUCCGUAUCGUUGCUGUCAACGACAUCGGUGAGAGUGAGGCUGGUCCUGUGUCUGACCAAGUUACAUGCAAGGAUCCAUUCGACAAACCAAGCCAACCUGGUGAGAUUGACACAGUGAGCGUGACAAACAACUACAUCAGCAUCCGUUGGCAAGCUCCAGAGUGUGAUGGUGGAAAGGAGGUCCUGGGCUACUGGGUAGAGUACAGGAAAUCAAUUGAGAGCACAUGGAAGAAGUGCAACAAACAGAGGCUGAAGGAAAAGGAGUUCCUCAUGCCUGGACUGGCUGAGGCCACAGAGUAUGAGUUCAGAGUGUUUGCUGAAAACGAGACAGGAAUGAGCAGACCUCGUAGGACUACGACUUGCAUCAAGACCAAACUGAGUGUUGAAGCAAAACCAAGCCUGAGAAAGGAAAUGGAUGAAGUAACUGCCAAGCUUGGUCAGCCUGCUGUCAUGAAGUGCCAGAUUAUUGGCAGACCGGUCCCUGACAUCAAGUGGUAUCAUGCCGGCAAAGAGAUUCUCGAGUCCCGCAAGUACGAGAUGAGCUCUGACGGCCGCAACCACUCCUUGUCCAUCAUGACUGACCAGCAGGAGGAUGAGGGAGAAUACACCUGCAAGGCCAUCAACGAUGCCGGAGAAGCCGAUACUACAGGCAUUCUGGUGUUGGAGGCUGCUCCAUCCUUCCACCCUGACUACCCAUUGAAGGAUACCUACUACGCUGGCCUGGGAACCACUUUGCGCAUCCACGCCGUCUACAUCGGCCGUCCUGAGCCAAAGAUCAUGUGGCUGCAUGGAGCAAAGACCCUGGAGAACACUGAAGAUAUCAGCAUUGAGACCACUGAGCACUACACACACCUGAUCAUUAAGAAUGUGCAGCGCAGAGUCCAUGGAGGCAAAUACAGGAUCAGGCUGCACAACCACUUUGGCAGGGCUGACACAGCAUUCAAUGUUGAAAUCUAUGACAAACCUGAUGUGCCUCAAGGUCCCAUUGUCCUGGACGCCCUCCUGAAGAACUCCGUCAUCAUCAGCUGGAAGCCUCCCAAGGACGACGGAGGCUGCAUGAUCACCAACUACAUCGUGGAGAAGCGUGAGGACAAGGAGGGCACAGAGUGGGAACUGGUGUCGUCAUCCAUCAAUGGCACAUCUUGCCGCGUCCCUAACCUUAUCGACAGUGCUGGAUACUUCUUCCGUGUUUACGCCCAGAAUCGCUAUGGCAACAGUGAGCCAUUGGAGCUCACGUCACCUAUUCUUAUCAAGAGCCAACUGGAGAGACCAUCACCACCUCUGUCACCAGUUGUUUCUGGCAUCACCAAAGACUCCUGCGUUGUUUCCUGGAAGCCUCCACUCAGCGAUGGUGGCUCCAAGAUCAAGAGCUAUUGCCUUGAGAAGAAGCACAAGAAGGACAAGAAGGAAUGGACCGAUUGGACUCCGGUGACCACAGACGAGAUCAAACAGACAGUGUUCUCUGUCAAGCGCCUGACUGAGGGCGUCGAACACAUCUUCCGUGUGAAGUGUGAGAACCUUGGAGGACAGAGUGACUACAGCGAGGAGACCACUCCCAUUGUUCCAGCCACAGCUGUCGAGAUCCGUGCUCCUGCCUUCAAGGAGGAGCUGAGGAACAUGAGCGUCAAGUACAAGAGCAACGCUACCCUUGUCUGCAAGAUCAUAGGACAGCCCAAGCCUGUGAUUAAAUGGUUCAGACGAGGAAAGGAGAUCCAUUCCGAUGGCAAGAAGAUCAAGAUCCAGGAGUUCAAGGGAGGUUAUCACCAGUUGGUCAUCACUGAGGCUGAUGAGGAAGACUCCACUGUGUACCAGAUCAGGGCCACCAACCAGGGAGGCUCUAUCUGCGCUACAGUCUCUCUGGAUGUUGAAAUCCCUGCCAAGAUCCACCUGCCAAAGAACCUGAAGGACAAGGAAGCCAUCCCUGCUCUGCGUGGAGAAGUUGUCAAUAUCAAGAUUCCUUUCGGUGGCAAACCAGAUCCUGUCAUUACAUGGCAGAAGGGACAAGAUCUCAUUGACAGUAAUGGCCACUACCAGGUCAUUGUCACCAGGUCAUUCACUUCUUUGGUAUUCCCCAAUGGAGUAGAGAAGAAGGAUGCUGGUUUCUACAUUGUCUGUGCCAAGAACAGAUUUGGCAUUGACCAGCAGACAGUUGAGCUGGAUGUGGCUGAUGUGCCUGAUCCUCCACGUGGUGUCAAAGCUAGUGAUGUCUCCAGAGACUCAGUCACACUGAACUGGGUGGCCCCCGCAAAUGAUGGCGGCAGCAAGGUCAUCAGCUACAUCAUUGAGAAGUGCCCCACCACUGCUGAGAGGUGGGAGCGUGUUGCCCAGUCUCGUGACACCCGCUACACCGUUAUCAAUCUGUUUGGGGGAACCAGCUAUCAGUUCAGAGUCAUUGCUGAGAACAAGUUUGGACAGAGUGCUCCAUCUGAGUCCAGCGGACCUGUCAUGACCAAAGAGGACAAAUCCAGAGUUCUGCUCUAUGAUAGGGAGGUUGAUGAUACUGGACGUGUACCCAAGGGCAAGGCUCCACACUCUGAUGCCAAGAAUCUGCACAACAAAUAUGCUAUUGCAGAGGAAUUGGGCAGAGGCCAGUUUGGCAUCAUCCACCGCUGUGUUGACAUCAGCUCUGAGAAGACAUACAUGGCUAAAUUCGUCAAAGUGAGAGGUGCUGAUCAAGCAAUAGUCAAGAAGGAAAUUGCAACACUGAACCUGGCCAAACACACCAACUACCUUCUUCUCCACGAAUCUUUCGACAGUCCUGAGGAGCUGGUGAUGAUCUAUGACUUCAUCUCUGGUGUUGACAUCUUUGAGCGCCUCAGCACUCCUGAGUUUGAGCUUAAUGAGCGUGAGAUUCUUACCUACAUCAGGCAGAUCUGCUCAGCUCUUGAGUUCCUGCAUGCUCAGAGCUAUGGACACUUUGAUAUCAGACCCGAGAACAUUGUGUACACAUCUAGAACCAGCUCUAAUGUGAAGAUUAUUGAGUUGGGCCAGUCCAGACACCUGACUCCUGGAGACCAAAUCAAGAUUCAGUAUACCACUGCAGAGUACGCUGCUCCUGAGAUUCACCAGUGUGACAUGGUUAGCACUGUCACUGACAUGUGGUCAGUUGGUGUCCUUGCCUACAUACUCCUCAGUGGACUUAAUCCAUUCACAUCUGAAACCAACCAACAGAUGAUUGAUAACAUCUCCACUGCAGCCUACAGCUAUGAUGACGAGUCCUUCACGCAGGUCAGUGUCGAGGCAUUAGACUUCACAGACCGCCUAAUGACAAAGGAACGAAAACAUCGUAUGACUGCUGCUGAGGCACUGGCGCAUCCUUGGCUCACCAAGCCUGCAGAGGAAAUCAGCACCAGAGCAAUCCCAACAGGAAGGCAUAAGAGAUACUACCAGUCAAUGGUGAGGAAAGAGUGGAGCACCGUUGUCUCUGCAGCCCGUGUGGCCAGUGGUGGCUCCAUCAGGUCCCAGCGUGGCGUCUUUGUCGCUAAGGUGAAGAUUGCUCCAUUUGAACAUGGCCCUGUUGCAGGCCAGAUUAACCAUGCGGUGGUGAAUGAGGGAGACAGUGUAAAAUUCAUCUGCAACAUUGACAACUAUGAUAGUACUACUGAAGUGACAUGGUACUGUGGAGUCAGGCAGCUUGAGGCUGGUGACAAAUAUGAAAUUGAAUAUGAGGAUGGCCUGGCUGUAAUCACCAUCAACAAGAUCACAAGAGCAGAUGAUGGCACUUACAGAUGCAAGGUUGUGAAUGAGUACGGUGAAGACAGUGCCUACGCAGAGCUGUUUAUCAACGGUGUUAGAUCUUACCGCGACUUCUUCACCACCCGUGUGGUCAAGAAAACUAAGCGCAGAAUUGACGCUGCCAGAAUGCUCCAGAAACCGCCUGAGUUCACCCUUCCUCUGGUCAACCGUACAGCCUACAUUGGUGAAGAUCUGCGCUUUGGCGUGACCAUCACUGUUCACCCUGAGCCUCGUGUCAUCUGGCACAAAUCAGGACAGAAGUUAAUCCCCGGACAUGAUGACAGGAAAUAUACCUUCAUAAGUGACAAGGGCCUGUAUCAGCUGAUUAUCCACAACCUUGAGCCCGAGGAUGACGCUGAAUACAGUGUUGUGGCCCGCAACAGGUAUGGUGAUGACAGCUGCAAGGCUCGUCUUACCGUUAUUCCUCGCCCUAAACCAGCAGACCUCACCCUGAGGCCCAUGUUCAAACGCCUGCUUGCAAACGUAGAGUGCAGGGAGGGCCAGAAUGUGCGCUUUGAGAUUAGAGUAUCCGGCCAUCCCACACUGAAGUGGGAGAAGGAUGGCACACCUUUAGCAUUUGGACCAUCUAUUGAGGUUGUCCAUGAGGGUCUGGAUUACUUCAUCCUUCAUGUGAGGGACACUCUUCCUGAGGACUCUGGCAUAUACAGAGUUACUGCUACAAACUCUGCUGGAUCUGCCAGUUGCCAGGCCACGCUCAAAGUAGAGCGUGUUGCUCAUGUAAAGAAAGAAUAUGAGAUGAGUGAAAAGGAGAAGGAAAAGCUUUCUGGAAAGGAGGAAUUGGAUAAAAAGGUGAGGCUGUCUCAGAUUAUGGCUGGCACUGUUGUCACACCUCUUCCACCUGCAGCAGUACAAGCUGUAAGGGAGGCAGCCACAAUGUUUAAACCUGCUGUGACAACUAAGAAGGGCGAGAAGACUGAGGCUGAGAUACAGAAAGAAAAAGAGGAGAGGAAGAAGCGUGCAGAUGAGAAGAGGCUGCGUAUGCCUUAUGUCGUCCCCACUCCUCGCGUCGUUAACCCAGCUGUUCUUGAGGAGGAUGUGGAAAUUAAACACUUCAAGCCACUCUCUGAUAUGAAAUGGUAUAAGAAGCUGCGGGAUCAGUAUGAGUUCCCUGAGCCCAUGGAGAAAAUUAAACAGAAGAGGAUGAAGCGUAUUCGCCUCUCUAGGUGGGAGCAAUUCUAUGAGGUGCCAAUCAGGAUCAAGGACCAGUACAAGCCCAAGUGGCGCAUCUCAUCCAUGACUCAGGAUGACUUGGAGACUGUGAGGCCUGCAAGGCACCGCACUCCUUCCCCAGAGAUGGAGGCCUACCACAGGAUCAGGAGGAGGUCCCUUGGUGACCUGUCUGAUGAGGAGCUGCUGCUACCCGUGAAGGAGUAUCUGUCCAUGAAGAGAACUGAGGAGGAGAGGCUUCGUCUGGAGGAUGAGCUGGAGCUUGGCUACUCUGCCUCUCCACCCAGCCUCAGUCCAGUUCGCUUUGAGCUGUCUGCCCUGCGUCCCUCAUCUCCCAGAAAAGUCUACAGUGAUGAUGAAGAGGGAGAAGAGGUCCACAGAUAUGACUCCUAUCGAAUUCCAUCCAAAUAUGAGGCUGGCCCAAGUUUUGUUGAUCUCCGCCAGCGUCACGACAAAGCCACAUACAAACCUCCAAGACAGAAGCAGAGGGUGUAUGAGGAGAGAGAAGAUCAGGAGCUGCUGCGCCCACACACAACUGCUCAGAGAAUCUCCUCUUACAAGAGUGAACUCAAACGCAUUGAGUUUGAGGAAAAGACGAGGACUGCUAAAAAAGAAACAACUGUCACUGUUGCAAAAUUCUCUGAGGACAUUGAAUCUGAGCAUCUGACAGCCGUUACCUCAGAAUAUAUUCCUAAGCCAAUUAAGAAGCUCCCAAUGCCUGAACCUGAGAGGAGAAGAUCUCCUACCCCAGAAAAGGCUGUGAAGACAGAUGUGACCCUUCCUAGAGUUGACUUUGCAUCCAGGUAUGAGGAGAGGAAGCAGGCUCUGAGAUCAGAGAGAAGAUCAGUGGAGAGGAAGGUUGAGGUGGUGACACAGGCACCAUUCAGCCUUGACCAUGCCCCACGUAUUACCAUCAGGAUGCGAUCUCAUCGCGUACCCUAUGGCACCAACACAAGGUUCACCUUGAAUGUCCAGGCCAAACCAGAGCCUGAGGUCAAGUGGUUCCACAAUGGAAAAGAGAUUAGCCAGAGCAGCAAAUACCACAUGACCAACAUCAGUGGAGUUCUGACCCUCCAGAUCAUCAACUGUGUGACUGAAGAUGCCGGCACUUACCGCGUGGUCUGCAAGAACACCAAAGGAGAGACCUCUGACUAUGCCACAUUGGAUGUAGCAGGAGCAGAAUAUGCUGCCUUCUCUUCUCUCCGCAAAGAUGAGGAGCCUCCAUCCUCCCGUCUGCCAGAAAUGACCAGGACAGAGGUGUACCACGUCUCCUCCUCUAAGACAGUGAAGGAAACUGUGACUGAAACUGUGAAAGAGACCACCACUGUUGUUGAGAAGCCAAAGGAGAAGCCUAGCGUUCCUGCCAAGAUCCUGACCAAACCACAGUCUCUGACUGUAGAGGAGGGAGACCUCGCCAGAUUUGAGUGUGAUGUGGCCGGUGACCCAGCACCUUCUAUCACCUGGAUGCAUGAAGGAGCUGUUGUUGGUUCCACUGCCCGUCACCACAUCGUCUCCACUCAAUACAACUCCUCCUUCGAGAUCUCUGCUGUUGAGAUGUCGGAUGAAGGUAGCUAUAGUCUGCUGGUGGAAAACGCUGGAGGCAAACAAGAGGCCCAUUUCACUCUGACAAUCCGCAAGUCUGAGUCCAAGGAGAAAGUAGUUGCCCCUCCCAGAGUCACCUCUCCGGAGGCAAAGUCCCCUCUUGCCAAGUCCCCUGAACCAGUCAAAUCUCCUCAGAGAGUAAAGUCCCCUGAGCCAAUCAAGUCACCUCAGAGAGUCAAGUCUCCAGUCUCACCAAAAUCCCCAACACCAAAAUCCCCAACACCAAAGUCCCCUACUCCAAAAUCCCCAACUCCAUCUGAGAAGGAACGAGUGACCUCUCCAAUUAAGUCGCCAAAGAGAGUGAUGUCACCAACUCUUGAAAAGAAGGUGACCUUGGUCCAGGAGGAGGUCCUGUCCUCUGUCAAGGAGAUCAAGUCCUCCCACAGCCAAAUGUCCAUUACAGAGGGCCAGUCUCUGACUCUGAGGGCCAGUAUCCCGGGGGCCUCCGACAUCAGGUGGAUCCUGAACGGGGUUGAGCUAGCCAACUCAGAGCAGUACAGAUAUGGAGUGUCUGGAAAUGAUCAGACCCUGACCAUCAAAUCGGUCAGCCAGAGCGAGCAGGGGAUCAUCACGUGUCAGGCUCAAACACAGCAAGGCCUGGUCCGGUGUCACUUUGAUACUGCAAUCACAGCCAAGCGCUCAGGUGCACCCCACUUUGUGGUGCAGCCCCGGUCCCAGAAUGUGGAUGAAGGACAAAAUGUCAAAUUCAUGUGUGAAAUUGCAGGAGAGCCUUCACCUGAAGUGGAGUGGUUGAAAGACAACAUGGUUAUAUCAGUCACAUCAAACAUUAAACUGAGCCGCUCUAAAAAUGUGUACACUCUGGAGAUAUGUGAAGCCACAGUUGCAGACAGUGGAAAAUAUACGAUAAAAGCCAAAAAUCAGUUUGGACAGUGCUCUGCAACAUCAUCCCUCAACGUCCUCACUCUUGUUGAAGAACCAACAAAAAUGAUUAUUGUGGAGCAAAGAGCUUCUACUGACGCUGCUGCCAGCAUGCAGAAAAGUUUCUCAGCCUCGUCAGUUCACAUGGAGGCAGCUUCCAUGCAGGCCAGCAGUUACAGCAGCAGCUCCCACUCUGCUGCUGCCCAGUAUUCUUUUGAGAGCAUGUCUGCAACUAGCAUGUCUGCCAUGAUGGCUGAGUCAAUGGUUUCCAUGAGCUCCAGCAGCCAAAUGAUGGAAAUGUCUGCUCACUCGCAUGUUGAGGCCUCCUCCUCCUCGCUGAGGGCCCUCACCACCGGGGUCAAAAGAGGCACUCCACCAAAAAUCGAAGCCCUUCCGCGGGAAGUCAGUGCCGAGCCAGGGAAGUCCCUGACAGUGGCAGGGGUGUUCUCUGGAGACCCCAUCCCCUCUGUCCAGUGGGUCCGCUCUGGUCGGACCCUCCCCAACGGGGAUGAGCGGUACCACGUGGAGAACACCUCUGACCUCUCCACCCUCAUGAUCUCUGCGGUGAAGGAGGACGACGCUGGAGCGUACACCCUCCGACUGUCCAACGAGCUCGGCUCAGACUCUGCAACUGUCAACGUUCACAUUCGGUCCAUGUAAAAAGAAAGAAAAAAAAAGAAAAAAAAGUUAAUUUCUAUCCCGUUUCCCUGAUCCAGAACCUUUUUAUUUAGUGAAUUAGCAACGAUAAUCUUACUUGAUGAAGAUCUGGAUUUCUGUUCUUGUAAAUAUGAACUAUUUUUGUACCAAACUUGACAUUAAUUUAUGCCAAACUAGACUCAAGUCUAAAGUUGUUAUAAAAUGUGCCAUAUUGGAUAACUAUGACUUAGGAUUUUUGAACCACUUUUCUGUGACAUGUACAUAAUGUAUAUAGCCGAAUUUAACGGUUAUGGGAAAUGUAUGCAUUGUUAUUUAUGACAAUAAUAUUAACUGAAACAAAAGAACAAAUGUUUUAACAGGAGAAAGUUUCACCAGGAACGAAUACCCUGUCAAACUUAGAAACUAAACUCUGUGCCUCAACAAUAAGUUGAAGUCUUUAAGAUUGCCUCAACAGGUAGAGAGGCUCCCUGUUGAUGUUCUGAACCAGAAACAGAAAGACAAAGUUAUUGUUUUGGACACGCAUCUGUGCGUGUGAUAUUACAGUUUCCUAUGAGUUGUACCAUGAGCUUAAGACCCUGAGUGCUGUUUGCAUUACCCUCAUGUAAGCAGCAUGAACUGGCCUUGUGCUCAGACUGACUGUGUCAUACCACCAUGAUUUGAUGACCGGCUCAGAGUGCGAGCGGCCUGCACUCUCAGCAUUUAGAUCAUUUUAAUAAAGAGCGCUGUUUCUGGCACAGGACGGCUGGAUUGGCUUUUCAAAACGUAACAUCUCCUGGCCAUAAAUGAACAGAAAGUCAAAGCCAGCUCUGCUGUGCAGAAGCAGCGCUGUCUCUUGGAGGAUAGCUAGGUAACGUGUUUGUGUUUGAGUGCGAGUGUUUUUAGCUUUUAGUCAUUUCACCUUGUCAGUAGUCAGGGUCUUCUUCAUUCACCACAGUGAUUACAUCUCCUGUGAAAGAAACAAAAAGAGAAGCAGUUAUGUUUUGCCCUGCACUUUGAUUUAAUUUAUCUGUUGAUGUAGAACUGUGUUUCAUCCUCCUCGAGUUUUAUGCAUUACUGAUUUAAUAAAGCAUGAUUUCAGCACUAUA